GUCUCACCUCCCCCCCUUCACUUUUCCUCUUUUCUGUCUCUCCUCCCCUGGUUGGGUCAGUUUUUUGGCUGUGGGGGGUUGAUUCUCUCAUUCCUUUGGUGGAUGCUGGCAGCAGUGGGCUGUCUGAGAGGCUUGGAGGGGAACAUAUUAAGGAGGGGAGGGGGCUGAGGGCCAGAAUAAAGAAGUUCUCUGACAGAGGGAGAAGUUUCUUCCAGGCAGGAGAGCUGCAGUGGCAGAGAAGGACAAGCCCCAUCUCGUGGAAUUUUUGGGGGACGUUUGAUAGGACAUUCAGCUAGAUGUGAAUGCACUGUAUUUAGUGAUGUCUCGAUUUAACUCCUCUAUCAGAGAGAGUUCAAGCAGAUGAGGGAUCGGAAGAGGAUAGGUUUAAUGUGAGGGAGAAAGAGACUGCUCCGAGCUGUGAGAUCACGCAGUAAGCAUCUGGAUUCCCCAGUCUGUCUGAAAGAAAGACAGACCUUUUAGGAGAACUCUGGUAUAACAAUUGGGUUAACAUCUGGAAGAGGACAAGAGUACCGGGAUAUAGCAACUGGAUUAACAUCUGGAAGAGGACAAGAGUACCGAGAGAUAGCAACUGGGGUAACAUCUGGAAGAGGACAGGAGUACCGGGAUAUAGCAACUGGAUUAACAUCUGGAAAGAACAAGAUUAUCGUGUUAAGUAACAGGAAUAACAUCAGGAAUAGGACAGGAGUACUGUGCCUACAUCAGACCAGGGCUAUGGAUUAAACAUUCUGCAGGUCACACCUCAAAACCUACGCAGUCUAGGGUCUCACAUCUGGAAAGGACAAAUUAAUUGCUUUACACAGAAGAGUCUAUAGUUUCACUAUUCAGAGAACCAAUGCUCUCACAAGGAUAAGAAAGGGUUGAGUAAUUUCAACUGGCUCUAUGGUGGAUAAGAUCCACAUGGAGAUCUAACAUCAAGGGAUUAACAUUUAAAAACCGCUGCACGGAGAGGGUUUGGUUCACACAAACCUCCAAGAACCCUACUGCUGGAGCAGGGCUUUUGUUCAAUGAUUUUAGUGGGGUUCUGGUUGUUACAUAGGGAAAUGUCCAGGUGACAAAGCCCCGCCGCAUUCUAUUAGUCCCCCAUACUGCAGGACAGUCCCACCAUCAGGAGUUACCCGGAAAACACAGAAUGAUGGCCAAGAGUGUGUGGAUUAUUCUCACUUCCCUAUUCACCCUCAAUAUUGAGAUAUCAAAUGCCACUAACUACCCUCCACGCUACAACCUGUACACAGGAGGAUCGACCACACAGUCACAACAUGGACUAAGGGCAGCCAGCAGACACAGGUAAGUAGCCACAAAAAGGGGCCAAGUUAAAGUUCAUAAAGCAUAUAGUCCUAAGAGAGGACAGGAUAAAGGUCUUAAAAUACAACAACUGGAAUACACUCUAAUAUAGAGAUAGUAAUAAUUGGGAUACGCUAUAAUAUAGAGAUAGUAAUAACUGGGUAACGCUCUAAUAUAGAGAUAGCAAUAACUGGGAUACGCUCUAAUAUAGAGAUAGUAAUAACUGGAAUACGCUCUAAAAAAGAGAUAGCAAUAACUGGGAUACGCUCUAAUAUAGAGAUAGCAAUAACUGGAUAACGCUCUAAUAUAGAGAUAGCAAUAACUGGGAUACGCUCUAAUAUAGAGAUAGUAAUAACUGGGAUACGCUCUAAAAAAGAGAUAGCAAUAACUGGGAUACACUCUAAUAUAGAGAUAGUAAUAACUGGGAUACGCUCUAAUAUAGAAGUAGCAAUAACUGGGAUACGCUGUAAUAUAGAGAUAGUAAUAACUGGGAUACGCUGUAAUAUAGAGAUAGCAAUAACUGGGAUACGCUCUAAUAUAGAGAUAGCAAUACCUGGGAUACGCUCUAAUAUAGAGAUAGCAAUAACUGGGAUACGCUGUAAUAUAGAGAUAGCAAUAACUGGGAUACGCUCUAAUAUAGAGAUAGCAAUAACUGGGAUACGCUGUAAUAUAGAGAUAGCAAUAACUGGGAUACGCUCUAAUAUAGAGAUAGCAAUAACUGGGAUACGCUGUAAUAUAGAGAUAGCAAUAACUGGGAUACGCUGUAAUAUAGAGAUAGUAAUAACUGGGAUACGCUCUAAUAUAGAGAUAGCAAUAACUGGGAUACGCUCUAAUAUAGAGAUAGCAAUAACUGGGAUACUCUCUAAUAUAGAGAUAGCAAUAACUGGGAUACGCUCUAAUAUAGAGAUAGCAAUAACUGGGAUACUCUCUAAUAUAGAGAUAGUAAUAACUGGGAUACGCUGUAAUAUAGAGAUAGCAAUAACUGGGAUACGCUGUAAUAUAGAGAUAGCAAUAACUGGGAUACGCUGUAAUAUAGAGAUAGCAAUAACUGGGGUACGCUCUAAUAUAGAGAUAGCAAUAACUGGGAUACGCUGUAAUAUAGAGAUAGUAAUAACUGGGAUACGCUGUAAUAUAGAGAUAGCAAUAACUGGGAUACGCUCUAAUAUAGAGAUAGCAAUAACUGGGUAACGCUCUAAUAUAGAGAUAGCAAUAACUGGGAUACGCUGUAAUAUAGAGAUAGUAAUAACUGGGAUACGCUGUAAUAUAGAGAUAGUAAUAACUGGGAUACACUCUAAUAUAGAGAUAGUAAUAACUGGGAUACGCUCUAAUAUAGAGAUAGCAAUAACUGGGAUAUGCUUUAAUAUAGAGAUAGCAAUAACUGGGAUACGCUGUAAUAUAGAGAUAGCAAUAACUGGGAUACGCUCUAAUAUAGAGAUAGCAAUAACUGGGAUACGCUCUAAUAUAGAGAUAGCAAUAACUGGGGUACGCUCUAAUAUAGAGAUAGUAAUAACUGGGGUACGCUCUAAUAUAGAGAUAGCAAUAACUGGGAUACGCUCUAAUAUAGAGAUAGCAAUAACUGGGAUACGCUGUAAUAUAGAGAUAGCAAUAACUGGGAUACGCUCUAAUAUAGAGAUAGCAAUAACUGGGAUACGCUGUAAUAUAGAGAUAGCAAUAACUGGGAUACGCUCUAAUAUAGAGAUAGCAAUAACUGGGAUACGCUGUAAUAUAGAGAUAGCAAUAACUGGGAUACGCUGUAAUAUAGAGAUAGCAAUAACUGGGAUACGCUCUAAUAUAGAGAUAGCAAUAACUGGGAUACGCUGUAAUAUAGAGAUAGCAAUAACUGGGAUACGCUGUAAUAUAGAGAUAGUAAUAACUGGGAUACGCUCUAAUAUAGAGAUAGCAAUAACUGGGAAUACAUAGAUUGUCAUUGAGAAGGAAUGGGUUAAUAUGGAGACACUAACUUCCUAAUGCACAGAUUGAAGAAUGCACAAGCAACUUACACACUAAAUGGUAGUGAAUUAGGGAUAACCACACACGAGAAGGAUUUGGGAAUUGUUAUAGACAACAAAUUAGGCAGCAAUAUGCAAUGUCAAUCUGCAGUUGCUAAGGCCAGUAAGAUUUUGUCAUGUAUAAAUAGGGGCAUAAAUUCUCGGGAUGAAAAUAUAAUUUUGCCUAUUUAUAAAUCGCUGGUAAGACCACACCUUGAAUAUGCUGUGCAAUUUUGGGCGCCUGUUCUAAAGAAAGAUAUCGUGGCACUAGAAAAGGUUCAGAGACGAGCUACAAAAUUGAUAAAAGGAAUGGAGCAUUUUAGUUAUGAAGAAAGGUUAAAAAAAAUUUAAUCUGUUUAGUUUGGAAAAACGGCGCCUGAAAGGGGAUAUGAUAACUUUAUACAAAUAUAUCUGGAAAUCUAUUCAUAAACAAGGUCACAGAUUUAGGCUGGAAGAAAGGAGAUUUCAUCUAAGGCAAAGAAAAGUUUUUUUUACAGUACGAGCAAUAAGGAUAUGGAAUUCUCUGCCUGAAGAGGUGGUGUUGUCAGAGUCAUCACAGAUUUUUAAACUGCAAUUGGAUAAAUACUUACAAAAACAUAACAUACAGGGAUAUAAUUUCUAAUUAGUGGGGUAAUAGCUACUUGAUCCAAGGAGACAUCUGAAUGCUAUUUUGCGGUCAAGAAGGAAUUUUUUCCUAGUUUGUUGCAAAAUUGGAAGUGCUUCAGACUGGGAUUUUUGCCUUCUUUUGGAUCAACGGCAAAAAACAAAUGUGAGGUAGGCUGAACUUGAUGGACACAAGUCUCUUUUCAGCUAUGUAACUAUGUAACUAUGUAAGAUUGUCAGUGAGAGGGAAGGGAUUAAUAUGGAGACACUAACUUCCUAACAUGCAGAUUGUCAGUGAGAGGGAAGGGGUUAAAAUGCAUAGGCGUGCGCAAGGGGUGUGCCGGGUGUGCCUGGGCACACCCUAAUCCCCGCGGCACGCCUAUGGCGUGAGACCGGCAGGGGAGAUCUCAGGAUCUCCCCUGUCGGCUCCUGCAGACCCCGCGCUAUCCGAGCGCCGGCUCUGCUCUCAGCCUCCCUCCAAACUGCAGCAUGGAGGGAGGCAGAAGAGGACCCAAGGAGCUCAACCAGCAGCUCCGCCGGGUUCCUCUCGCGAGGUAUAGGGGCUAGAGUUCACUCUCCACUGGACCAUCAGGGAAAGCAGCAGGAACAAGAAACCCCCCUCUCUACAUAAGGUAAGAAGGAAGAGGGGAUAUAUUUAGUAAUGUACCCCCACCUCCACCUCCACCCCCCACAAUCACCCACACACAUACAGCACCCUCACACAACACACACACAGCACCCUCACACACAUGCACCCACACACAGCACCGAAACAGCACCCUCACAAACACACAUCACACUAACAGCACCCUCACACACACACACACACACAACACCCUCAAACCACCCUCACGCAGCACACACACAGCAGUGUAUGUAUGUGUGUGUGUGUAUAUAUAUAUAUACACACACACAUACAUAUACACGCGGCGUGUGUUUGUGCUUUAGGGUGCACACCCUAAUGCAAUAUGCUGCGCACGCCUAUGUUAAAAUGCAAAUACUAUAUUCCAACAAGCAGACUAUCAGUGAAAGGGAAGGGGUUCAUAUGGAGACACUAACUUCCUAACACGCAGAUUAUCAGUGAGAGGGAAGGGGUUAAUAUGGAGACACUUACUUAAUAGCACGCAGAUUGUCAGUGAGAGGGAAGGGGUUAAUAUGCAAACACUAACUUCCUAACACACAGAUUGUCAGUGAGAAGGAAAGGGUUAAUAUGGAGACACUAGCUUCGUAAUACAGAUUGUCAGUGAAAGGGAAGGGGUUAAAAUGCAAAUACUAUAUUCCAACAAGCAGAUUGUCAGUGAGAGGGAAGGGGUUAAUAUGGAGACAAUAACUUCCCAACACACAGAUUGUCAGUGAGAAGGAAUGAGUUAAUAUGGAAACACUAACUUCCUAACACAGAUUGUCAGUGAGAGAGAAAGGGUUAAUAUGGAGACACUAACUUCCUAACACGCAGAUUGUCAGUGAGAGGGAAGGGGUUAAUAUGGAGACACUUAAUAACGCGCAUAUUGUCAGUGAGAGGGAAGGGGUUAAUAUGGAGACACUAACUUCCUAACAAACAGAUUGUAAGUGAGGGGGAAUGGGUUAAUAUGGAGACACUAACUUCCUAACACAGAUUGUCAGUGAGAGGGAAGGGGUUAAAAUGCAAAUACUAUAUUCCAACAAGCAGAUUGUCAGUGAGAGGGAAGGGGUUAAUAUGGAGACACUAGCUUCCUAACACACAGAUUGUCAGUGAGAGGGAAGGGGUUAAUAUAGAGACACAAGCUUCCUAACACACAGAUUGUCAGUGAGAGGGAAGGGGUUAAAAUGCAAAUACUAUAUUCCAACAAGCAGAUUGUCAGUGAGAAGGAAGUGGUUAAUAUGGAGACACUAACUUCCUAAAACGCAGAUUGUCAGUGAGAGGGAAAGGGUUAAUAUGGAGACACUAACUUACUAACACAGAUUGUUAGUGAGAGGGAAGAGGUUAAUAUGCACACUAACUUAAAAACAAACAUUGUCAGUGAGAGGUGAGGGGAUAAUAUAGAGACACUAACUUCCUAACACGCAGAUCGUCAGUGAGAAGGAAGGGGUUAAUAUGCACACACUAACUUACUAACACAGAGAUUGUAAGUGAGAAGGAAAGGGUUAAUAUGGAGACACUAGCUUCCUAACACACAGAUUGUCAGUGAGAGGGAAGGGGUUAAUAUGGAGACACUAGCUUCCUAACACACAGAUUGUCAGUGAAAGGGAAGGGGUUAAAAUGCAAAUACUAUAUUCCAACAAGCAGAUUGUCAGUGAAAGGGAAGGGGUUAAUAUGGAGACACUAGCUUCCUAACACACAGAUUGUCAGUGAGAGGGAAAGGGUUAAUAUGGAAACACUAACUUCCUAACACGCAGAUUGUCAGUGAGAAGGAAUGGGUUAAUAUGGAAACACUAACUUACUAACACAGAUUGUCUGAGAGGGAAGGGGUUAAUAUGGAAACACUAACUUACUAACACAGAUUGUCUGAGAGGGAAGGGGUUAAUAUGCACACGCUAACUUAAAAACAAACAUUGUCAGUGAGAGGGGAGGGGAUAAUAUAGAGACACUAACUUCCUAACAAGCAAAUUGUCAGUGAGAGGGAAGGGGUUAAUAUGCAAACACUAACACAGAUUGUCAGUAAGAAGGAAGGGGUUAAAAUGCAAAUACUAACUUCCUAACAAGCAGAUUGUCAGCGAGGGAGAAGGGGUUAAUAUGGAGACACUAGCUUCCUAACACACAGAUUGUCAGUGAGAGGGAAGGGGUUAAUAUAGAGACAAUAACUUCCCAACACACAGAUUGUCAGUGAGAAGGAAGUGGUUAAUAUGGAGACACUAACUUCCUAAAACACAGAUUGUCAGUGAGAGGGAAAGGGUUAAUAUGGAGACACUAACUUACUAACACAGAUUGUUAGUGAGAGGGAAGAGGUUAAUAUGCACACUAACUUAAAAACAAACAUUGUCAGUGAGAGGUGAGGGGAUAAUAUAGAGACACUAACUUCCUAACACGCAGAUUGUCAGUGAGAAGGAAGGGGUUAAUAUGCACACACUAACUUACUAACACAGAGAUUGUAAGUGAGAAGGAAAGGGUUAAUAUGGAGACACUAGCUUCCUAACACACAGAUUGUCAGUGAGAGGGAAGGGGUUAAUAUGGAGACACUAGCUUCCUAACACACAGAUUGUCAGUGAAAGGGAAGGGGUUAAAAUGCAAAUACUAUAUUCCAACAAGCAGAUUGUCAGUGAAAGGGAAGGGGUUAAUAUGGAGACACUAGCUUCCUAACACACAGAUUGUCAGUGAGAGGGAAAGGGUUAAUAUGGAAACACUAACUUCCUAACACGCAGAUUGUCAGUGAGAAGGAAUGGGUUAAUAUGGAAACACUAACUUACUAACACAGAUUGUCUGAGAGGGAAGGGGUUAAUAUGCACACGCUAACUUAAAAACAAACAUUGUCAGUGAGAGGGGAGGGGAUAAUAUAGAGACACUAACUUCCUAACAAGCAAAUUGUCAGUGAGAGGGAAGGGGUUAAUAUGCAAACACUAACACAGAUUGUCAGUAAGAAGGAAGGGGUUAAAAUGCAAAUACUAACUUCCUAACAAGCAGAUUGUCAGCGAGGGAGAAGGGGUUAAUAUGGAGACACUAACUUCCUAACACAGAUUGUCAGUGAGAGGGAAGGGGUUACUAUGCAUGGCUUGUGGGCUACUGACUACAUCUGUUUUGGAAAGCCACAGCCUGACAAACCACGAAACACAGUAAAUGGCAAAGUCCGAUACGCCGUGAUCUUGACAGGCGCACAGUCGGAUUUGCCGGCUUAUGCGCUAACCUUACCCAAAACCCCACAGGUUAUACUGUUGGAAAUAAUUAGUCCACAGCUUUAUUAAAAUUAUUAAUAAAAUAAUUAAGGAAUAACAAAUGGGGUCAUUGCCAACAAAUCUUAUUAAAGUUAGCAUCCCCCCCAUAUACAUAACAUACCCCUAGCAAUGACCCCACAAUAAUAACAAUAGAUAACAAUCUAAAUAACAUGUUAACACAGAAACUGGCCGCCCAAUAUAACCACAUUUCCACCAAGUUAAAUUGUAGGGGUGUACCGAGACACCGCUACCCACCAUAUCCAUUGUAGGGGUGUACCAAGACACCGCUACCCACCAUAUCCAUUGCAGGGGUGUACCAAGACACCGCUACCCACCAUAUCCAUUGCAGGGGUGUACCAAGACACCGCUACCCACCAUAUCCAUUGCAGGGGUGUACCAAGACACCGCUACCCACCAUAUCCAUUGCAGGGGUGUACCAAGACACCGCUACCCACCAUAUCCAUUGCAGGGGUGUACCAAGACACCGCUACACACCAUAUCCAUUGCAGGGGUGUACCAAGACACCGCUACCCACCAUAUCCAUUGCAGAGGUGUACCAAGACACAGCUACCCACCAUAUCCAUUGCAGGGGUGUACCAAGACACCGCUACCCACCAUAUCCAUUGCAGGGGUGUACCAAGACACCGCUACCCACCAUAUCCAUUGCAGAGGUGUACCAAGACACAGCUACCCACCAUAUCCAUUGUAGGGGCGUACCAAGUCACCACUACCCACCAGUUCCAGUGUAGGGUGUACCAAGACACUACCACACCCCCAGGUUCGGAGCCACCGAUGGGCUCGAACCUACCAACCACUGCCCAAUACACACUAAACGUCAGGAUGCCCACUUUCUCCUCCAUCUACCCUCCGAUUUAACCAGGUCAUUCCCCGCCGCUGUGAAAAAACAGGAAAUCAACUAACCUAACCAAAUACAGGGAGGGUGGGAGGGAACACUGACAGGUAAGCUUAGGUUCAGUUAAAAUGGCCACUUCAUAUAGUGGCCGGUAUAAAUACUCCCCUUAUAGCUUCGUCCUACCCAGCAUGCUAGCUGUCACUAAAUUCCUGUGGCUGCUAUGCCUACCUCCUGGCUCUGUCAAGGCCUAUUCCUCUUAGCUGCGCUGAUCCAUGGGCUACAUUCUCAGAAACAUAAUUUUAUAAUAUUUAAAACACGCCAAAGGAACAUUAUGGGGCACAUUCGCCAUUUUAUUAACUAUUAAGUAACACAUAGAUUAUUAUAUGUUAUACAUCUUCCAAAGCCCAGGUUGCCGUCCUGUUUAAAUAUCAUACAUGUUCCGGGGCACAGGCUGCCAUCCUGUUUAUAUAUUAUACAUGUUCCGGGCCACAGGCUGCCGUCCCGUUUAUAUAUUAUACGUGUUCCGGACCCAGGCUACCGUCCUGUUGAUAUAUUAUAGAUGUUCCGGGGCACAGGCUGCCAUCCUGUUAAUAUAUCAUACAUGUUCCGGGGCACAGGCUGCCAUCCUAUUUAUAUAUUAUACAAGUUCCGGGCCACAGGUUGCCGUCCCGUUUAUAUAUUAUACGUGCAAUUUUGGGCGCCUGUUCUAAAGAAAGAUAUCAUGGCACUAGAAAAAGUUCAGAGACGAGCUACAAAAUUGAUAAAAGGAAUGGAGCAUUUUAGUUAUGAAGAAAGGUUAAAAAAAAUUAAAUCUGUUUAGUUUGGAAAAACGGCAACUGAGAGAGAAUAUGAUAACAUUAUACAAAUAUAUUCGGGGCCAGUACAAACCUUUAUCUGGAAACCUAUUCAUAAACAGGGCUAUACAAGGGACACAAGGUCACACAUUUAGGCUGGAAGAAAGGAGAUUUCAUCUAAGGCAAAGAAAAGGUUUUUUUACAGUAAGAACAAUAAGGAUAUGGAAUUCUCUGCCUUAAGAGGUGGUGUUGUCAGAGUCAUUACAGAUAUUUAAACUGCAAUUGGAUAAAUACUUGCAAAAACAUAACAUACAGGGAUAUCAUUUCUAAUUAGUGGGGCAAUAGCUGCUUGAUCCAAGGAGAUAUCUGACUGCUAUUUUGGGGUCAAGAUGGAAAUUUUUCUCAGUUUGUGGCAAAAUUGGAAGCAUAGGACAUAGUAUGCCUUCCUGUUUAUAUAUUACACACAGGGCCAGAUUAAGAGCCCAGUGGGGCCGGUGCUGACAAUUAUGAGGGGCCUAAUUACAGAAUCUUAUCGAACUAAAACAGUCAUACUUCUCACGCGUUAUGUAUCUGGUGGAUAUGGUGCCAGAGGGAAACUCAUAGGAUGCAGCUAUAAGAAAACGCAGAUUUUUGUGAAAUAUGCUAAUCUCUCUCUAAUUUAUGCUUUCAUCUUUCAAGUAAAUCCAUUCCCCCUAACAGCAGUGUCCAGUGAAGCAGGAAGUCAAUGGGCGGUGUAAGAGGGUGGGCCACUGACGCUAAUCACGUGGCCAGAACUGCCAAAAGGAGCCAUGUCUUCCCAAAGAAUUGGAAGGCUAGCCUGGCAUCAGUGUCCCUAUGUAUCACAGUGUCAGUGUCCCCAUGUCACCCCGUCCACUAGUCUCCCAGUGUCUGUGUCCUCAUUGCUCCCAGUGUCCCCAUGUCUCAGUGUUUGUCCUGUGUCACUAGGAUACUAGGGGACACUGAUACAUUUUGGGACACUGGGAGACAUGGGGACACUAGGGAUACUGAGAGACAUGGGAACAUUGGGAGAUAUGGGGACACUGAGACACUAAGGACACUGAGAGACAUGGGAACACAGACACUGGGAGACUAGGGGACACUGGGAGCCAUAGGGACACUGAGACACUAGGGAUACUGGCUGGGAGACAUGGAGACACUGUGUCUUCAGUGUCUCCGUGUCCCAAUGUGUCUCUCAAUGUCCCUAUGUCUCACAGCAUCCCCUAGUGUCUUAGUGUCCCCAGUGUCCCCAUGUUUCCCAGUGUCUCCAAGUGUCUGUGUCCCCAUGUGUCUUAGUGUCCCCAGGUCUCCCAGUGUCCCCAUGUUUCCAAGUGUCUCCAAGUGUCUGUGUCCCCAUGUGUCCCCUAGUGUCUUAGUGUCCCCAGGUCUCCCAGUAUCCCCUAGUGUCUGUGUCACCUAGUGUCUCAGUGUCCCCAUGUCUCCCUGCUGCCUUUCCCCCCAUUCCUCCCUUACCUGAGCUUUGGCUGUCUCUGCAGGUUGGAAGCUGCUGUAUGGACUCUCUGUGCUGUGUAGCUGCUCCCCCACGGAUCAGUGAGUAGAGAGAGGCAGGGAGAUGCUGUAACUUCCUAUCCCUGCCUCUCUCCACACACAGUAACCCCUACUGGCCGGUGCUGGUAUUGAGAAAGAUAUCUGCAUUUGUAUUGCCGGCAUUACUGCAAUACCGGCACGGCCAGGCAGCCUCAAAUACCACCUGUGCCAGUAAAAUACCAGUCAGGUGGCAAACCUAAGAGUAGAGUGUAAAAAAAAAUAAAAAUGCAGCUCCAUCAGCCCCUAUGUUAAUCCAGCCCUGAUUAUACAUCUUCCGAGGCCCAGGCUGCCAUCCUGUUUAUAUAUUAUAUAUGUUCCAGGGCCCAGGCUGCCGCCCUGUUUAUAUAUUAUACGUGUUCCGGGGCCCAGGCUGCCGUCCUGUUUAUAUAUUAUAUAUGUUCCAGGGCCCAGGCUGCCGUCCUGUUUAUAUAUUAUACAUGUUCCAGGGCCCAGGCUGCCGUCCUGUUUAUAUAUUAUACAUGUUCCGGUGCCCAGGCUGCCGUCCUGUUUAUAUAUUAUACAUGUUCCGGUGCCCAGGCUGCCGUCCUGUUUAUAUAUUAUACGUGUUCCGGGGCCCAGGCUGCCGUCCUGUUUAUAUAUUAUACGUGUUCUGGGCCACAGGCUGCCGUCCUGUUUAUAUAUUAUACAUGUUCCGGUGCCCAGGCUGCCGUCCUGUUUAUAUAUCAUACAUGUUCCGGGGCCAAGGCUGCAGUCCUGUUUAUAUAUUAUACGUGUUCCGGGGCCCAGACUGCCGUCCUGUUUAUAUAUUAUACGCAUUCCGGGGCCCAGGCUGCCGUCCUGUUUAUAUAUUAUACGUGUUCCGGUGCCCAGGCUGCCGUCCUGUUUAUAUAUUAUACGUGUUCCGGGGCCCAGACUGCCGUCCCUGUUUAUAUAUUAUCGUGUUCAGGCCCAGGCUGCGUCCUGUUAUAUAUAAUGCCUCCCGUGUUCAGGCCCAGGCUGCGUCCUGUUUAUAUAUUAUACGUGUUCCGGGGCCCAGGCUGCGUCCUGUUUAUAUAUUAUACAUGUUCCGGGGCCCAGGCUGCCGUCCUGUUUAUAUAUUAUACUGUUCCAGUGCCCAGGCUGCCGCCCUGUUUAUAUAUUAUACAUGUUCCCGGUGCCCAGGCUGCCGCCCUGUUUAUAUAUUAUACAUGUUCCGGUGCGCCCUGUUUAUAUAUUAUACAUGUUCCGGGGCCCAGGCUGCCGCCCUGUUUAUAUAUUAUACGUGUUCCGGGGCCCAGGCUGCCGUCCUGUUUAUAUAUUAUACGUGUUCCGGGGCCCAGGCUGCAGUCCUGUUUAUAUAUUAUACGUGUUCCGGGGCCCAGGCUGCCGUCCUGUUUAUAUAUUAUACAUGUUCCGGGGCCCAGGCGGCCGUCCUGUUUAUAUAUUAUACAUGUUCCGGGGCCAGACUGCCGUCCUGUUUAUAAAUUAUACAUGUUCCGGGGCCCAGACUGCCGUCCUGUUUAUAUAUUAUACGUGUUCCGGGGCCCAGGCUGCCGUCCUGUUUAUAUAUUAUACGUGUUCCGGGGCCAGGCUGCAGUCCUGUUUAUAUAUUAUCACGUGUUCAGGGGCCGGCUGCGCCCUGUUUAUAUUAUACAUGUUUACGAGGCCCAGGCUGCCGUCACGAACAUAUAUUAUACCACAUGUUCCCGGGGCUGAACUGCGUCCCUGUUUAUAUAUUAUACAUGUUCAGGCCCAGGCUGCCGUCCUGUUUAUAUAAUAUACAUGUUCGGGGCCCCAGACGUCCUGUUUAUAUAUUGCCAUGUUCAGGCCGGUACCGUCUAUUUAUAUAUUAUACAUGUUCGGGGCCCAGGCUGCAGUCCUGUUUAUAUAUUAUCAUUGUUCGGGGCCCAGGCUGCCGUCCUGUUUAUAUAUUAUACAUGUUCAGGCCCAGGCUGCCGUCCCUGUUUAUAUAUUAUACAUGUUCGAGCCCAGACUGCGGCCUGUUUAUAUAUUAUACAUGUUCCGGGGCCCAGGCUGCCGUCCUGUUUAUAUAUUAUACAUGUUCCAGUGCCCAGACUGCCGUCGUGUUUAUAUAUUAUACAUGUUCCGGGCCCAGACUGCCAUCCUGUUUAUAUAUUAUACGUGUUCCGGGGCCCAGGCUGCCGCCCUGUUUAUAUAUUAUACAUGUUCCGGGGCCCAGGCUGCCGUCCUGUUUAUAUAUUAUACAUGUUCCGGGGCCCAGACUGCCGUCCUGUUUAUAUAUUAUACGUGUUCCGGGGCCCAGGCUGCCGCCCUGUUUAUAUAUUAUACAUGUUCCGGGGCCCAGGCUGCCUUCCUGUUUAUAUAUACGUGUUCUGGGGCCCAGGCUGCCGUCCUGUUUAUAUAUUAUACGUGUUCCGGGGCCCAGGCUGCCGUCCUGUUUAUAUAUUAUACAUGUUCCGGUGCCCAGGCUGCCGUCCUGUUUAUAUAUUAUACGUGUUCCGGGGCCCAGGCUGCAGUCCUGUUUAUAUAUUAUACAUGUUCCAGUGCCCAGGCUGCAGUCUUGUUUACAUAUUAUACGUGUUCCGGGGCCCAGGCUGCCACCCUGUAUAUAUAUUUACUUGUUCCGGGGCCCAGGCUGCUAUCCUGUUUAUAUAUUAUACGUGUUCCGGGCCACAGGCUGCCGUCCUGUUGAUAUAUUAUACGUGUUCUGGGGCCCAGGCUGCCGUCCUGUUUAUAUAUUAUAGAUGUUCCGGGGCACAGGCUGCCAUCCUGUUAAUAUAUCAUACAUGUUCCGGGGCACAGGCUGCCAUCCUAUUUAUAUAUUAUACAAGUUCCGGGCCACAGGCUGCCGUCCUGUUUAUAUAUUAUAUAUGUUCCAGGGCCCAGGCUGCCGUCCUGUUCAUAUAUUAUACAUGUUCCAGGGCCCAGGCUGCCACCCUGUAUAUAUAUUUACUUGUUCCGGGGCCCAGGCUGCUAUCCUGUUUAUAUAUUAUACGUGUUCCGGGCCACAGGCUGCCGUCCUGUUGAUAUAUUAUACGUGUUCUGGGGCCCAGGCUGCCAUCCUGUUAAUAUAUCAUACAUGUUCCGGGGCACAGGCUGCCAUCCUAUUUAUAUAUUAUACAAGUUCCGGGCCACAGGCUGCCGUCCUGUUUAUAUAUUAUAUAUGUUCCAGGGCCCAGGCUGCCGUCCUGUUCAUAUAUUAUACAUGUUCCAGGGCCCAGGCUGCCGUCCUGUUUAUAUAUUAUACAUGUUCCGGUGCCCAGGCUGCCGUCCUGUUUAUAUAUUAUACAUGUUCCGGUGCCCAGGCUGCCGUCCUGUUUAUAUAUUAUACGUGUUCCGGGGCCCAGGCUGCCGUCCUGUUUAUAUAUUAUACGUGUUCGGGGCCCAGGCUGCCGUCCUGUUUAUAUAUUAUACGUGUUCUGGGCCACAGGCUGCCGUCCUGUUUAUAUAUUAUACAUGUUCCGGUGCCCAGGCUGCCGUCCUGUUUAUAUAUCAUACAUGUUCCGGGGCCAAGGCUGCCGUCCUGUUUAUAUAUUAUACCUGUUCCAGUGCCCAGGCUGCCGUCCUGUUUAUAUAUUAUACGUGUUCCGGGGCCCAGACUGCCGUCCUGUUUAUAUAUUAUACGUGUUCUGGGGCCCAGGCUGCCGUCCUGUUUAUAUAUUAUACGUGUUCCGGGGCCCAGGCUCCUGUCCUGUUUAUAUAUUAUACAUGUUCCAGGGCCCAGGCUGCCGUCCUGUUUAUAUAUUAUACGUGUUCCGGGGCCCAGGCUGCAGUCCUGUUUAUAUAUUAUACGUGUUCCGGGGCCCAGGCUGCCGUCCUGUUUAUAUAUUAUACGUGUUCCGGGGCCCAGACUGCCGUCCUGUUUAUAUAUGAUACAUGUUCCGGGGCCCAGGCUGCCGUCCUGUUUAUAUAUUAUACGUGUUCCGGGGCCCAGGCUGCCGUCCUGUUUAUAUAUUAUACGUGUUCCGGGGCCCAGGCUGCAGUCCUGUUUAUAUAUUAUACGUGUUCCGGGGCCCAGGCUGCCGUCCUGUUUAUAUAUUAUACAUGUUCCGGGGCCCAGGCUGCCGUCCUGUUUAUAUAUUAUACAUGUUCCGGGGCCCAGGCUGCCGUCCUGUUUAUAUAUUAUACGUGUUCCGGGGCCCAGGCUGCCGUCCUGUUUAUAUAUUAUACGUGUUCCGGGGCCCAGGCUGCCGUCCUGUUUAUAUAUUAUACGUGUUCCGGGGCCCAGGCUGCCGUCCUGUUUAUAUAUUAUACGUGUUCCGGGGCCCAGGCUGCUGUCCUGUUUAUAUAUUAUACGUGUUCCGGGGCCAGGCUGCAGUCCUGUUUUUAUAUAUUAUACGUGUUCCGGGGCCCAGGCUGCUGUCCUGUUUAUAUAUUAUACGUGUUCCGGGGCCCAGGCUGCCGUCCUGUUUAUAUAUUAUACGUGUUCCGGGGCCCAGGCUGCAGUCCUGUUUACAUAUUAUACGUGUUCAAGGGCCCGGUCUGUAGUCUGACAUUCUGAAAAUACUGCUUACUAUCGCCCACAAAUCAGUGGGUCCUUGCACAGAAUCGGAAAAUGGAUCCAGAUAUGUGGCAUAGCUUGAGGGUUUCUUUAGAAAAAUGACUAGGUUUGAGGAAUUCACUCGGGCGUUGUACUAUGCUGUUUUUCCCAACAAAAAGGACACUUUCUACUUCCAAGUCUGAGCAGUUGGGUUUAUGCAAUGUGGUCAUGGUGCUUUAUUUAUUCUUUGAUUUCAGCAACUGCUAGUGCCACUAUAAUAGAGCAAAGCACCAAAUAGUAAAAAUAUGGGUUAUCAACCCAAAAUCAGGGGAAAAAAUUAUAUUAAAAACCUGCCUUGUUGUACGUGACGCAUUCUUAUUAAAUGAGAAAUUUGGACACUGGUAAAGAUGUAUCCUAGUAAACAGGGUAGUUGGUCACUGGUAAAGAUACGUCCUAGCAAACAGGGUAAUUGGUCUCUAGUAACGAUGUAUCCUAGCAAACAGGGUAAUCAGUCACUGGUAAAGAUACGUCCUAGCAAACAGGGUAAUUGGUCUCUGGUAACGAUGUAUCCUAGCAAACAGGGUAAUCAGUCACUGGAAAAGAUACAUCCUAGUAAAGAGGGUAAUUGGUCACUGGUAAAGAUGUAUCCUAGUAAACAGGGUUAUUGGUCACUGGUAAAUAUGCAUCCUAGCAAACAGGGUAAUUGGUCACUGGUAAAAUUGUGUUCUAGUAAACAGGGUAAUUGGUCACUGGUAAAGAUGUGUCCUAAUGAACAGGGUAGUUGGUCACUGGUAAAGAUGUGUCCUAGCAAACAGGGUAAUUGGUCACUGGUAAAAUUGUGUUCUAGUAAACAGGGUAAUUGGUCACUGGUAAAGAUGUGUCCUAAUGAACAGGGUAGUUGGUCACUGGUAAAGAUGUGUCCUAGCAAACAGGGUAAUUGGUCACUGGUAAAAUUGUGUUCUAGUAAACAGGGUAAUUGGUCACUGGUAAAGAUGUGUCCUAAUGAACAGGGUAGUUGGUCACUGGUAAAGAUGUGUCCUAGCAAACAGGGUAAUUGGUCACUGGUAAAAUUGUGUUCUAGUAAACAGGGUAAUUGGUCACUGGUAAAGAUGUGUCCUAAUGAACAGGGUAGUUGGUCACUGGUAAAGAUGUGUCCUAGCAAACAGGGUAAUUGGUCACUGGUAAAAUUGUGUUCUAGUAAACAGGGUAAUUGGUCACUGGUAAAGAUGUGUCCUAGCAAACAGGGUUAUUGGUCACUGGUAAAGAGGCAUCCUAGCAAACAGGGUAAUUGUUCACUGGUAGAGAUGCGUCCUACCAAACAGGGUAAUUGGUCACUGAUAAAGAAUUGUCCUAGCAAACAGGGUAAUUGGUCACUGGUAAAGAUGCAUCCUAUUAAACAGGGUAAUUGGUCACUGGUAAAGAUGCGUCCUAGCAAACAGGGUAAUUGGUCACUGGUAGAGAUGCGUCUUAGCAAACAGGGUAAUUGGUCACUGGUAAAGAUGUGUCCUAAUGAACAGGGUAGUUGGUCACUGGUAAAGAUGUGUCCUAGCAAACAGGGUUAUUGGUCACUGGUAAAGAGGCAUCCUAGCAAACAGGGUAAUUGGUCACUGGUAGAGAUGCGUCCUACCAAACAGGGUAGUUGGUCACUGAUAAAGAAUUGUCCUAGCAAACAGGGUAAUUGGUCACUGGUAAAGAUGCGUCCUAUUAAACAGGGUAAUCGGUCACUGGUAAAAAUGUGUCCUAGUAAACAGGGUAAUUGGUCACUGGUAAAGAGGCUUCCUAGCAAACAGGGUAAUUGGUCACUGGUAAAGAUGUAUCCUAGUAAACAGGGUUAUUGGUCACUGGUAAAUAUGCAUCCUAGCAAACAGGGUAAUUGGUCACUGGUAAAGAUGCUUCCUAGCAAACAGGGUAAUUGGUCACUGGUAAAGAUGUGUCCUAGCAAACAGGGUUAUUGGUCACUGGUAAAGAUGUGUCCUAGUGAACAUGGUAGUUGGUCACUGGUAAAAAUGUGUCCUAGUAAAAAGGGUAAUUGGUCACUGGUAAAGAUGUAUCCUAGUAAACAGGGUUAUUGGUCACUGGUAAAUAUGCAUCCUAGCAAACAGGGUUAUUGGUCACUGGUAAAAAUGUGUCCUAGUAAAAAUGGUAAUUGGUCACUGGUAAAGAUGUGUCCUAGUGAACAGGGUAGUUGGUCACUGGUAAAGAUGUAUCCUAGUAAACAGGGUUAUUGGUCACUGGUAAAGAUGUAUCCUAGUGAACAGGGUAGUUGGUCACUGGUAAAGAUGUGUCCUAGUAAACAGGGUAAUUUGUCACUGGUAAAGAGGAUUCCUAGCAAACAGGGUAAUUGGUCAUUGAAAGAGAUGUGUCCUAGUAAACAGGGUAAUUGGUCACUGGUAAAGAUGUAUCCUAGUAAACAGGGUAAUUGGUCACUGGUAAAAAUGUGUUCUAGUAAACAGGGUAAUUGGUCACUGGUAAAAAGGUGGUCUAGUAAACAGGGUAAUUGGUCACUGGUAAAUAAUGGUAAAGAAACCUAGAUUGCAGCCCCACAACAAGUCAAAGUUGUUAUACUCACUGAAGAUGGCAGCUUGUGAGGAGUUCACGCAGCAUGCAGUACAGCAACCUUUCCUGGUUGGGGCAUUUGAGGCUUUAUGUCCGGAUAUCUGAUGGACCGUCUACUCACCUCAACUCAUGGCCACAAAAAGAUUGAAGGUCAGGAGGCUGUCUGUUGAAAGCAGGGUGAUCUGUACCCCUCCUGGGCUGUGGACCUCACAGGGUAUUAGCCCUGGACUUAGUGCACAUCCUUGGAGGUUCACUACUGAACUCUCUGAGGACACUGUCCAUUACGUGACAGAGUAUGGGGUCUAUGGACUUAAGGUCUUGGCCCUCAAUCUGGCCUGGGGCAGGAGCUCUGACACUCAGGAGAAGAGCUGGGACUCUCAGACUGGUCUUCAGCUGGCACCUCGGAGACAAAGGCCCACUCUGAAAGUGGGAAUAGGUUCAUUUCAAGGCCGAUGGUGCCUGAACACAGAACCUCCAGUGGCAUGUCCUAGCUACAUGCUUGCCACUUGUUAUGUUUUCUUAUUAUUUCAUAGUCACAGUUGACUACCCAUUUCAAUAAGUGAUCAGAGUGGGGCUAGGUCACGUUCUUAGGGGCCUGUCUGGUAUACAGGGAGUGCAGAAUUAUUAGGCAAGUUGUAUUUUUGAGGAUUAAUUUUAUUAUUGAACAACAACCAUGUUCUCAAUGAACCCAAAAAACUCAUUAAUAUCAAAGCUGAAUAUUUUUGGAAGUAGUUUUUAGUUUGUUUUUAGUUUUAGCUAUGUUAGGGGGAUAUCUGUGUGUGCAGGUGACUAUUACUGUGCAUAAUUAUUAGGCAACUUAACAAAAAACAAAUAUAUACCCAUUUCAAUUAUUUAUUAUUACCAGUGAAACCAAUAUAACAUCUCAACAUUCACAAAUAUACAUUUCUGACAUUCAAAAACAAAACAAAAACAAAUCAGUGACCAAUAUAGCCACCUUUCUUUGCAAGGACACUCAAAAGCCUGCCAUCCAUGGAUUCUGUCAGUGUUUUGAUCUGUUCACCAUCAACAUUGCGUGCAGCAGCAACCACAGCCUCCCAGACACUGUUCAGAGAGGUGUACUGUUUUCCCUCCUUGUAAAUCUCACAUUUGAUGAUGGACCACAGGUUCUCAAUGGGGUUCAGAUCAGGUGAACAAGGAGGCCAUGUCAUUAGAUUUUCUUCUUUUAUACCCUUUCUUGCCAGCCACGCUGUGGAGUACUUGGACGCGUGUGAUGGAGCAUUGUCCUGCAUGAAAAUCAUGUUUUUCUUGAAGGAUGCAGACUUCUUCCUGUACCACUGCUUGAAGAAGGUGUCUUCCAGGAACUGGCAGUAGGACUGGGAGUUGAGCUUGACUCCAUCCUCAACCCGAAAAGGCCCCACAAGCUCAUCUUUGAUGAUACCAGCCCAAACCAGUACUCCACCUCCACCUUGCUGGCGUCUGAGUCGGACUGGAGCUCUCUGCCCUUUACCAAUCCAGCCACGGGCCCAUCCAUCUGGCCCAUCAAGACUCACUCUCAUUUCAUCAGUCCAUAAAACCUUAGAAAAAUCAGUCUUGAGAUAUUUCUUGGCCCAGUCUUGACGUUUCAGCUUGUGUGUCUUGUUCAGUGGUGGUCGUCUUUCAGCCUUUCUUACCUUGGCCAUGUCUCUGAGUAUUGCACACCUUGUGCUUUUGGGCACUCCAGUGAUGUUGCAGCUCUGAAAUAUGGCCAAACUGGUGGCAAGUGGCAUCGUGGCAGCUGCACGCUUGACUUUUCUCAGUUCAUGGGCAGUUAUUUUGCGCCUUGGUUUUUCCACACGCUUCUUGCGACCCUGUUGACUAUUUUGAAUGAAACGCUUGAUUGUUCGAUGAUCACGCUUCAGAAGCUUUGCAAUUUUAAGAGUGCUGCAUCCCUCUGCAAGAUAUCUCACUAUUUUUGACUUUUCUGAGCCUGUCAAGUCCUUCUUUUGACCCAUUUUGCCAAAGGAAAGGAAGUUGCCUAAUAAUUAUGCACACCUGAUAUAGGGUGUUGAUGUCAUUAGACCACACCCCUUCUCAUUACAGAGAUGCACAUCACCUAAUAUGCUUAAUUGGUAGUAGGCUUUCGAGCCUAUACAGCUUGGAGUAAGACAACAUGCAUAAAGAGGAUGAUGUGGUCAAAAUACUCAUUUGCCUAAUAAUUCUGCACUCCCUGUAUAUCAGCAGGACCCAAGCUAUAAGUUUUCCUUUUUAAUAGUUACUAUAAUGCCUUGUUUAUUGUACUACCUACACUCAUUCCUCUCCUAUAUAGUUUGUUUCACGGUGUAGAUCAUAUUACUGUCUAGCAUGUCAUUUUUUAUUAUGCAAUACUUACUCAUGUUAUCAGGGGUCAAUUCACCACGGCUGUUUAAACAUUAUUACGUAGUUCGAGCCUCUGAGACCUUACUCAUGAUAUACCUAAACAAUUUGUGAAGUUUAUUCGAUUGUCACACGUUUGUUAUGAUUGUACACAACUGCUUAUUGUUACAACUUUGACAUAUACGUUAUAAGCUUAUUUGUAUUCUGAUGCAGAGCAAAAUUACAGAGUAUUUAUAUAUAUAUAGUUAAUACAAUGUUAAACAAAUAUCUGCACACCAGUCAAGCCUUAAGACUUGCUUUCCCACAGAAAUCACACAUUUGCAGUGAUGUUACUACUGCAAAGGAUUCUGGGUGGGCAUAUGCAAAUUAGUUUAACAAAGAAUCCCAUUUUUGCCUCAUUCCAUUUUAAACAUGGAUUCCUUUGAGUCUGUGUUUGCUGUAUACAACUGCUUGGAACACAAUUUAGGAAAAGAUGCAAAGCCAGUAAAUAUUUAUGGCUUGACUGGUGUGCACAUUUUUGUUUAACAUUGUAUUAACCACCCACACACUUCAGGUGGAAGGGGUUUUCAAUCACAGUUUUUCCCCCACCAUAACCUUUUUGGUUUUUGCUAUAAAUAUAAUAUAAAUAGAGACUGAUUUACUUGCUGUUCUUUUUUCUCCAUUUUUUCACAUUUGCUGGUUGUCCAUAACAAUCCAUCAUAAUUUUGUCAUAGUUACAUAGCUGAAAAGAGACUUGUGUCCAUCAAGUUCAGCCUUCCUCACAUUUGUUUUUUGCUGUUGAUCCAAAAGAAGGCAAAAAAACCAAUUUGAAGCACUUCCAAUUUUGUGACAAAGUAGAAAACAAGUUCCUUCUUGACCCCAGAAUGGCAGUCAGAUUUAUCCUUGGAUCAAGCAGUUAUUACCCUACAUUGAAAGAUUAUAUCCUUGAAUAUUCUGUUUUUGCAAGUAUGCAUCUAGUAGCUGUUUGAACAUCUGUAUGGACUCUGAUAAAACCACUUCUUCAUGCAGAGAAUUCCACAUCCUGAUUGUUCUUACAGUAAAAAAAAACAACAAAAACUUGUUUUUGGCAUCAUAGAUAAAAAAAAUCCAAAUUGUAAUCAGACUAAUUAGUUUAAUCCGUUGUCCAUUUUAUUUGUUUUGUGGUUCAUCCAUAUAGUGUCUUGGAGUUUGGGAUUUUGGAUAAACACAAUUUGUUGGAAAGUCCAAUAGAUUUACAGCCCGGUAUAAUGUAUGAGUGAGAGAGUAUAAAAUAUACUUAAAAUGUAGCUAUCAUUGUAUAAUUUUUAGCACAUUAUUAUAGAUUUAAAGCAAAUUAAAAUGAGCAUGGUAUAUAAAAUAGUUUAGUAGACAAAUAGCUUGUAUUAAACUGUUGUUGCACUAAUUAUAUUGUAUUUAAUUUGGCAAUUCCAUAGCCCCCCAAUAAUAAACACUCCAAAGUCCUAUCAUUUCUUUUUUUACCCCGGUCUAGGAACUGGUGUGCGUACAUGGUGACGCGGACAGUGAGCUGCAUAGUGGAAGAAGGAGUGGAGACUUAUGUCAAGCCAGAGUAUCAACCGUGCGUCUGGGGUCAGAUGCAAUGUCCACGUAACGUGGUGUGAGUAUUGGUGGAGAUGAAAUCCCUGAACUAUUUCAUUUAUAUGUUAAAUUAUAUCAUACAGAGUGAGCUCGAGAGAUAAUGCACAUAACAGUAAAUAAUCCAUCAUGGGAAAACAAGGCUACUGAGGUGUCUCAAGAAAGCAGACACUGACAUAAUAUAGGCAUCAUAACAAACCAGGUAAACAUACACACAAUAAACCAGGAGAACAUAGACACAUAGCCAUAAUGAACCAGGAGAACAUAGACACAGACAUAAUAGAGACCUAAAAAUAAACCAGUAGAACGUAGACAGAGACAUAAUAAACCAGGAGAAUGUAGACACAGAGAUAAUACAGACCUCAUAAUAAACCAGGAGAACAUAGACACAUAGCCAUAAUGAACCAGGAGAACAUAGACACAGACAUAAUAGAGACCUAAAAAUAAACCAGGAGAACGUAGACAGAGACAUAAUAAACCAGGAGAAUGUAGACACAGACAUAAUAGAGACCUAAAAAUAAACCAGGAGAGCGUAGACAGAGACAUAAUAAACCAGGAGAAUGUAGACACAUAGACAUAGUAAACCAGGAGAACAUGGACAUGGACAUAAUAAACCAGGAGAACGUAGACACAUAGACAUAGUAAACCAGGAGAACAUAGACACGGACAUAGUAAACCAGGAGAACAUAGACACAUAGACAUAGUAAACCAGGAGAACAUAGACACGGACAUAAUAAACCAGGAGAACAUAGACACAUAGACAUAGUAAACCAGGAGAACAUAGACACAUAGACAUAGUAAACCAGGAGAACAUAGACACGGACAUAAUAAACCAGGAGAACAUAGACACAUAGACAUAGUAAACCAGGAGAACAUAGACACAUAGACAUAGUAAACCAGGAGAACAUAGACACGGACAUAAUAAACCAGGAGAACGUAGACAUAUAGACAUAAUAACCCAGUAGACUGUAGACAUAAUGUAGACACACACGUAGACACACUUUAUCAUUAUGUAUUUUUUUUCUAAAUUAUUAUUAAAGCUGGGGUUAAUGUGAGGAUUAGGAUUAGUUAGGUUAGGAUUAGGGUAAAUUAGUGUUAGUGGAAGUAAUAGGGCUAAGGCUAAUUGAUGUAACGGUUAGUGUAUUAUUAACAGCCUCACUGUACUGUGGAGGGAGAGGGGUUAGGUCCCUAACUGCUCCCACCUUUACACACAAAUAGACUUGUCAAACCCCAAGUGACAGUGUCACUUUAAUUUAGUGAUAUGCUGGGAGAGAAGCUGGGGAGAGAAUUGAACUGCAGUUUGUUUUUUUUCCUCUUUGAUUAAUUAUAUGGCUGCAAAGUCCAGGGACCCUUAGACCUGUUGAAUGAGCACUGGGAGGAAACAACUUUAGCAGAGAUAACCCUUAUAGAACUCAAUGUGCUUGAAUUUCAGUAGUACUUAGAGGAGCCAACUCAUCUUGUUUUAGACAAUCUCCAAGAUGCUUAAACCUGACCACAAAAUCGUGAUCAGGAGAGCAAUAACCGAGAGUUGUGGGUAAGCCAGAAAGUCCUAGUACUCAGACAGAUCCAACCAAACAAACUCCAGGAAGCCUAGGAAAAAUCCUACUGUAUUGUAAAGACGUUAUAUGAUUGUCAAAUGUUCAGAGGAAAGGGUACUUUUCCCAUGGACAUGUUAAAGGAGUGCAGGCAUACAGCAUAAACAGCAUCAACCAUGGCAGUAAUAGUGGUAUGGGUCCCAUUUUUGACUUAUUGGUGGCAACUUGCGGUCCUAGCUCUAUAGAGCAAGUGACAAUUGGUGACCUUCUAGGACCAGCUGAGCGAGCAAGCUAGUCACUGACGCAUAUUUUUGUUGAAAACUGGUAUUACUCAUCUUACUUCUGAUCAAAUGGAGACCCCCGGACAGGCCCCACUUAGACAAUCUGCCAACUUGAAGUGGUUAAGAAAAACAGUAUAUGUGUAAACAAACCAAAAAGUGCAAUUAGUGCCAAAUUAGGUACAAGCAGAAAAAAACUUCCCUGUACAAGGUGAAGCUUUCAAUGGUAUCCCCAAAGACUUCCUCCUGUCUUCCACUUCAAUGUAAGCAAAAAAUAGGGGAUGAUCUGCUAAAACAAUAACAAACUAAAAAACAUAGCGUAUAACUGUGUAUAUGAAUUAACCACAAGUGCUGUAUUCACAAAUGGCCACUCACAUUUUAUUAUUCAUUUGAAUCCUGUUACUGCACACUACCAAAGUCCCUGAGGAAGUCCCAUACACGGACGAAACACGUAGGACCCCUGGUGGUGACUCAGAGAUACUACACCUAUUGCUUUAACCUUGAUGUAAGUGAUUAAAUUGAUUUUUUACUACAUUUUAUUUUUUCUCUCUUGAGCACAUAUACUCCAGCCAAUCCAUGGUGAUUUAAAUACAGAUGGAAGAAUGAAUCCUUGGAAGGAAUUUAUAAUGAAAGCUCUUUAACUUCAGUGAAUGUGUGAGUGGCCAUUUGUGAAUACAGCACUUGUGGUUAAUUCAUACACACAGUUAUACGCUAUGUUUUUUCGUUUGUUAUUGGUUUAGCAGAUCAUCCCCUAUUUUUUGCUUAUAUUGAAGUGGUUAAGGAGAGAUGACAGAGUUAGGCAUCAUCGAGCCCUCAAUUAGCCCAGGGACCUUCCCUAUGGUUCUGGUAUCUAAGAGAGACCACAAGGUUUGCAUGGACCACCGAUGACUCAAUGACAAGAUCAUGACUGAAGCAUAUCUCAGCUCCUGUACAAUAUGCAGGACACUACAUCACAACACUGGAUCUGAGCAAGGAAAACUCCAGCAUCCAAACCAAGUCUGCGUUCAUCACCCCGUACCACUUUAAGGUACUAUUGUGCCGGAUGAAGCACGUCCCUGCCACAUACCAGCAGAUACUAGAUUGUUUACUCUGUGAUUUACAGAAUCUUACCUGUAAAACCAGAACAAUGAGUAAGCGAUAAAUAACACGAGGUAGCAGCAACCCUAUAAGGGGAUCCCUCAAAUAAAACACAGAAAGGUAAAAAUAAAUACAAGUAAGGGCUGCGCUUGAAUAAAACUCUGUAAAAUAUGAAUAGUCCAGAUAAAAUAAAUGGAUAAAAGGAGAAAGUCUUAUCUGGAAACGUCUAUUGGAAUCGUAUUGUAUGGUGGUAUUUGGUCCAGAACAAUAGUCUUUAUUUGUAUCUUUCUUGUAGGUCGUCUCAUAUGCAAAAGAUAAAAACAAAAACAGAACCAAAUAGUGUAGUAUAUUUUGAUAGUAGAGGAAGUUGAAAUAUAAAUCUUGAUUGCAAACUCACAUUUAGAAGAGCUAGAACCCGCUCUGGUGUAAAAGGCGUGCAGCGGUUUGAUCCCCGCUUGUAGGAUAUGGAGUAACUUUCCUUUGUAUAUUUCCUCCUUCCGUAAUAUGAAAGAUACUUGGAUAAAAAGAGACAGCCAAUAGUGUUCUCUGAAUAAAAGCUUUAAAUAAAAUAUAUGUAAUAAAAGUGGGUACUCACAAGAUAGGAGCAGAUCAACUGCUCCUUGUAGUUAGCGUUGAUGGUAUAAUAUUUUUUAUUUAUUUUGUUUGUCAUCAUGCCUGGUCACACUACUUAGUAGACCAGGCAUGAUGCUGUUAAGAUCCAAGCCGGCCGCAGCUUCUGUGCAUGCCGACUUGUUUCUAUGUAUUAUUUCCUUGCCGACAUUCUCACCCCUCCUUCUGACGUCAGCCGCAUGUCUAUGCGGGCUGACAUCUCUCCCACGCCCCCCUCACUGGCGUCAGCCGCAUCCUUUUAGCGUGCCGACGCCAUCCGUUUUCUCCCCCAUUAUGACGCCGGCGGCUGAGCAGUGCCUGCCGGCGUCAUACUACAUUUCCCAGAACAACUUCCGGUUUCAUGCCAGUCUGGCAGAUCUGCUCCUAUCUUGUGAGUACCCACUUUUAUUACAUAUAUUUUAUUUAAAGCUUUUAUUCAGAGAACACUACUGGCUGUCUCUUUUUAUCCAAGUAUCUUUCAUAUUACGGAAGGAGGAAAUAUACAAAGGAAAGUUACUCCAUAUCCUAUAAGCGGGGAUCAAACCGCUGCACGUCUUUUACACCAGAGCGGGUUCUAGCUCUUCUAAAUGUGAGUCAAGAUUUAUAUUUCUACUUCCUCUACUAUCAAAAUAUACUACACUAUUUGGUUCUGUUUUUGUUUUUAUCUUUUGCAUAUGAGACGACCUACAAGGAAGAUACAAAUAAAGACUAUUGUUCUGGACCAAAUACCACCAUUCAAUACGAUUCCAAUAGACGUUUCCAGAUAAGACUUUCUUCUUUUAUCCAUUUAUUUUAUCUGGACUAUUUGUAUUUUACAGAGUUUUAUUCAAGCGCAGCCCUUACUUGUAUUUAUUUUUACCUUUCAGAAUCUUACCUGUGCCUACUAAGAUUACAGUGUCAUGUAUUUAGGAAGACUGGGCAUAACAUCUAAAGCAUGUGGCUGACGUAUUAGAAAGGAUCCAAGCCGCAAGCAUGACAUUCAAACCUUUUUGGGUACUGGCAGUUAUUACCGCAAGUUCAUCUCCAGAUAUAGCUCCCUAGCUAAAUACCUGAUGGACGUGACCAAAAAGAAUCUUCCCAAAUUAGUCUUAAGUCAAGUCAAAGACAGAGGGGAAGAACAUCCAGUGGCGUUCAUCAUUUGCAAGUAAUUAUCCCAGGAGGUAUCUUAUGAAGUAGUUGAAAAGGAAUCAAAGAAAAAAAAAGUUACCUGCGCACCUCCCAAAUCCCUAUGCAUAUUUAACCCCCUAAGGACACAUGACGUGUGACAUGUCAUGAUUCCCUUUUAUUCCAGAAGUUUGGUCCUUAAGGGGUUAAAUAAAUGGAGGUUAUUUAGUAACUACAAUGGCCAUUAGAUGCAAGCCCACCUGCCACGUCAAAACAAACCCUAUUAGGUGGGUCCUACACUGACUAUUCACCUUGCUUCCUUGAGCUACUGGCAAAGAUAUCUCUAAUGAGACAGAGAGGGGUAUUUUGAUAAAACCCCUACAUACUUAUUAACCCUUUAUAGGGAACAUAUGGGAAGGGCAGUAGCAUUGUAACAUAGAUGUGUGAUACAAAAAUGACGAGCGCCGCAGGAGUCAGAUAAGUGUAAUCUGGCAGCAUUCACAUUUCCAUGUGGAAACCAGCCGCAAUGAGGUGCACUCGCUGGGUCCGAGACCGCUCUGACAGGAAAGGAUCCGGCUGGCACCAUGACAUCACCCAAGCAAGAGUCUAGAAGCAAAAUGUGAGAAGUUCCUAUUUUUAUUUAACAACUUACCAAAGGCACUUAACCUGUAUCGGUGACUGUUCCUUUCAUUUACUGUGUGCCAGAACAUUUCACAUAUUACCUGAAGCAAUGGCACUCCCUCUUCUUGUUUGUGAACCCACUUUGAGCAAAUAGCAUAAGGAGAACAUCGCAAAGGAGUGGAGCAACUGAAAUGAGAAAACAAUUUAGUAGAAACACAAAACACAAUGGAAGAACAGCUAACCUUUUAUUAAUGUUGAGACGUUCCAUGCCGUCCUCUACAGAAUGGACUUUAACAUUGCUCGGACGGACGGCAUGAAACAUUUCAUGUUUUGGGUUAGUGUUGUUUUAUGGUUUGGAAGAGUGUAGGAUUAAGGUUAGCAGUGGGGUUAGAGUUAGGGUUGUGGCUGUGGUAGGGUACACUUAGGGUUAGUUGUAGGGUUAGGUUAAGGUAAAGGGACACUAUUGGCACACAGACUUCUUUCAGCUCAUAGAAGUGGUUUGGGUGCAGUGUCCCAUGUACCUUAACCCUGCAGUGGUAAUUAUUGAAUUUUUUUAAUAAACUGCAAUAAUUACCUGUCAGUAUUAACUCCACCUCUAGUGGCUGUCUACCAGCUAACUGACAUUGGACAUCCUCGCGCUAGCGUCACCCAAAACCCCAUAAGAAAAAAAUGAUACAAUGCUUUCCUAAGGGGGAGGUCCUAAGGCGAGUGAAGCGAUUGGUUAAGUACCAAAUAUUAAUUUAGAUCCUAGACAUAUUAGGCAUUUAACAAUUCGGACUGUUACAUACAUUUAUUCUGAGCUAUUUUUCAGUAGUUGAACUUGAUAUGUAAAGAUUAUUAUAAGCAAAAGUGAAAAAAAAUGUUUAUAGUCUCAUAGAUACACACUCACACAAAUCCACGCAUAUACAGACACACUUCCAAACAAUAUACCCACAGUCAUAUUCAUAGAAAAAUAUAUACUCUCACAAACUCACACAAUAUACUUUUACAGACAAUCACAAUCAGAAAAACACACAAACAUAUACAAUCACCUUAUACUCGGAUAAACAUUAAUUGAAAAACACACAUACACAUGUAAUAUACUCUCACAAAGACAAACACAGAUAUACCAACACAUAUGUUAUGCUCUAGAACUAUCCAGGAUAUAUCACUUUUACAAGUUCUUUACCAACAUACAUUCUAGUUUUUUACUAGUUAACACUAGAAACAUCUUGUUGUCUGUUUGUUUAUGGUAGGAUUUAUUUGCAUCCUGUUACAAUAUGAAAUAUUUACAGCUUGAGGCUGGAGUAUCUGAAAACCUUUCCUUUUCUUUCAGGUAUCGCAGCUUUGUGAGACCCCGCUACAAAGUUUCUUACAAGACAAUCUCUGACAUGGAGUGGAGAUGCUGUCAUGGAUAUUCAGGGGACGACUGUAUGGAAGGGCCUGCAGGGGGCGCUCAAGUCACCACUACAAGACCAAGACCUAAACCUGUACGUCCCAAUCCAUCUGGAUCCAAUGCUGGAAACAGCCAAAGUGGCUCUGGAGGAGAAGGUGGGUGAGACACUAAGAACAUGUUUCCCUUUGACUAGAUGAACUGCACCCCAAAAAUUGCUCUCCAUAAUCUCCAUCUAAUAGUCCAGCAGAACACAUUGUUUCUGGGUUUCAGGGGUGCCAUACUGACAGCUGAUCACUGCCUUCCUGGCAUUACUAUUAAACAAGCUACCAAAUAUAACUGCACUAAAUCUAAUCCAAUUAUCUCCAAGCACAGAAAAAAAACAUUUUUGAAACACCCCAAAAGUACCCUAAAAUACACACAAAUGUUACAUCCCCUGAUAGCCCUGAUCUGGGUGACCAACAUAUCCAAAAAUCACCCAGAUCAGUUCAGGGGUUCAGAAAUUUUAUGGAAGUCAUAGUUUUUACAGACCGCACGCAUGGUCCCAUAGCCGAAAACAGUUCCAUAGAAUCACGGCUAAGUGCUGCUGAAGGACCGACUGGGAACCGGGCAGUUUUCAUGCUGAAAAUAUUUCCAGGGCACACGCAGCUAAGUCCCCCUUAAGUCUAUUUGCGGUUUUGGUCGAUGCGAACAAGAUGGCCACCACCUCGUGGUCGUCCAUAGGAAUUGUGGCUACCCAGACAAACACUUAGACCACAUAGGUGGAAAUUGCAACAAUGUAUCAAUUAAGCUUAACAAGCUCCAGUUAAAAAAGGUCCAAUAGGACAAAAAAAGAAACAAAAUGGACCACACACACAAAUACAGAUAGUACUAUAUAUAAUACCAAAAAAACACAAACAAUAAUUGAUGAAAAAGUAUAUAUAUUAAUAAUGGCUAAAAAAUAGCCUUCGUAAGACAAUAUAGACAAGCAUCUUUCGUAUACUAUCGUGAAGAUACGAAAUAGGUAGUGAAUGAAAAAACGAGGCAUCAAACCUCUGUAUCUAUAGUAACAUGGUGCUGCUGUGUCUAUACAAGUGUAUUAUACUGGGGGUAAUGUUUAGAUACUUCUGCUGGGUGUCACCAUCAAUGGGAUAGUCAUUAUAUCUCUCAAUGUGGGAUCAAAUCUUCAGCUGCUACUACUAGUAAUGACCGUCUAUAUAGCCGCACAGUUAGGAGGCUAUUUGUACAAAAAGAUGUGAUAAAGGUAUAUGUACCCUAUCCCUGAUUAAGGAGUAUAUCAAUGAUUAGUAUGUACAUAUUAUCCACUACUUGACAAAAAUGCCGUUGGCAACAUGGUCGCUGAGUACAACUGCAAUGUUUCUACAAUGUUGCAGAUAACUUGUUUUGUAUCAUAGAUUAGGCAAUAAAGCUGUUAAUUUAUUUACUGUAUACAGAUAAAUAUAGAAUGGUGUCAUUUGCAUAUUAGGGGGAAUAACCCGGGAAGGUCGAUGGGCACUGGGCAGGUGAAAUCAGCACUGGGUGAUCGCUAACUCGUCAUAUUGUUCCUUCGAGGGCACCCCUUAACCCCACCAACAAAAACCCGCCCUGUACUGGUUGUAAACAAAAAAAGAAAUCGCACCCAGAAUAUCAAUUGAGAUGGUAUGAUAAUAAUCUGGGUGGGAGUUCUUUUUGUUUACAACCAGUACAGGGUGGGUUUUUGUUGGUGGGGUUAAGGGGUGACCUCGAAGGUAAAACCGUUAGCAGAUACAUGUGGUGACCAGAUACCAGUUUCAGGGACACACAUCAUUUUGUCACAUUUAUAAAACCUCAUGAAAAGGAUUGCACUGCAGUGUGUAUAAUGCAUAUUCUGCAGGAUAUAUUGUCUAAUUACUUAAUCCUAUGCAUUUUCUUCUGGAUUCUACAAACUAAAGGGCAACCCUUUUCAUGUGCUGCCCAUCAAUAUGUAUACAUGAUAUCUAUCCCUGAACACAUGGUGGGUAUGGUAACCCUGUACAUAAAUGACCACACUCCAAUACCAUGCCUCUAAUGGUUGUGAGGCUGACAGUGCUCUAGGCACCUUAGAACGAUGCCAAACACUCUCUCUUGAUGUCUCUAACAGAGAAGCAUUUCAUUCAUGUCAUGGUGAAGCAGGGCAAUUGCCACACAUUGGUCUUCUCUCCCAUAUGCUUCUCUAAAAGAAGAAUUGAAUUGGGUUAAAGUCAUCAUUAUUGAUGACUUUACUGGAGGCAAGGUGGCUACUCCUUGAAGGCUGACCCACCGCUGGAAUAAAGGUUAUAUGGCUUCACCAGAGCCAUUGGCCCUUUUAGUGUGUGUGUGUGUGUGUGUGUAUUCUGUAUAUUUAAAGCAUUUGCUGUGAAAUUCAUUUUUUUAUCUUCCAUCUCCAGGUAAAGGUGACUCAGAAAAAGUAAAGCAACUUGAAGACAAGGUGCAUCGUCUAACCAAGGAGCUGCAGAAUCUGCAGUCUACAAUGCAGAGCAUGAAUGAAAAAUUCCAAACAGAGAUAAAACUGGUCCUCAAUGGGAAGCAGCUUGCAGAUUCAGCCAAUGGGCAACCUGAAAUAAAGGAUACACUGAUUGAUAUACAGAGCAAGUUAACAGAGCUUGACAACAGAAUCACAUUUCAUGAUGAUGAACUGGGUAAAAUAAACAUUGCAGACACCAAGCACCCAAGCAGCACAGACAGCUCAGUAAGCCAGAAGAUGACAGAAUUGCGCCUGGAUAUCCUCAAAGAGGUGGAGAGGAGAAUGCAGCAGUCCUGUUCUGCUUGUCUCUCGGGAGUGGAAGGACUCCAGAACCAGCAGAAUGAAGAAAGGGAUAACAUUCGAGGGCUUGAGAAGCUUAUCAGUUCUAUAGACCAAAGGAACCGUGAGGCUGUGCAUAACAUUCAGGCCCAUGUGGUUGAGCUAAACACACGGCUUUCAAGGGAUUGCUGUUCAGAGGUAAAUGACCUGCGCAAAAAAGUUGAAGAAACUGAAAGGAAAACUGAAACAUUGUCUGGAUCUGUAAAUGCUCUUACUGUGCAUAUAGACAGCAAACUCGGUGGGAUUGACAAAGAAAGUGUCACCCAGAUAGACCAGAACUUGAAUACUCGUCUAGAAAACAUUGAGGGCAGGAUGAACAUCACACAGAGGAGUCUUGAAGAUCAUUAUUACCACUAUCGGGAUGAUGUCCAAGACGAAAUCAACAAAUUGAGGGAUGAUUUAGAAAACCGCAUAAACAGCAAUGAGAAGAAAAUAAAUACACUUUUGACUGAGCUAGUAAACAGUUCUGGGAUUGAUGACUCGAUCUUUCAGACUAUAUCUAGCUUUGGUCAAGAUAUCACUUCAUUAAAGAAUCAGCAAGGGAAGAACAAUGUUGGUAUUAGGAAUGCACUUCAGGAAAUUGAAGGCUUGAGAAGACAGGUAACUAGCACAAUGAAUAGCUGUGCUGAUGAAUGCAACACCAGUAACUCAGAAAUAAAAAAGAUUUUCUCUGAACUGGAAAAAAGGGUGAAUGGAAACGAAGACAAGAUCCGCAUCAUAAACUCAGACAUUAAUGAUCUUCAGUUAUCAGGGAACUCUUUGCAAGAUACACUUCAAGGUCUUGACUUUGAGUUAACUAACAUUAAGGUAGUUGUAGAAGACAACAGGGGGUCCUUGACCAAUAUCUCUACUGUUUUGGAGGACCUAGAAGACAGACUCACAACCACCAUCCUCACAGGAAUGGACACUUACGAAUCCACAAAUAAAGAGAUUGAUAAUUAUCAAAAUGAGACCAAUAGGAGGAUGAUUGAUAUGGAGAAUGGCCUAAAGACUCUUACUAAAAUGAUACAGUUUGAUUACAAAAGCUGUGGGCAGGUAUGCUCCAACUUGCAGGAAGAGGUGGGAAAGCUGAAAGAACAGGUUGAGGAAUGCAGGAGCACAUGCCAACUCAUUCAGAAGAAAGCAGAGGAGGGAAAGGAACACACUAGCUUCAACAAGUCAUUAGAUGGUUUUAGUGUCAUUGGAGGAAGCUCAAACAAGGAACUCAAGUCAAUGCAAGGUGAAUUGUCAAACAUCAUUGUGACCUUCAGCUCCUUAAAUGACACAAUUAAAGACCUUCAAGAGACUGUGGGGAAACACCAAACAGAUAUAAUUGAGCUUGGAACAACAAAAGACAAAAUCAUUUCUGAGAUAAAUAAGGUUCAAGUGGAGGUGACAGUGCACAGUGGAGAAAACUCAGAGAAACUUGAAGAAGUACAAAAAGAGAUGAGGAGGUUAUGGAGCACAAUCCUUGAAGAGACACAAGAUUGCCGACGUUCUGCAGGGGGGCUCCAUGACAGAGUUUCAAAGCUUGAGAAUGUCUGCCUUAAACUUGAUACAGUAUCAGGGAGUCUUCACAAGAUCAAAGAAAAUCUCAAUAAACACGUUUCUGGCCUGUGGAACUGUGUACAGGAGAUAAACAGUACCGUCAGGACUCAUAGUGCCUGGUUUGACAAGUUACACAACAGUCAACUGAAUGGCAUAAACCGCAGGUUGAACAGCUUGAAUAGCUCCAUGCUGGUUCUGUCAUCUGAGUUCCAGAACUUUACUCUGCAGGACUUUAUGGGUAAGAAAUCUGCAUGUAAAUCUGAUUGUAUAAAGCUAGAAAGGCCUUGCUGAUUACACUUACUAAACUACUCCAUAUAUCAAGAGCUCGCUGCCAUACGAUUUACAAACCCGUCCCUCCUGCAGAUGUUUGCUUAAAUGUUCUUAAUAAUACACUAGUUAAAACUCCCAGAUUUAUUAAUCAUUCACGUAUCUGUUAGUCCACCCAUUGUACAUCACUGUGGAACUUGUUGGCGCUUUAGAAAUAAUAAUAAUAACAAUAAUUUACAAACCCCAUCACCCAUAGCACAUAAAACCCAAAAUGUAAUCUACACAUCUCUAUAUUUUUCUUGGGACUAGCCCUGUGGUGGAACAGACCUCGCCGCGUGUUCUUAGGGGGGCUGCUUCCCCGCCUCCUACCUUCUGACUAUGGCCCUGGGAUAUAUGGCAUUUGAAAACACUAUUUGUGCCCUGUGACAAAACUGGAGAUUGUGCACAAAUAUGACUAUUGUCCAUAUUUUUUAUGAUUCCCUUCGUUUGUUGCACUGUUCCCCAUGUGUUUCAUCUGUUGGUCCGGCUGGAUAGACUACCAGACAAACUGUGGAGUUACUGGGUGGCCACCAUUUCAUGUAUCAGAGGCACAUGGUGAGAACAAUGGAUGAAGCACAUGGUGAGAACAAUGGAUGGCGGCCAUUUUAACUCACAAACACUGUUUUGACUUUUCUACACGGUGCCAUCUCGCCGGUAUUUGAUGCACAGAGACAUCGUUUAGUAGUUUUAAACUACAGAACAGGGGUCACAUUUAACAGUAAUAAUUUUUCACAUAGCCUGUAUAUGUUCUGUGGAAUCUGCAUUAAACCGUAUAUUCCAAACUACUGAACGGAUCUGGGUGAAUUUUGGAUAUGUGUUUUUUUAUGGGGUUAUUGCAUGUUUUUGGGGUCCCUAUGAUAUGUUUUAUAAUACUGUAUUUUCCUGCCUGUGAUAAUUAAGUUAGUCCAUUGUGUUGAGAUAAUUGUAUCACAGGCAAAGGGGAGGAUUUCUGAUGCAAGGAAUGGGAGUGUUAGCUGUGUUGUAAUGUGUUGAUUGGUUGUUCUUCAAAACCCUGUGGGCAGUACUUUGUUUGUAAAAUGUGAAUAAAAGAGGCUGUAUGUGCCAGUACAGUCAGUUCUACUUCAACCUCAAUUUGGAGUGCCGUCUCUUAUUGGGGGAAUCUGCUACAAGGGAUUGCUAUGCUCUGCAUACUCCCUUGCUAUAAUCACUCCUAAGCUCUUUUAAGAGCUUGUUCCUGCUUCGCUCUGAAGGAAGAGAGGUUCGGCCUGCAGUGGUUGUGGUGUCGGGUUGGGUGCUUGGAGUCCUCAGGAAGCGCUAGGAGCAUCCAUCAACGGAGGUACCCAGUUGGGGUGCCAGGUGAUCCGUUACAUUGGUGGCAGCGGUGGGAUGGCGUCCUGGUGUGAGAGGAACAGCACCCUGGAGACACCGAAAUUAUUAUGGAGUCCCUGGACAGCGCUCGAGGUGGAAGAUGAGUUUAACCAGAGGUUACAGAGCAUCUUGGCCCCACUGGAUAAGCCUAUAGCAGAGGCAACCAGGUUGGCAUGCAGAGAGGACGCCCGACAGGAGAUGUGGGAAGAAACCCUAGAGGGUGUCCAGCGUUGGCGGGGUGAGCGUCUCCCCAGCAAGGAGCAGCGACUACAAGCCCGAGUGGCCCUACGAAUGCCUAUGCUGGGAGAACAGCCCAAGGAGGAGUUGGUGAUCCAGCUUGAUUCACUGGCAUGGAGGGAACUGGGUCUCGAUGAGGCGUACCAAGCGCUACGUUGGUACACGGUUCAGCAUGUUCCUGGACUGGCCAAAUUCGACAAACCGGAGCUGCAAGGAUUACAAUGGCCCUGGUUUAUUGUGGGGGGCCUUUGCAGAACCGGACUUUGGGAGUGCGGCCGAGUCACGACUUUGGGACAUAUUUGCCUACAGAGAGGCCAUGCUGGAUCUCCCUAUGUCUGAAGACCUAAGGCCAGACCUGGUUGAAUUGGCCGUCCAGGAAUGGGAACUGGAGCAGGAUUACCAGCACCUGAUCAGCUCCAGUCAGUCACCCUAUACCCUGCAGGUACCACCAGAGCAGUGGGAGUUCGUCCAGGAUUAUGCCCUUUUAUUUGAUGCAGUAACACCGCCUGUUUCUAACCUGAUGGGGCUUAUGGACUGUACACCAUUGGGAGUGUUGAGUUUCGUCCCUCCUCCCCAACAACUAAGCCCAUCAUUAGGAGACCUGGAUUCUGUACCUCCUACUCCCCAACCAGCCCCAGAAAUGAAGGACCUUAUUGACUGGUCCUGGGAAGACCCUCAGCUGGCAGGUGGAGGGGAACCGAGAGCUCUCCACCGGCCCUACAAGGAGGCUGGGCAGCUGACCCAGAUUUCCAACUACAGAUGGAUAUGUUAGGAGUGGGGGCAGUCGGUCCCUCUCUACAGCAUGCAACCCAAGGAGAGGAGAGUGUCGUCCUCCAUCGUCCUCCAUCUCCUCCAUCUCCCCAGCGGCAGACGGUCUUACAGGGAGGGUGUAACAGAGCUCCAGUACCCCAACCGAGUACCUCCGCCAAGUCUGCUUCCUUAUAGUUAUCAGGGACCCUGAAACACUUCAGACCCAGACGCCGAGGCUUGACUGGGAUCACUUAGGGCCACCCGGACCAAACAACAGACGACACAUGGUGGAGGUUAAACAGCAACUCUUUAAUGAAUACAGCACACAUAGUUUAAGUCCCCAACAGCCUCAUUUACAUACAAUAGGUUACAUAGAUUACUAUAGUACAAGGAAGGGUGGGGUCGGACAAUAGCAAGGACUGAUGGGAGAUUGAGGAGGGACAGAACAGCUAGUUUAAACUGGUCUGGCAGUGUCCCUGGGACAACGCCCUGCUGGGGAAACAAUAGGACAGGAAAAAGGGGGGAAGGGGAGAUGCACAGACCAGCAAUACAUUCAACAUACCCUGCACAAAUAAUAGGCACAAUGUGACAAAACACAAAAUGAAUUUGGGAGCCCACCCAUCGUGUCUGUCUUCCAUCCCCAGUGAUGGUGACUUCCGUCACAGAGGGAAAACAGCUGGUUUCACUCCUCAGCGGCUGAGCAUGUUAUUGGAAGGGGAGACGGCUGAUCCCCCUUCCCAACAGCAGGACAAUUUAUUGGAAGGGGAGACAGUCAGUCCCCCCCCUACAACAAGGGAGGGUGUUGCAGGAAGAGGAGCCUGUUACUCCUACUCCCCAGCGGCAGAAUAUUCUAUUGGGAGUGGAGACCAUCACCUCCCCAGCGGCAGCCUAACUCACAAAGGGGAGAUGCUAAGUGUUACGAUUGCCUCCGGUCUAGCAGGAGGUUGGAUCGCUUGGAUGUCCUGGUUCCCGAAGUCAGAGAUUUGACCGGUGCUUCAAUCGGUAGAAACCUGUAAGUGUAGAAUAUCCCACUAGCUAUAGUAAAGCUAGGAUUCCCGGAUCCCUACAACACGAGUUGAGGCUGCGAGUUGAGGGUCAAAAACGAACUGGCUUUAAUGGCACACAAGCAUGGCAAUUUAUGCAAGAUCCAUUGAGAAAGCCGCCGAAACAGAGAAACGCAUCUGGAGAGGUCGGACUCCUAUCGAUAUCAGCCACAACUUUUACUUCAAAGAGGACCAUUAUUUGAUAUUUUUCAGCACUACACAUCUUGCUGACUCGGGACGCCGAGUAUUUUGAAUAAGGUCUGGACUCUUUUUUUAGUGAUUUUAUGAACAUAUUUUUUGUAACAGAUGAAGUUUCUUUUACAUAUGUCUUGAUAUUUGAUUAAUGAAUAAAUGAAAUUUUAAGGAAUUUGGAGUGUGUCAGAAAGGUCAUAGACCUAUUAGUCAUUAUUUAUUAGAAGAGAAGGGUUUGUGUAUUUAUGUAAUUUAUGCAAGUCCCCAGGUCCAGGGACAGCCCCCCAUGGACCUGAUGGGAUACAGGUACAGUACAAAGAUUCAACCAAUCAUAAUACAAUAUAUCAUUCAAACUAGAACCUGCCCAGCUUGGAGAUAAUGAGGCCAACGGUUAUACAAUCUAAUUAUCUCCAAGUGCCCAAAAGACCAUGCUUUAUUGUGUCCUAGAAAACAGCAUAAAAAUACAUAACUUUAACAUUUCGGGGGGAAUAUAGUUCAUUCCACUAUUCAUUCGGCAGCUCAAAUCUGGGAGCAUCAAGUAUACGAAUUGCGCCCAGAUCCCAUGAACAGAACAGGAGGUCUCUGCCAUAGAAAGUCUUAUUCGGUACUUUGGUGGAGCACCCUUGAUGGCGGCCAUGUUUUCAUGGACAGCAGACCUCGACCUAAUAUUCAUGGAGCGGGGGUCAGCUACAGAGGUGCAUGAAUCCCUGCUCUCAGUCUGGUUGUCCUGGCUGGAAGGGGGUACUUAACCUGCGGUUAACCGCAAGAGUCGCAUUCUAAUUGAUGCCACACGCCAGAAUGCAGGUGGUCCUUGUUCGUGAGGCUUUCGGCAGUUUCCCUUCAGGGAAUUACAUACUGUAACAAAAAGCACUGUCUGACUGUAAAAGACCUAUGGAUUAUAAAGCCGUUCGGUAUUUUGUAAGCAUUCUCCAUGCGAAUGCUUACCUGCCUUUAACAUGCCACCCUGACUGUUAAUUAUGUCCAAUUUACCUCCCUGCUUGAUAGGCACUUUUAUUCGAAACAACCACACGAACGCUAUGGGAACUGUAAGCUCAGCCACCAUUUCGGGACUUCCACGUGUUCGCGGCCAUUUUAACUCCCCUCGCACUGCCAUUUCUACCCCACGUACCUCGGCCGCCCAUUACCUGGAGACCGAGAUGGGCCCAGAGGAAUGUCUGGGUAUCUUGUAUGAGGCGGACCCGAUACAAGCCGCAUCACCAGAUAAUCAGCAACAUCACCGACAAGAGGUGAGGGUGAACGGGCAGGUGGCGCAAGGAUUGAGAGACACUGGUGCAACCAUUACCUUAAUGCAGAGAUAUCUGGUAAAACCCGAACAUUUGUCCAACCGCACUGUGGCUGUACGAGUUGCCGGAGGAGCUGUUUUUCGUUUACCCACUGCUCUGGUACACCUGGAUUGGGGAGUCGGGUCUGGGAAGACAAUUUACCCACUGAAGUCGUAUUGGGCAAUGACAUUGGCCCUCUUGCAUCAGCCUAUCUACCUACAACUGCUGCCGCUUGCCCAGUGAACACACGUUCCCAGGCUUAUGCUACAGACGACCCUGCAACAGGACGGGAGACCCAGGUAAGCCAAGAACCGACACAUAGGCCAAACCCCAUAGAGAGACCCCUAGCUUGGGACACCCCCGAAGCAUUUGGGAGGGAGACACGGGCAGAUCCUACUCUCCAAAAAUACAGGGAACUUGCAGAUAGUGGGGGGGAUGAGAAGGGACGUUUUAUCUGUGAUAAUGACCGACUGUAUAGACUGACGGAAGGGAAAAAGAAGGGCGGCAUUCCAUCGCAGAAGCGCCAACUAGUGGUACCCAUGAAGUACUGGUUGGAACUUCUGCGAAUUGGACACGAUAUUCCCUUGGCAGGACAUUUAGGAGGUAACCGCACUACCUACAGGAUUACCCAGACCUUCUUUUGGCCGGGAAUCUCGAAGGAUGUGCGGCGAUACUGUAGUACAUGUGACGUAUGUCAACGAGUGGGGAAACGAGGGGACCACCCGAAAGCAAGACUGUUACCCAUGCCCGUAAUCGAGGAACCAUUUAGCAGGGUGGCAGUCGAUCUGGUGGGGCCCCUACCGAACCCCAGUCCCUCUGGUAAGAAAUAUAUUCUUACCGUAUUGGACUACGCUACCCGCUACCCGGAAGCCGUCGCUCUGACGAAUAUCCAGGCCGACACUGUUGCCAGUGCUUUGGUCGGGAUCUUCACCAGAGUGGGGUUUCCUCAAGAGAUCUUGUCUGAUCGAGGGACACAAUUUACCGCAGAUCUGACCCAACAGUUAUGGAAGGUCUGUGGUAUCAAGACCCUCUUCAGCUCACCGUACCACCCCCAGACUAACGGGCUCUGUGAACGCUUUAAUGGUACCCUGAAACAAUUACUGCGGACCUUUACAGCAGAAUACAGAGACUGGGAGCGAUUCUUGCCGCACCUCUUGUUUGCCUACCGAGAGGUGCCACAGGAAUCCACUGGGUUCUCUCCGUUCGAGCUGCUCUAUGGAAGACGAGUUUGAGGCUCAUCCGAGAGCACUGGGAAGGAGAGAUGGAACAUGAGGGUGUCCCUAUUGUGCCAUAUGUGCUGGAGAUGCGGGACCGCAUGGAGCAGUUAGAGACCAUCUCCAGGUGGCCCAGGGUCGACAGAAGAGGUGGUAUGAUAGGGGUGCCCGCCAGAGAACCUUCCAGGUGGGACAGAAAGUUCUAGUACUCAGACCAGUAAAAGGGAACAAGCUCCAGACCUCCUGGCAGGGCCCUUACAAGGUGGUAGCCCAAGUAUGUGAUACCACUUACGUAAUAGCCAGUAAUAAGGAUGACCGGAUUCGGAAAUCCUUCCACGUGAAUCUGCUAAAGGAAUAUCAGGAAAGGGCCGAGGAUAUUGCAGCCAUCUGCAGUCCGAGUGCAGAUGACUCAGACAGGCUACCUAUCCCCAACUUGUUAGCAGGUCCCGAACCAAAUAAUAUCCUCGGUACUAUCCAACUAGGGGAGCGUUUAAACCCGGCAGAAAAGGGACAGAUCAGACAGCUGUUGACCGAGAAGCGACUGACAUUUUCCCAAGAGCCGGGAUACACGACGUUAGCUACCCAUUAUGUAGAAACCCCAGGGCAGACUCCACUUAGACAGACCCCCUACAGGAUCCCGGAGGCAGUAAAAGAAGAGAUGAGGAAAGAGAUCCAAGAGAUGCUUAAGUUAGGAGUCAUAGAACCCUCAGACAGCCCGUGGGCCUCACCCGUAGUACUGGUACCCAAAAAGGAUGGGACUACCAGGUUCUGCGUCGACUAUAGAUGCCUUAAUGAUCGAACAGUGACCGAUGCGUAUCCCAUGCCCCGAGUACACGAGCUUUUAGAUCGCAUUGCUAGGGGGAGAUAUCUGACUACCAUUGAUCUGUGCAAAGGGUAUUGGCAGAUCCCCCUAGCCAAGGAGGCUGUCCCCAAGUCGGCCUUCGUCACCCCGUUUGGUUUGUACCAAUUCAAGGUCAUUGCAUUCGGGAUGAAGAACGCUCACGCUACCUUUCAACGCUUGGUGGGAAUAGGCAACUCCAUCACUACACAGCGAAAAGGACGUCCCCAACGGCUGGUACCCUCACCACACCAGGGUAGCCGUUACAGCUGGUAUAGCUGGAGAUAGUCAGAGCAGUUCACUUCCUCCCAGCUAUGGAGAGAGAGCGCUUCUCAGGAGAAAGACAAGGCAUAGGCACAGGCAGUAAGGGGGAGAGGAGCAAGACGAUAGCUGCACCAGACCCCAUACUCCCAUCAACCUUAGCCAGCAGCAGGACCCCAAUCAAGCCACCCUAAUAUUCGCCCAAGGUAUGUUAAUAGGAAGGUGGCUGCAAAUAUAAAACUUAUUAUGUAUGUUUGUGUAUCUGUGUGUUAGUGUGUGCAUGUCAGUCAAACACAAACAUUGCAUGCAAACACACCCCUGCAACCAAACAUUACAUGCAAACACACCCCUGCAAUCAAACAGAAACAUUGCAUGCAAACAUACCCCUGCAAUCAAACACAAACAUUACAUGCAAACAAACCCCUGCAAUCAAACACAAACAUUACAUGCAAACACACACCUGCAAUCAAACACAAACAUUACAUGCAAACAAACCCCUGCAAUCAAAACACAAACAUUACAUACAAAUAUACCCCAUGCAAUAAAAACACAAACAUUACAUGCAAACACACCCCUGCAAUCAAACACAAACAUUACAUGCAAACACACCCCUGCAAUCAAACACAAACAUUACAUGCAAACACACCCCCUGCAAUCAAACACAAACAUUACAUACAAACACACCCCUGCAAUCAAACACAAACAUUACAUGCAAGCACACCCCUGCAAUCAAACACAAACAUUACAUGCAAACACACCCCCUGCAUCAAACACAAACAUUACAUGCAAACAAACCCCUGCAAUCAAAACACAAAUAUUACAUACAAAUAUACCCCAUGCAAUAAAAACACAAACAUUACAUGCAAACACACCCCCUGCAAUCAAACACAAACAUUACAUACAAACACACCCCUGCAAUCAAACACAAACAUUGCAUGCAAACACACCCCUGCAAUCAAACACAAACAUUACAUACAAACACACCCCUGCAAUCAAACACAAACAUUACAUGCAAACACUCCCCUGCAAUCAAACACAAACAUUACAUGCAAACACACCCCUGCAAUCAAACACAAACAUUACAUACAAACACACCCCUGCAAUCAAACACAAACAUUACAUGCAAGCACACCCCUGCAAUCAAACACAAACAUUACAUGCAAACACACCCCUGCAUCAAACACAAACAUUACAUGCAAACAAACCCCUGCAAUCAAAACACAAAUAUUACAUACAAAUAUACCCCAUGCAAUAAAAACACAAACAUUACAUGCAAACACACCCCCUGCAAUCAAACACAAACAUUACAUGCAAACACACCCCUGCAUCAAACACAAACAUUACAUGCAAACAAACCCCUGCAAUCAAAACACAAAUAUUACAUACAAAUAUACCCCAUGCAAUAAAAACACAAACAUUACAUGCAAACACACCCCCUGCAAUCAAACACAAACAUUACAUACAAACACACCCCUGCAAUCAAACACAAACAUUACAUACAAACACACCCCUGCAAUAAAAACACAAACAUUACAUGCAAACACACCCCUGCAAUCAAACACAAACAUUACAUGCAAGCACACCCUUGCAAUCAAACACAAACAUUACAUGCAAACACACCCCUGCAAUCAAACACAAACAUUGCAUGCAAACACACCCUUGCAAUCAAACACAAACAUUACAUGCAAACAAACCCCUGCAAUCAAACACAAACAUUACAUGCAAUCACCCCCCUGCAAUCAAACACAAUCAUUACAUGCAAACACACCCCCUGCAAUCAAACACAAACAUUACAUGCAAACAAACCCCUGCAAUCAAACCAUACAUGCAAACACACCCCUACAAUCAAACACAAACAUUACAUACAAACACAAACACAAACAUUACAUACAAACAAACCUCUGCAAUCAAACACAAACAUUACAUGCAAACACAAACAUUACAUGCAAACACACCCCUGCAAUCAAACACAAACAUUACAUGCACGCAAUCAAACACAAACAUUACAUGCAAACAAACCCCUGCAAUCAAACCAUACAUGCAAACACACUCCUGCAAUCAAACACGAGCAUUACAUGCAAGCACACCCUUGCAAUCAAACACAAACAUUACAUACAAACACAACCCUGCAAUCAAACACACACAUUACAUGCAAACAAACCCCUGCAAUCAAACACAAACAUUACAUGCAAGCACACCCUGCAAUCAAACACAAACAUUACAUGCAAACACACCUCUGCAAUCAAACACCAACAUUACAUGCAAACACACCCCCUGCAAUCAAACACAAACAUUACAUGCAAACAAACCCCUGCAAUCAAACCAUACAUGCAAACACACCCUUGCAAUCAAACACAAACAUUACAUGCAAACACACCCCUUGCAAUCAAACACAAACAUUACAUGCAAACACACCCCUGUAAUCAAACACCAACAUUACAUGCAAACACACCCUGCAAUCAAACACAAACAUUACAUGCAAACACACCCCUUGCAAUCAAACACAAACAUUACAUGCAAACACACCCCCUGCAAUCAAACACAAACAUUACAUACAAACACACCCCUGCAAUCAAACACAAACAUUGCAUGCAAACACACCCCUGCAAUCAAACACAAACAUUACAUACAAACACACCCCUGCAAUCAAACACAAACAUUACAUGCAAACACUCCCCUGCAAUCAAACACAAACAUUACAUGCAAACACACCCCUGCAAUCAAACACAAACAUUACAUACAAACAAACCCCUGCAAUCAAACACAAACAUUACAUGCAAUCACCCCCCUGCAAUCAAACACAAACAUUACAUGCAAACAAACAAACUGUAGCGGAGGCAGAAUACUAAAAUCCACAAGUCUCCACUGGUGUUCUAUAAAGCAGGAAAGAAAACGUUGUUCAGCAGAUAUAUCCAAUUCCCCCAGUAACCGGUUUACACGCAGUUCUGGGAGUCAACUGAUUUUUAUUGAGUCAUAUCUGGCUUUUAUGCCCAGUCACCUACCUACACAGGGUUUACAAAAUAGGAAAACAAGGGUUUCAAUCCCAGAUUUCUCUAUGCCUGAGAGAUAAUUGCAUGAGAACAUUCAUUUGAUUUAAUUAUGUGUCAGGUACAGAAAAUCCCACAAUCUACUGUACCCCAAACGUGUCUCCACCGUCCACAGGAACCCCACAAAAAGUACAUUCCCAGAUAGCCCCGAUCGUAGGGUACAAAAUAUCCAAGAAUCACUCAAAUCAGUUUGGUGGAACGGAAAUGCCAUUGAGGUAAAGUUUUGACCAGCCAGACUCGAAGCGCUAGCCCUAAACAUUUCCAGGGAAAUAGGUGUCCUUGCCAGUCUCCGUUCGUGGGGUACCAAUCUGAACACCAUACACGGGAAUCUCUUAUUUUGAGGAUACAAAUGCUCCCCCUCUUCGGUAGUUUAUAUUUACCAAACGCUGUUUGCAUAGAUGGUUGGGAACAGGCAGUGGUAGAAGGUUACCGGUGUUCGCGCGAGUCCCUAGCCGAAAAGAGUUCCAGGCACUCGACGACCAAGUACCACUGUCCUCGUUUGGGAGACAAGAUGGCUGUCAUUCUCUCUAUGCCACGUGUUCGGUUAUAUGAAAUGGUGGCCACCCAGGGGAAGCACUCAUUGAUUAUUUGUUUCUCUUGCUUUUCCCACCUAUAUUGUUGGUGUCAACGUUUUAAUGGGGUACAGGGGUGGUCCUCGUCUCCCAAAUGGCAAAGGGGAUAAACACCCAAAUUAACAUGGGAAAGCAUCCGAAAUGGGGUUCACAAUCCAAGAUGUAAGAAAUAGGUGUGUAGUGCACAGUCCUGGGCUACCAUUGUCAAGUUGCCUCCAGCUCACAAUUACAAAUAACCAAUUACUGCACAUCCAGACUCUUACCAGCAUAACCACAUUUUACUCUUGUAACAAAAUCCCUCAUUUUCAUAUACCCCAGCCCCAGUCAUUGCCUUUUCCCGGUAUUUGCGUAGGGAGGGAUCCUCUGGAGUCUGUGGGUUAUUCUCAGUCAGGGGUUGUCUUACCUGGGCCUCCCGGGCUGGUGAGCUGGUCCUUUCGUUCUUCGCUAGUGCACUGGUUGUCACAGGAUGAGCAGCUGCAGUAGAGGUGAGUACGUAAGCUGAUGUGAGAGGGCCCAAGUCAUUGCCCAGAAGGACUUCCGCUGGUAAACCAUCCAUUAUCCCGACUUUCACCGUACCGGAUCCGGCUCCCCUGUCUAAGUGGACGCGGGCAGUAGGCAAACGAAAUACGGAUCCACCAGCCACUUGAACAGCCACGGUUUGGCUGGUAUACUUAUGAGCGCGAACCAAGUGUUUCUGUACCAGCUUGAUAGUGGCCCCAGUGGCCCGUAACCCUUGGGCGAUCUGUCCAUCGACCUUGACCUCCUGUCGAUGCUGCUGUCUGUUAUCCUCAGAGACGGUAUAGAUAGGGUUGACCUCAUGCAGUACCCCCAUAUAUUCCUCGGGGUGAGUCUCGGUGUCUACGCAGUGGGCGGCCGGGGUACAGGAGGUUACAGGAGCUGGCACCGGAGGGGAGUUGUUCCAGGAAGAUCUGGGUUGACUUAUUUUGCCAUUAGGUGUCCUGUAUUGUGCCACUGGUAACACUUCACCCUCGAAUUCUCUGACCCAUGUCUGGGGGGACCAGUUUAACGAAUGGGGCCGGAUGAAACAAGGGCCCUGAACUCUGGUCGGGGAGAGGGCCUGUGUACAAGGGGGGCCCGAGGUUCCACUCGGGGUUGAGGUCGCGACGAUGCAGGGUCUAGGUGUCGGCAAUCCGCAUAUUCAUCAGCCAGGUGGGCCGCUUCCAUGAGGGUAUGGGGGUGUCGAUCUCGUACCCAGUGGUCCACAUCCUGCGGCACGUUGUCGAAGAAAUGCUCCAGGAGAAACAGCUGCAGCACCUCCUCUGCAGAUACCGCUUGGCAACCCUUAAUCCAGUGGGCAGCAGUGUGGUGUAGCCUGUGUGUCCAUUCCAUGUGGGUAUCACAUCCUCGCUUCUUAGUUGCUCGGAAUUUUCGCCGGUAUGCCUAAGGGGUUAUGGCAUACCACUUGAGUAAAGUGUCCUUGAUGAGUGAAUAUUGGGUUACCUCGUCCGCUGGGAUAGACCGAAAGGCUUCUAAGGCUUUCCCGGAUAACUUGCCAUCUAGUAUGGUGACCCAUUCCUCUGUAGGCACCUGGUGAAGGGCACACUGCCUUUCAAAGUCUGCCAAAUAGCCAUCGAUCUCCCCAUUCCACUUCCAGGAACGCUCUAAAUGCUUCAAAGGGUACUUUUCGCUUUUCUGGGAGGGCAGGAGCAGGUGCGACUGCUGGUGGCUCUGCAAGACAUGGAGCGGUCACCAUACUCAGCUCGUAUUCCCUCCUCUGCUGGACUUCUGCCUUUACUUCUGCAAAGGUCCGCUCCAUGGUGGAGUUACGAUCCAGUCGCUGUAGCUCCACAAUCAAUUCCUCCACAGCUUUCUAGUAGGUCCUUGAGAGUUGUCCUUUUUAGUUGCUCAUAUCGGUUUUCCAUUCGAUCUGCACAUCUCCUGGGAUAAAAGGACAAUCCCACCACUGCCACUAAAUGUGAUGGUUACCCCUAUGGAGUAGGGUAUCUACCGUCUGGGCGUCCUCCUUCCCAGUACUGGAGACCAUGGCAGAGCUCCAACUCAAGGUCCUGUAGAGUGGGUAGAGCGGGGCUCCCUCCUCCAAGAGGGUAUAGCUGGGACUCUUCUUCCAGAAGGUGUAGCAGGGUAGCUGGAGAGAGCUCUUUCUAAGAGCUAGUAGUGAUAUAGCUGGCAAGCAGGCUUCUCCAUAAGCCAGAGGAACACGGCAGUUUGGCACAUGGAAAGCCAGAGUCAAAAUGGCAGUUUGUCACACCGAUUUUAAAAAUAACAGAUUCUUUCCGAGCAGAGUUAAAGGGCCAGACAUAGUUUUUAACAUCCAAGAUGCAGAAAUUGAGUUUUUAACAGGGGCCAUAGUCCCAGGGUAACCAGAGUCUAGGAGCGGGUUCUUGGUUGGAAUAUAAUGCUAGUACCGUGAUACACACCAUAACCACUGCGAGAAAAAUCACCAUAACUACUACAAGCAAUGAGGGAUUUUGUUACAUGGCUCCCUCUUUGUGGGACACUCUGGCAGACCCGGCUUGACCCCUUUAUGGGGGCAACUGGAGGCUGUCCAGAUGCUGUUAUUCGAGGAUGAGGUCAGUCUGCCGAGACAAUCCAUCCGCGUUGCCGUUCUGCUUGCCGGGCCGGUACCGGAUGGUAAAGUUGUAGGGGUGGAGUGCCAGACUCCAUCUCAGUAGCCGGCCAUUGUCCCCAGCAAUGCGGUUUAACCACACCAGAGGAUUAUGUCUGUAACCAAGGUAAACUCCAAUGUCCAUACAACUAUGGGGAUAACUUUUUCAAGGCCCACACCAGGGCUAAGCACUCCUUCUCUACUGCCGUGUAGCUGACCUCUCUGGGAAGAAGUUUUCUACUGAUGUAGGCGACAGGGUGCUCUCCUCCAUCCUCUCCCACCUGGCUUAAAACUGCCACCAGUCCGAACAUUGAAGCAUCUGUGUGAACAAUAAACCGUUUGUUAGGGACUGGGGCAGCCAGAACAGGAGCAUGAAUCAAUGCAGUCUUAAGGGCUUGGAACACAGCUUCACAGUUGGGAGACCACAGGACCUGUCGGGGUAAGUUUUUCUUGGUCAGGUCAGUCAGGGGUUGUGCAAUAGUACUGUAACAUAGAAUGUGACGGCGGAUAAGAACCAUUCGGCCCACCUAGUCUGCCCAAUUUUCUAAAUACCUUAUCUUUUAGUUAGGAUAGCCUUAUGCCUAUCCCACGCAUGCUUAAACUUCUUUACUGUGUUAACCUCUACCACUUCAGCUGGAAGGCUAUUCCAUGCAUCCACUACCUUCUCAGUAAAGUAAUACUUCUUGAUAUUAUUUUUAAACCUUUGACCCUCUAAUGUAAGACUAUGUCCUCUUGUUGUGGUAGUUUUUCUUCUUUUAAAUAUGGUAUCCUCCUUUACUGUGUUGAUUCCCUUUAUGUAUUUAAAUGUUUCUAUCAUAUCCCCCAUGUCUCGUCUUUCCUCCAAACUAUACAUGUUAAGAUCAUUUAACCUUUCCUGGCAAGUUUUAUCCCACAAUCCAUGAACCAGUUUAGUAGCCCUUCUCUGAACUCUCUCUAAGGUAUCAAUAUCCUUCUGAUGAUACGGUCUCCAGUACUGCGUACAAUACUCCAAGUGAGGUCUCACCAGUGUUCUGUACAAUGGCAUGAGCACUUCCCUCUUUCUACUGCUAAUACCUCUCCCUAUACAACCAAGCAUUCUGCUAGCAUUUCCUGCUGCUCUUACAUUACAUUACAUUACAUUGUCUGCCUACCUUUAAGUCAUCAGAAAUAAUCACACUUAAAGCCCUUUCCUUAAUUGUUGAGGUUAGGACUCUAUCAAAUAUUCUGUACUCUGCCCUUGGGUUUUUACGUCCAAAUGCAUUAUCUUGCACUUAUCCACAUUAAAUGUCAGUUGCCACAACUCUGACCAUUUUUCUAGUUUACCUAAAUCAUUUGCUAUUUGGCUUAUCCCUCCUGGAACAUCAACCCUGUUACAUAUCUUAGUAUCAUCAGCAAAAAGACAUACCUUACCAUCAAGACCUUGUGCAAUAUCACAAAUAAAAAUAUUAAAGAGAAUGGGUCCAAGUACAGUUCCCUGAGGUACCCCACUGGCGACAAGCCCAAGCUUUGAAUAUACUCCAUUGACUACAACCCUCUGUUGCCUGUCACUCAGCCACUGCCUUACCCAUUCAACAACAUUGGAAUCCAAAUUUAAAGAUUGCAAUUUAUUGAUAAGCCUUCUAUGUGCAACAGAGUCAAAAGCCUUACUGAAAUCUAGGUAAGCAAUGUCUACUGCACCACCCUGAUCUAUAAUUUUAGUUACCCAAUCAAAAAAAUCAAUAAGAUUAGUUUGGCAUGAUCUCCCUGAAGUAAACCCAUGUUGUCUCUGAUCUUGAAAUCCAUGUGUUUUUAGAUGUUCAACAAUCCAAUCAUUUAAAGAUUAGGUGUACACUCAGUAUUGGAAAUUAAUGAUAAAAACCACCACUGGUGUGCAUAUAGAGCGCUUACAAAUUUGUUGACUCACCCAUAUGGGUUAACAUACAUAUGUAUGGAAAACGUGACUCAUAGCGAUAUAUCUGAAACAAAUGUAAAUGCAAGAAAUAGUGCAGAUAACGUUUUCAAUAAGUGCAGUGAGGGAAUAUUCUAUAUGGUGUCACUCACAUGUAGCAGAGCCCUAUAGGAUAGGCUCAGAUCUCAAUGGCCUGCGUGUGCUUAUGGUGACACAGUACCCAAUCGGUCCUCUAGGCGUCUGGAGAUCCUUAUGCAUACAUGAGAGAGAGAGAGAGAGAGAAAACAAGGGGAAGAGGAGAACCCCUAGUGCGGUCAAUCCCAAUGUACAGUGUCAAAUAAUGCAGAAAAAAUGGCUUCUCACCUGAUGUGGAGCCCUAUACCUGGCUCCUGGUGUGUAGGUGUCUGUGCCUUUAAGGGGGCAACUACCCUUCUUUAAGCAGCAACAAUGGAGGGUGGGUUACAAAUAUAAAACUAAAUUUAUUAAAUAAAGUAGUAAAAACUUACAAAUAAAAUAUGAACAAAAUUGUGAGAAAUUAUAAAAUGUGGAAUCUUCAAUCCUCCAGCCGAAACAUGUUUCACUGUACCCAGCCAGCUUUUUCAAUCGGUGACCAUACAGUGAAACAUGAUUUCUUCUCAUUUAUGUAUCUAAAAAAAGUUUUGUCCCCCUUUUUUACUGACUGUGCUAUUUUCUCUUCUGUGUGUGAUUUGGAAGUUCUUAUAACUUGCUUAGCCUCUUUCUGCCUAAUCUUAUAGAUCAUUUUGUCUUCCUCACUCUGGUUUCUUUUUAUAAUUACUAAAUGCUAACUUUUUGUUUUUUACUAUUUUGGCCACAUCUGCGGAGUACCACAGUGGUUUCUUUAAUUUUUUUGCUUUUACUUACAAGCCUAAUGCAAUUUUUUGUUGCCUUCAGCAGUGCAACUUUUAAAUUAUCCCAUUUCUCUUGGACUCCAUUUAAAUUGCUCCUGUCUGAUAAUGACUCCUUUACACGUAUUCUAAUUUUAGAAAAGUCUGUUUUUCUAAAGUCUAAAACUUUUGUUUUUGUGUGUUGUGACUCAGUCACUGUUCUUAUAUUAAACCACACUGACUGAUGAUCAAUGGAUCCUAAACUUUCACCUACAGUAAUAUCUGAUACCAAAUCUCCAUUUGUUAACACUAAAUCUAGUAUGGCCUCUUUACGAGUCGGCUCCUCAAUGACUUGUUUUAGAGACAUUCCCAGUAGGGAGUUUAGAAUAUGUGUGUGUUAACACUCUCAGCUUAAAUAGAUGAAACCGCCGUUUAGCCGAUGUUCCCCCUUUCCAGAAACACAGACUCUAUACAGUAGACAGCCAAACUCCCAAACGGAGUUCAAGGGAACGCGGUAAAUCCUCGAACACACAAAUCAGCCGAAUCCCUUCUUCGGCUAAAACAGGCGAAAGAAAUCCUUCCAAGUAGCAAUUUCCCCCAAAUACGAGACCAAGCUCCAUCUUGUGGGUAAAACAGGAAUCUGUUUAAUGAAGGCUACCUGCCCAGUGUAACGGACCGUUUUGCACACAAGGGGUAAAAACCGUUUAGGCGAUCGGCCCCCUUUCCAGAGAUCCAGGCACAGCUACUGCAGAACACCAAAACUCACGAACUGGAUACAAAAUAGCACUCCAACUCCCGAAAUGGAACCUCCCAAAUAGCUGCUAGCAGACGAACAGGAAAAGCAGACGAACAGCUUACACUCCUGGCAAUCAGUCUCUAACAGCAUACAGUGAAUCCCCCCAAGAACGAGACAAGGCUCUGUGUUGAGGAUCAAGCAGUGGUCUGAGGUGCUGGCACACCCAGCCUGGUUUUUAUUACAGUGUUUCAAAUACAGGACCACCCACAGGGAGGGAUAAAACAACCAAUCAUAUCACAGUUACAUCCCACAUAUUCCCUCCCCUUAUCCUGAGAGGAAACUCAAUUAUACAAACAGUUAAAACAUACUUUCUACCCAACUUUCAUAACUCCAAAACCAUACAUCACAUUCACAUAAAAUUACAUAUUCUCAAUCAAUCCAUUCAGGGGAACAACAUAUUCAAAAAUGGCACAAAUCAGACAAGGGGUUCAAAAGUUAGUAAAAAGUCCUUUGUGACUAAAUGAAGCAUGGCUUUCUGGCCCAAACCAGUUUCAGAGUCUUCUAUCCUGGAGAUAAGUAAUUCAAUUAUCUCCCAGGACAGACACAAGACUCCAUUAAGCACAUGGUUGCAAAAGACACAAAACACUUUAAAAUACAUAAAGUCACAUUUAUUACAUAAAACACAGACAUGUAACAUAUCCCCAGAUAGCUCAGGUCUGAGCGCACAUUAUUAAGUGAAUGGCGCUCAGACCACACGAAUACAGUUUAAUCGCCAUGGAGCUAAAGUCUUUACAGUCAGUUUCAUACGAAUGGGCUCCAUGGGAUUCCUAUCUGGGGUAUAAGACAUUCACACAAAAAUACCGAACACCGGGUCAUUCGUGUGCUUUCACCGAACAAGAAGGGAGGUCGGCGGCUUCAGCGGUGUUCGCGCAAAACUGUGUCCGAUUUUAGUUCCAUGAAAAUAGAGGCGAACACCGCUGUUCAUUCGUAUGGUUUAAAAUGGCCGCGACCUCGUGUUCGGGAUACGAACGGCGGCCACCCAGCGUUCAUCAAUUAAGCUGCGGUUAACCGCAGCUUCAGGGAGGUUAAUUGCUGGCACACUCCAGCUCCCAGGUGGUCCAGUCAUUCGUACGGUUGUUCGGUAGUUUGAAACUACCGAACAACCGGCAGAAAAGCAUGAAUAUGGCUUUUCUGCAUGGAAAAAUAAAGUCUUUCAAAAGGGGGCCAUAGUCCAAAGGCAGCAGGCGAGCAACCAGGCUUCUCCAAUGCAAUGUGGCGAGAUUGGUCUCGUCACACCCAGUAUUUAUGCAGGUCUCACAACUGGUGGACACUCCACUAGGGGACCAGGUGGAAGACUGGGACAAGUAGGAUAUAUUAGCCAAUCACAGUGGCUCAGGUUUACAUACUCCCCUUUAUACAGUAAAUCCCUCCUCUCUAUCCUGGAGAUAAUUGGGAAGAAAUCCAAUUAUCUCAAAGGAUAGAGGCAAAUCGCCAUUUUAAACAAAACAUUAAAAUUGCAUAAAAAUAGGUAACUGUACAAAUACCGAACAUAUUAUAUUCGUACAACGUAUCCCCAGAUAGCCUGGAUUUGAGUGCAUAUUCCUACUGAAUAGCGCUCAGAUCCCAUACACACAGUUCAAUCGCCAUGGAGUCAAAGUCUUUUACAGGUCUUUCGGUAUGCGAUUGACUCCAUGGGAUGGCUAUCUGUGUUAAGUCCAUUCGUAUCAUCCAAACUCCCGAACGGACGGUGUUCGCAUGCCUCGACGAAUGAGAAGGGCGGUCGGUAGUUUCAGCGGUGUUCGGUAGAAAAAGUGUCCGUUUAUAGUUCCAUAAAAUCUGCGCCGAACACCGCUGGUCUUUCGCGUGUUUUAAAAUGGCCGCCGCCUCGUGGUCGGCAUACGAACGACGACCACCCUGCAUUCGGAUAUUAUGAAGAGGUGUCUGUGGUUAACCACAAUGUUCUAAUUGGGGCCAAGAGGUUAACCAGCAGCACACUUCUCUUCUGGGUGGCCGUCCGUUCGGUAGUUUUAUUCGGUAUAAGUCCAAAAUAACGAAUAGGGACAAAUUAGACGAACCAGCAACACCAAUCAUACAAGUACAAGUAGCUAUUUUUGUUUUCCAAUUCACAUCAGGAAGAUUAAAGUCACCCAUGAUGAUGAUUUCCCCUUCAUUGUCAUUUUAGCUAUUUCCUCAACUAGUAGAUUAUCUAACUCUUCUAUUUGUCCUGGGGGCCUAUAAAUCACACCUACACGAGUUACUGUGUGAUUACCAAAUUCUAACGUAGCCCAAACAGACUCUAUGUUUGCAUCACUAACUUUUAUUAGGCUAGAAUUUAUGCUAUCCUUCACAUACAGGGCCACCCCUUCCCUGUCUUUUCUAUAUAAAGAGUACCCUGGUAUUGCUAUGUCCCAGUCAUUUUUUUCAUUAUACCAUGUCUCAGGAACAGCGACUAAAUCUACAUUAUCAAUUGCCAUUAUUGCCACAAGUUCAUGGAUCUUAUUCCCUAAACUGCAAGCAUUUGUAGAUAUGACUCUAAGCUUUUUAACACACUUGCUACAGGGACAUUCUGUCCUUGUUUUGGGGGACAAUCGGAUUGAUGUUUUAUCACCCUUUUGCCUCCCUCUCCUAGUUUAAAUACAUCCUAGCAAAACCUCUGAACUGCUCACUGAGAACAUUUGUUCCCUUUUGUACAGUUUAUUUCCAUUCCAAACAGAGCUACCAUGAGAAAUAAAGCCAAAUCCUUGCUCCCGACACUAUUCACAAGUUUAAGUCCCUAAUACGCAUCCGCCUGUCAUUCUGAGUGUUAUGCACAGGCAGAAUUUCAGAGAAUGACAGUGUGGAGGCAACCUGCCGUAUAUCAUUGGCAAAAACACUAAAAACUUCCUUAACCUCUGAAACCUCAUUGCAAGCCAAGUUAUUUGUCCCUAGAUGGACAAGUACAUCCAAUUCCCCUUCCUGCUUUGCUCGCUUAACAAUAUUACAAAUACGUCUCCUGUCUCUUUGAGCAGUAGGUCCGGGAAGACAUCUCACAAGACCACCAUUGUCCAUCUCCACACCUCUUAUGAUGGAAUCUCCCAACAACAACUGCUUUCUAUUAGGCCUCACCAUAGUUUCCAAGCCUGUCUCCACAACACCACUACCUUCAUUGCCUGAGCCUGUCUUCACAACACCACUACCCUCAGUGACUGUCUCCAUAACACCACUACACCUGGUGCCUGAGCCUGUCUCCACAACACCAUUACACUCUGAAAGUACAGAAAAUUAAUUAUGUAGAGCAACAGACUGUGCAAUAUACCUUUUAUCCACAACUCUAAGUCUACCAGAUCCUACAGUCUGCCAUUCCUAGUAUGUCUCUGCGGCAGUGGCUUUGCAGCAGUUCCAGCCUGAGUUUGUUUACCAGAUAAUUUACAAAUCUCAGAUUUCAAAAAUAUGAUCUCCUUCCGCAAUAUAGAGAACUGUCUACAGAUUAGACAGCAUCCAAAUCUCCAAAAAGUGGAACGUGAAACAAAUGCAUAACAACUAUUACACUGAACUAAGUCUGCCAUUUCAAUGAGGUUUAUAAUUUAAAUCAAACAAAUCUUAAAUAUUUUGUCCUCCUGAAUACCUCAGAUUACCUCCAGUUUAUCUCCAGAAUAUCUCCAACUACACACUUAGAAACAGCACUCUCCAGAAUAUCUCCAACCACACAAUUAGAAGCAGCACUCUCCAGAAUAUCUCCAACCACACACUUAGAAGCAGCACUCUCCAGAAUAUCUCCAACUACACACUUAGAAGCAGCACUCUCCAGAAUAUCUCCAACCACACACUUAGAAGCAACACUUAGAUGAAGCAACCAAGCUAUAUUAGCCAAGCUAAUGACAACAACCCUUAUAUAACUCCUAAAAUCACCACCCAAUAGGAAUGUUUAACACCUGGGUAGGCCUCUGCUUAUUUGCAAACAAAAGGCUAAUUUAAACAGCAAUCAAUAGCAAGUAACUAGCUUUAAGGACUACUCUAGGCACCCAGACCACUUCAGCUUAAUGAAGUGGUCUGGGUGCCAGGUCCUUCUAGGGUUAACCCAUUUUUUCAUAAUUAUAGCAGUUUCAGAGAAACUGCUAUAAUUAUGAAUGGGUUAAGCCUUCCCCCUAAUCCUCUAGUGGCUGUCUCAUUGACAGCCACUAGAGGCGCUUGCGUGCUUCUCACUGUGAUUUUCACAGUGAGAGCACGCAAGCGUCCAUAGGAAAGCAUUGUAAAUGCUUUCCUAUGCGACGGGCUGAAUGCGCGCGCAGCUCUUGCCGCGCGUGCGCAUUCAGCCCGGAGGAGGCGGAGGAGGAGGAGGAGGAGAGCUCUCCGCCCAGCGCUGGAAAAAGGUAAGUUUUUAACCCUUUCCUCCUUCCAGAGCCGGGCGGGAGGGGGUCCCUGAGGGUGGGGGCACCCUCAGGGCACUAUAGUGCCAGGAAAACGAGUAUGUUUUCCUGGCACUAUAGUGGUCCUUUAAUCUAAUCAAAUGCCUUAUAAUUACCAACAGGAAUUCAAACCUUGUGCAAUCAGUAAUCUUUUCCUACAGAUGAAUCUUACCUGUAACAGUAGAAAAGAAAGCUCUUAGCACAAUUCUUAGACAGUUGAAGCUUCUGUAAAACUCUCCAGAAUAUCUCCAACCACACACUUAGAAGCAACACUUAGAUGAAGCAACUAAGCUAUAUUAGCCAAGCAAAGGUAUGUUGAGUGCCAUGCAUGGCACACGUGCCAUAGGUUUCUGACCCUUGUCCUGGAAUCCUAAAAUCUUACCUUUCUUUGGCUAAUGAGGACCCGCCCUCUUUUUGCCCAUUACUUACUUCCUUUCUAGGGCUGCAUAGACAGAAACAAGUGUCAUUUAACUCCUAAAUGGAAGUGAGAUGGGCAGUGAGACUUCAAAAGCAUGAUCUAUACACAAUAACUGCGUCAAUGAGCUAAAGUUGUUUUGGUGACUGGUGACUAUAGUGUCUAUUUAGGAAAGACAUUAUUUAAUACAUUGAUAAAUUGCAAUAAAGUCACAUAUCAUUUGAGAAGCUUUGGACUGUGGAUUUAUCCUCAUUGCUUUAUUUUGACAAUAUCCAGCACUAGCAAGGAAGUAAAAACACCAGGACUGCCAGGAUUUUGGAAAUAGAUUUGAUGGGAUGGUUUCAACGUGAGGAUGAAUUUUCUGUGCUUUGCUGAGGAAGGGGAAAAUAUAGACUUUAUAGUAAAAUCAAUUAGUUUCAGCAUUUUACUGGUCAUUCGCCUGUUGACCAGGAAGUUAUCUGACUUCAUGAACUAGCCAGAGUGUAGGCUUAUUAUCAUUGCUGCAACCACCAAGAUUGAGUAUAAAAUGUUUGCAUUUAAAUGUGUGCAUAGUUCCAAGGCUACUAAUGAAUUCUUAUCAUCAUUCUGAAUUUUGCUUUAGGACCUCCAGGACUUCCAGGUCCACCUGGUCCAAUGGGGAAACAAGGAGCAACAGGACCACAAGGGCCAAUGGGACCCCAAGGGAAGGGUGGAGCUAAAGGAGAGCAAGGACCUGCUGGACCUCCAGGUGAUAUAUCAAAUUUAAUGUCAAUAUUAUACCUGCUAAUGAUACAUUGAAUGACAGUCAGUAUUAUACCGGCUAAUGAUACAUUGAAUGACGGUCAGUAUUACAUAGGCUAAUGAUACAUUGAAUGAGUCAGUAUUAUACCGGCUAAUGAUACAUUGAAUGACAGUCAGUAUUAUACCGGCUAAUGAUACAUUGAAUGACAGUCAGUAUUAUACCGGCUAAUGAUACAUUGAAUGACAAUCAGUAUUAUACCAGAUAAUGAUACAUUGAAUGAGAGUCAGUAUUAUACCGGCUAACGUUACAUUGAAUGAGUCAGUAUUAUACCGGCUAAUCACACUGUAACGGCACCCUCAGCAUAAAAGGGUUAAACCACCGUUUAGGAGAUCUUCCCCUUCCAGAGAUACAGGCACAGCUACUGCAGAACACCAAUCCACCGAACAGGAAACCAUAUGAAUGCCAUAUGAAUGCCGUAAGCAGCCGAAUAGGAAAAACCAUAGGUUUACACUCCUAGCAGUCAAACUGGAACAGCAAACAAUAAUUCCCCCCAAGAACGAGACAAAGCUCCGUGUUGAGGGUCAAGCAGUGAACAGUCAGAGCUGUGGGUUUAUUGUUCUUAUGAACACAUUCUUACACAUUAGUACCACCCACUGGGUUUUGGAACACAACCAAUAAACACAUACAAUACACUCAGACACUCCCACACAAAAUCCUCCCCUCUGCCUGUGAUUCAAUUACCUUACACAAUGGGUAAUGUAAUUUAGCACAAGCAGAGAAAUACAAUUUUUCCACAUUAUUCAUAACUUGAAAAGUAUGCAUCACAUUUUCAGAAUCAGCAUAUUCCAUAUACAAACAUACGUCAAAAUCAUACAAAUUGGUCCAAUGGUUCAAAAGAUAGAUCGUAGUCCUUUGUGACCACAGGAAGCAUGGCUUUUCUGCCCAAAACCAGUUCCACAGAGUCUUCUAUCCUGGAGAUAAUUAGAAGUAAUCCAAUUAUCUCUAAAGACAGAGGCAAAACUCCAUUGAACACAUGGCAGCAAAAAGACAGUAAAAUACAAUAAAAUACACAAGGUUACAUUUAUGACAUAAAAUACAGACAUGCAACAUAUGCCCAGAUAGCUUAGGUCUGAGCGCACAUUAUGACUGAAUGGCGCUCAGAGCACACACAUACAGUUCAAUUGUCCUGGAGCCAAAGUCUUUCCCAUAGUCUUUCAUUAUACGAAUGGGCUCCAUGGUAUAGCUAUCUGGGGUAUCACUGCUCAAACAGGGCAAGCACCAAAUGACCCGGCUUUCUUGUAUUUGCAGGGGAAAAUCAAGCCUUUUAACAUGGGGUCAUAAUCCAAAGGCAACAGGCGAGCAACCAGGCUUCUCCAAUGCAUUGUGGCGAGAUUGCUCUCGUCACAUCUCUCCCCUUUUCCAAACAGACUAACAGGGUAUCUGACCUCCUGCCGGUCAGUGCCCUUGUUAGUCCAGCAGCCCACCCACAAAACACAAUCAACAGCACAGCCCACCCACAAUAAAUGGUUACUACACCUGGGUAGAGGAGAAGCUUGUCCAUGUCCAGGUGUCUCACCACGGCUGUGCUGGGUACGGGUAUGCUGACUUGGUGGGUUGCUGCGUGGGCAGAGACCAGCGGUACUCUGCCCUGUUGCCAGCGCUACUGGGAGGGUAGCCUGGUUGAAGCCUGGUUGUUGGAGGGGGAGACCGACUGUCUCCCCUUUAGACACACAGCUCUGCUGCUGGAGACCUACUGUCUCCCCUUUGGCUAAACAGCCCUAUUGCUGGGGGGCAGAACCGACCGCCCCUACCCCCUGUGCUGGACGUGCAGAGACCACGGUCCCAUCUGCACAGUUGUGGGGCUUACUGUCUCCCCCUGGUACAUUAAGCUGCCGCUGGGGAGAGGGGGUAACAAGCUCCUCUCCCAUACAUACUUCCAGCCGCGGGGGAGGGAGACCGACUGUCUCUGCUCCCAAUACAGAGUCCUGCUGCUGGGGAAAGGAGACUGGGCUCUCAUUUCCCGGUAGGACACUCUGCCGCUGGGGAAUGGAGACUGGGCUCCCAAUUCCCAAUAAAUCAUUCUGCCGCUGGGGAAUGGAGACUGGGCUCCCAAUUCCCUGCAAUUUAUUCUGCUGCUGGGGGACAGGAGCAACUAUCUCUGUCCCCUGUAACUCAGCCUACCGCUCGGGAAUGGAGACUGGGCUCCCAAUUCCCUGCAAUUCACACUGCCGCUGGGGAUCUGAGCUGACUGCCCAGCAUCCCUGUAGCUCACCCUGCCGCUGGGGAGGGAGGACGCUGCUCUUCUCUCCCUGCAAGGAACACUGCCGCUGGGGGACAGAAUCACCUGCAGCUGGGGAAUUCCCCUGCUGCUGGGGAAUGGAGCUUAGGCUCCUAAUUCCCUGCAAUAUCUCCCGCUGGGGAAUGGAGCUUGGGCACCCAAUUCCCUGCAAUAUCUCCCGCUGGGGAAUGGAGCUCGGGCUCCCAAUUCCCUGCAAUAUCGGUGGAGAGACCUCGGUCACAUCUCCACCUGCCACCUGGGGUUCUUCCCAGUAAAUCUCAACAAUGUCUUCCCAGCUGAAUGGGUCUGGAACUGGAUCUGUCACCUUGCUGUCCUGCUGAGCCUUCCCAAUGGAGUGGAAGAGAUCUCGGUAGUCCUGCUCCAGUUCCCACUCCAGGGUUGCUAGGUGAGCCAGGUCUUGCUCAAUGUCGUGAGUGUCGUCCCAGUCAUACCUGCUCUCCCUCCACUCCAAGAGAUCACUGAACCGGGCUUGUGUAGGGCUCCCAAAUUCAGGCUCUGAAAAAGCCUCCCAUAACAAGCCAGGACCAUCAAACUCCUCUCCCUCUGGCUUGUCAUGCUCGGCUGUCCAGGGCAGGUACUGUGCCCCAUACCACCAGAGCGCCUGGUAGGCAUCUUCCAGCCAAAUCUCCUGCCAUACCCGGUGCUCCAAUUCCUUCACCCAUUCAUCCAGGGGCUGCUGUCCCAAAAAGGGCAUCCGCAGGGCCACUUGCUUCUGCAACCGCUGCUCUUCACUGGGGAGACUCUCGCCCCGGUGGUAUUGUACAUUAUGCAGGGCCUGCUACCAGAUGCCUUUCCUUAAUGCAUCCCGGCCAUCCAGGUCCUCUUCCUCGUAUAACACUGCUGGUUCCAUUCUGUUGCUGUCAGGGUCGCUGUACUCAGACAUGCGUUGCCCUCAAAUUGUAAAUCCACGGUAUGGUGUCACCUGUAGCUGUCCUGUAGUCUGUGGGAACGAUCCCGCCGCUUGCCACCAAUUGUAACGGCACCCUCAGCAUAAAAGGGUUAAACCGCCGUUUAGGAGAUCUUCCCCUUCCAGAGAUAUAGGCACAGCUACUGCAGAACACCAAUCCGCCGAACAGGAAACCAUAUGAAUGCCGUAAGCAGCCGAAUAGGAAAAACCAUCCGAAUAGGUUUACACUCCUAGCAGUCAAACUGGAACAGAAUACAAUAAAUCCCCCCAAGAACGAGACAAAGCUCCGUGUUGGGGGUCAAGCAGUGAACAGUCAGAGCUGUGGGUUUAUUGUUCUUAUGAACACAUUCUUACACAUUAGUACCACCCACAGGGUUUUGGAACACAACCAAUAAACACAUACAAUACACUCAGACACUCCCACACAAAUUCCUCCCCUCUGCAUGUGAUUCAAUUACCUUACACAAUGGGUAAUGUAAUUUAGCACAAGCAGAGAAAUACAAUUUUUCCACAUUAUUCAUAACUUGAAAAGUAUGCAUCACAUUCACAUAAAACUUACAUUUUCAGAAUCAGCAUAUUCCAUAUACAAACAUACGUCAAAAUCAUACAAAUUGGUCCAGUGGUUCAAAAGAUAGAUCGUAGUCCUUUGUGACCACAGGAAGCAUGGCUUUUCUGCCCAAAACCAGUUCCACAGAGUCUUCUAUCCUGGAGAUAAUGGUUUCUCGUCUUUGCAGGGGAAAAUCAAGCCUUUUAACAUGGGGUCAUAAUCCAAAGGCAACAGGCGAGCAACCAGGCUUCUCCAAUGCAAUGUGGCGAGAUUGCUCUCGUCACACAUACAUUGAAUGACAGUCAGUAUUAUACCGGAUAAUGAUACAUUGAAUGAGAGUCAGUAUUAUACCGGCUAAUGAUACAUUGAAUGAGAGUCAGUAUUAUACCAGCUAAUGAUACAUUGAAUGAGAGUCAAUAUUAGUAAGAUAUGUUUGUUGGAAAAGCUGAUGUUUAUUAAUCACCUUUUCCAUGUUUCCAUUUAUAGGAUUGAGAGGAGAGAAGGGUAAGUCUAUUCAAUAUUCAUUUUUCUUCCUUCCUGCUAUUUUCUGGACUUGAGAUGUACCCAGAUUUCAGAAGGACAUUACAUUAAUACAGUUCCUUAUCCCAUACAGGACCUAUAGGAGAUGUUGUCUAUGUGCCACACAUAUCCUUUUCUGCUGCCCUGACGUACCCCCAGGUCGAUCCUGGAACCAUCGCCUUCGAUAAGAUCCUGGUCAAUGACGGUAAUGGCUAUGAUCCAUCUAGUGGUGAGUAUUUAAAGGUGGCAAACAGAGUGGAUUUAUGUAAAAAAAAAAAAAAUAGGUUAAAGUAUUAUUAAAUCAUAGGGUUUGGAUUUAAGUCCUGAAGUAAAAGUUUAAAAAGAGCGGUGGUGCAGAUUUGUUGAGUGUGAGGCCAGUGUAAGACAAUUGUAAAAGUCCCCCCCACCCCCCCAUCCACACAAGCAGAUGCCCUCAGCUGUUCCAAUGUCACUGGGCCACUCCAAUUUUACUGGACCAUCUCUAUUUCACUUGGCCAUCCUGAUUUCAUUGGACUGUCCUGAUUUUGGGUUCCAGUCAUUCUGUCCCAAUUUUGUUCCCCGGACACCAAGGUCCUGACCACAGCCAGCACAGCGCUAUGGUGAAUACAAAGACAGUUAGAGCAGUUCUGAAUGGGACCAGAGGCAAUUAGCCAGUCUGGCAUGCAUACACACCAAGGUCCAGACCGUAGUCAGCAGAACACUUGCACAUCAUUCCACACACUCACGCUGUGGUGAAGGCACUAGUACCAUACAUAGACAGUUACAGCAGUGCUGAAUGGGACUAGCCUGGCAUACAUAUACACCAAGGUGACAAACUACUUAUGCAGACGGGCCCACCACUUUCUGAUAUUGAAAACCCAUUCAGGGCAGUGCCAGUGAAACAACUAGUGCCAUUUGGACACUUGUUUAUUUCUGCCCCACCCCCUGCCCUGAUUUUAUUCCUCUCAAUAUUGGGAAGCUUGCAAAUACACACAUCUUUAGCCUCAAACUAUUAACCACAUACAGUGAGGGAAAAAAGUAUUUGAUCCCCUGGUGAUUUUGAACGUUUGCCCACUGACAAAGAAAUGAUCAGUCUAUAAUUUUAAAGGUAGGUACCUUUUAACAGUGAGAGACAGAAUGACAAAAAAACAAAAAUCCAGAAAAAUUAAUGUCAUAAAAGUACAAAAUUGAUUUGCAUGUCAAUGGAUGAAAUAAGUAUUUGACCCCUUCGACUUAGUACUUGGUGGCAAAACUCUUGUUGACAAUCAUAGAGGUCAGACAUUUCUUGUAGUUGGCCACCACGGUUGCACACAUGUCAGGAGGGGUUUUGUUCCACUCCUCUUUGCAGAUCCUCUCCAAGUCAUUAAGGUUUCGAGGCUGACUUUUGGCAACUCAAAUCUUCAGCUCCUUCCACAGAUUUUCUAUGGGAUUAAGGUCUGGAGACUGGCUAGGCCACUCCAGGACCUUAAUGUGCUUCUUCUUGAGCCACGCCUUUGUUGCCUUGGAGGUGUGCUUUGGGUCAUUGUCAUGUUGGAAUACCCAUCCACAACCCAUUUUCAAUGCCUGGGCUAAAGGAAGGAGGUUCUCACCCAAGAUUUGAUGGUACAUGGCCCCGUCCAUCGUCCCCUUUGAUGUGGUACAGUUAUUCUGUCUCCAUAUCAGAAAAACACCCCUAAUGUUUUUGUGACGGACCCUCCGUCAAUCGAUGCUCCUAGAGCUUACCAAGGACCAUCGGCACCGCACCAGACACCAUAAGCACUGCAGACCCCACUGUAGCGGAAAGCUGGUCUCUCACAGACUAUUUCCGCUGGUAGGCCAGGUGUGGCUCAGGAACAAGUAGUAAAUCCCAUAGAGUAGCAUGCACAAUCAAUAAGACAAUCCAAUAAUCCCAUCACCUUUCCCAAUAACUGGACGACACACAGUAUCAGGAGAACUUAACUAACUUUUAAUCACACAACCCCUGCUUUAUUGCAAUGCUCCCGUGCAAGGGAGCCACCCACAAUAAUUAGUACAUUAACCAAUAAAGUACAAGGUACAACCCACACAUCUCCUCCCAUCAGCUUAUCUGUUAACAGAAUUAAAAUGUACAUAUUUUUCCCCAAGUUCUAGAUGCAGGGCCGUUAUCAGAAAUUUUGGGGCCCCUGACAAAGCACAAGGUCUGGGCCCCCCUCCACUUCCCUAUCCCCCGGCCCGCCCACGCCCUACCUAGUCCGCUUACAAUGAUGCAGGACUGAAUGUGGUGUGUAUAGUGGAAGUGAAUUAGAAUGUGUGUAAUGGAUGUAGUGUUUGUGUGUAUUAGAUACUGUUUGUGCAGUGAAUGCAGAGUGUGUGUUUGUGUAGUGGAUGCAGUGUGUAUAGUGAAUGCAGAGUGUGUUUGAGUAGUGGAUAUAGUGUGUGUACAGUUAUGUAGUGUGUGUUUGUGUAGUGGAUGUAGUGUUUGUGUGUACUAGAUGAAAUGUGUUUAGUGGAUGCAGUGUCUGUAGUGGAUGUAGUGUGUGUAUUAGACGCAGUGUCUGUGUAUAGUGAAUGCAGAGUGUUUCAAUUUGUGGUGGAUGUAGUGUGUGUACAGUUAAUGCAGAGUGUGUGUUAUUGUAGCGAAUGCAGAGAGUGUGUUAAUGUGUAGUGAAUGCAGAAUGUGUGUCAGUGUAGUGAAUGCAGAGUAUAUGUUAGUAUAGUGAAUGCAGAGUGUGUGUUAGUGUAGUGAAUGCAGAGAGUGUGUUAGUGUGUAGUGAAUGCAGAGUGUGUGUUAGUGUAGUGAAUGCAGAGUAUGUGUCAGGGUAGUGUAUGCAGAGUGUGUGUCAGGGUAGUGUAUGCAGAGUGUGUGUUAUAUAAGUUUAUGUAGAGUGUGUGUUGUAUUGGUGUAUGCAGUGUGUGUUGUGUUAGUGUAUGCAGUGUGUUUGUUGUAUUGGUGUAUGCAGUGUGUGUUGUGUUUGUGUAUGCAGUGUGUGUGUGUUGGUGUAUGGUGUGUGUUGUAUUAGUGUAUGCAGUGUGUGUGUGUUGUGUUAGUGUAUGCGGUGUGUGUGUUGUAUUGGUGUAUGCAGUGUGUGUAUUGUAUUGGUGUAUGCAUUUUGUGUGUUGUGUUAGUGUAUGCAGUGUGUGUGUUGUGUUAGUGUAUUCAGAGUGUGUGUUGUAUUAGUGUAUGUUGUAUUGGUGUAUGCAGUGUGUGUUGUGUUAGUGUAUGCAGUGUGUGUGUUGUAUUGGUGUAUGCAGUGUGUGUGUUGUAUUAGUGUAUGCAGUGUGUGUAUUGUAUUGGUGUAUGCAGUGUGUGUGUUGUGUUAGUGUAUGCAGUGUGUGUGUUGUGUUAGUGUAUGCAGAGUGCGCGUUGUAUUGGUGUAUGCAGUGUGUGUGUUGUAUUGGUGUAUGCAGUGUGUGUGUUGUGUUAGUGUAUGCAGUGUGUGUGUGUUGUGUUAGUGUAUGCAGUGUGUGUGUUGUAUUGGUGUAUGCAGUGUGUGUAUUGUAUUAGUGUAUGCAGUGUGUGUGUUUUAUUAGUGUAUGCACUCCCACACAAAAUCCUCCCCUCUGCCUGUGAUAUGAUUACUGAACACAAUGGGUAAUAUAAUUAUCACAGGCAGAGAGAUACAGUUUUUACAAAAUAUUAAUAACUUCCAAAAUAUACCAUUUUAUGCCAUUCACAUAAAACAUACAUUUUCAGAAUCAGCAUGCUUGAUAUAUACACAUACUCAAAAAUCAGGGCAAUCCUUUCAGGGGUUAAAAAGUUAAGGGAAAGUCCUAUUUGACCAAAUGAAGCAUGGUUUUUCUGCCCAAAACCAGUUCCACAGAGUCUUCUAUCCUGGAGAUAAUUGGGAAGUAAUCCAAUUAUCUCCAAGGACAGAGGCAAAACUCCAUUAGCCACAUGGUAGCUGUGGCAAACCUAGCCACUUGUAGGAUGCUGGACUAUCUGUAUAAAAAGGUUGUCUGUAAUAACCGCUGUAAUAUAUGUGUAACCUUGGUUGAUACUGUUAUGUGUAUAGAAUUCGUAUGCUAGCAGCCGAAAGCCGCUAGCAUUCAUGUAUUUCGUUUCACGAACAGCAACUUUACUGGCUGUUCGUAAACCGAAUGAGCUACCCCCUAAUAGCCCACACAUAGAGGGACGUGUGGCACUCAUUAACCAAUUGCAACAUUGUGCACUCAAAAAAUGUGCACUCGGACCCCAGCUAUCAUCCGAACGUCCAUUCAUUUAAAUAAACUGAAUAUUGUUAAAGUUAUGUAUUUAAAUGUAAAAUGCCGGUUCUGCUGCACGGAGGGAUAAUCCACUUAACGGUAUAUUCCAGUGGGAGUAUACCUUUCGUCCAGCAGUGCCUGAUGGGAGAAAUGCUCUAAAUGUAGUACCCUACUGUAUUACCCCUGCCAUAAAUACUGGAGCUGUGAAUAAAAACCUCAGUUGACUCCCAGAACUGUGUUUCGUCCGGUUACGGGGGGGAUUUGGGAUAUUGCCUUACUUUUCAGCACUUGACUGUGGAUUACCUUCUGUACCAGCUACUAUUACCCUGGUUCAGCCGCACAGGGUCACCCCGUCCCAGCACACAGGACGCACCAUUGCUGUAAGGGUGGCCGGAGGGGCAAUUCAUAAACUGCCAACAGCUCAGGUACACAUUGAUUGGGGUACUGGGGCCAAGGCUGUGGAAGUGGGCAUCAUGCCAGAUUUACCAGCGGAAGUAUUGUUGGGAAAUGAUCUAGGAUGCUUGACGUCGCAAUUGGCAGCCCUCAGUCCAGAAGGAGCACUACCUGUCACCACCCGGCAGCAAUCCAGAGCUGUGGAGGCCUCCCCCUCAACCCAUGACCAGGUAAGCAAUAACCCCCUGACAGUUAACCCUGGGGUACCCCUCAAGACUUUGAGCAAGCCCAGCAGGAAGAUCCCACACAAAGAGGGUAUCGGAGGGAGGCAGACUAACCCCAGGGAGACGGAGAUCAGGCAAGAUUUACCUGGGAAAAGGGUUUACUAUACCGGGUGACCGGGGGAACAGGGAAAGGAGCGGGCCAGAUAGAAAAAUGACAGUUAAUCGUACCCCGUAAGUAUCGGGCAGAAUUAUUGCGGAUUAGCCAUGAAAUUCCCCUAGCAGGUCACUUAGGCAUAAAAAAGACUAGAGACCGACUCACAUAGUCAUUUUUCUGGCCAGGGUCACUAGAGAAUUACAGGAUUACUGUCGGACCUGCGACGUAUGCCAAAAGGUAGGAAAGAGAGGAUCACCCCCGGGCAAAACUACGUCCCCUAUAAACACAAAAAGAAUUCAGCCCUAGUAAUCACAAAAUUAGUCAAGGUAGGCAGCAACCCAAAUGAAGGAAAACCCCUUGGGUCCUUCGGUGGAUAGAUACAAAAAGAUAUGGAAGGGCUGCGCCAAAUAAGGGUAGAUAGUCCAGUAAAGUAUUGCUAGGGUGCCAAUAGAUGGUCUAGGAUACUUGAUAGAGUUCCUCUGUGGAUGCGUCUGGUGUAGACCGUUCCGUAUAUGUAAAUACAAGAGAGGUAGAGGCGACUAAUGGUAUAGUAUGAAAGUUCAGGGUGUGAUAGGUAACAAAAAGUAAAGAACUCACAUUCAAGAGAGCUAUGGCCAGCUCUGGUGUGGAUUGCGUACAGCGGUAUAAUCCCCGCUUAUGGGAUAUGUAGGGAGGGGGUCUCCGUCAACACCGUCUGGUAGUCCAGAACUCAGAAAAGAAAGACAGAAAGCAACAAUAGUGCUCUCAAUUUUGAUGUGGUUCAAUGUGCAGAUAAGAAGAGGUAAAAAACUCACAUUUGAGGGAGCUAUGGCCAGCUCUGGUGUGGAUAGCGUACAGCGGUAUAAUCCCCGCUUAUAGGAUAUGUAGCGGCGAUACGUCCGUCAGCACUGUCUGGUGAUCCAAGGCUCCAAUAUAGAAGAAUAAAAAGCAGCAAUAGUGCUCUCAAUUGUGACAGGUUAAGAGAGUAGUAGAGAAAAUAAAAUAAUACUCACAAAGAUAGAGCAGAGGUACUGCUCUAUGGAUAGGCGCUGGUGGUAUGAUCCCCACCUAGGAUUUCUUGGAGUACUGGAACUUUAAAAUUGCCAGUGGAAGUAAAAGUAACCAGGAAAGGUUAAAAUGCCAGGAAUAGGUAAAAAAAGUUGUUUAAAGUGCAUAAAGAGUGCAAUAAAAAGAGGAUUGGUACAAUAAAGUAGCCAAAAAACUUUUAUUGAUCUAAAAUACACAGUAAAAUACAGAAUUAAUAACCAUAAACGCGUUUCACCAUAAGUGGCUUCUUCAGAAAACUACGUCCCCUACCCAUCAUCGAGGAACCAUUUUUCCGUGUGGCGGUCAAUUUAGUCGGGCCACUCAGCAAACCCAGUCCAUCUGGUAAGAAAUACAUUCUUACUGUGGUGGACUACGCUACCCGCUAUCCAGAAGCAAUAGCUCUGUCAAAUAUACAUGCAGAGACGGUGGUGGAAGCACUGGUUCAGGUGUUCACUAAGGUGGGGUUCCCUAGGGAGAUAGUGUCAGAUCAUGGAACCCAAUUCACAGCGGUGGUUACCCAACAGCUCUAGCAGAGCUGUGGGGUAAAACCCAUAUAAAGUUCCCCAUAUCAUCCCCAGACCAAUGGCCUCUGUGAGCGUUUUAACAGCACCCUUAAACAAAUGCUCAUCACGUUCACAGAGACCUGUAGGAAUUGGGAAAAGUUCCUUUCCCAUUUGCUCUUUGCCUAUAGGGAAGUUCCCCAGGAGUCCACCGGAUUCUCCCCGUUUGAACUACUAUACGGGAGACGAGUCCGAGGACCCCUAGACCUAGUACGGGAACAUUGGGAAGGCGAUAUGGAACACACAGGUACCCCUAUAGUCACGUUUGUACUAGAGCUGAGGGACCGUCUGCAGGCUCUGACCGAAAUGGUUCGGGAGAACCUGCGGGCAGCUCAACAACGGCAGAAGUACUGGUACGAUAAAGGAGCUAGAGACCGUAUAUUGGAGGUAGGACAAAAGUUCCUAGUGCUUAAGCCCAUUAAGACUGAUAAGUUACAAGCAUCCUGGCAGGGCCCCUACACUGUGAUAGAGCGGAUCAGUGAUACCACGUACACUGUGGCAGACUGUUCUGAUGGAAGGAUCCGACGAUCCUUCCAUGUAAAUAUGCUCAAGCCAUAUCUCGAGAGAACAGAGGAAGUCUCCGUGGUAUGCGCCCCAGCGUAUGAGGAUAGUGAGGGUAUCCCUUUACCUGAUAUGCUUCCUCAAGAACCUACAGGGGUAGAACAGGUACAGUUGGGCCCCGAAUUAAAUCCAGAGGAGAAAGCUCAGGCUUCCCAAUUGUUAGAGGGGUUUGGGGGCAUGUUUUAGGCAGCCCCAGGGUAUACGACCCUGGCAGUCCACAGAGUGGAGACCCCAGGCCAGUUACCUCUGCGGCAGCAGCCCUACCGAAUCCCCGAAGCAGUACGGGAAAGCAUGUUAAAGGAAAUCCAGGACAUGUUAGAACUGGGAUGGCCAUGGAUGUUGUGUUAGUGUAUGCAGUGUCUGUUGUAUUAGUGUAUGCAGAGUGUGUUUGUUGUGUUAGUGUAUGCAGUGUGUGUGUGUAGUAUUGGUGUAUGCAGUGUGUGUUUUGUAUUGGUGUAUGCAUUGUGUGUGUUGUGUUAGUGUAUGCAGUGUGUGUGUUGUAUUAGUGUAUGCAGUGUGUGUGUGUGUUGUAUUGGUGUAUGCAGUGUGUGUGUUGUAUUGAUGUAGUGCGAGUGUUGUAUUAGUGUAUGCAGUGUGUGUGUUGUAUUGGUGUAUGCAGUGUGUGUGUUGUGUUAGUGUAUGCAGUGUGUGUGUGUGUUGUGUUAGUGUAUGCAGAGUGUGUGUUGUAUUGGUGUAUGCAGUGUGUGUGUGUUGUGUUAGUGUAUGCAGUGUGUGUGUUGAAUUAGUGUAUGCAGUGUGUGUUGUAUUAGUGUAUGCAGUGUGUGUGUGUUGUGUUAGUGUAUGCAGUGUGUGUGUUGCAUUAGUGUAUGCAGUGUGUGUAAAUGUGCAAUCUGGGGGGGGAAGGAGGAGGAAGAGGCAUUUUCACAUACAUUUUUUAAUUUAUAUUAAAUUAAUUAAAUGCUAUUCCCCCUCCCUGCUUCUUACCUGUGUCCAGGAAGGGGGGAGACUCCAUUCCCUGGUGGUCCAGUGGCAUGGUGGCCCCUCCCCCAGCUCCCUGUUACAGCAGAGGGGGCCCAGCACACUGCCUCCUCUCUUCUAAUAACUCUUGCGAGACCCGCGGCCUGCGUACCACGCGGAGCGUUGCCAUGGCAACGCUCAGAAGGCCGCGGGUCUCGCAAGAGUUAUUAGAAGAGAGGAGAAAAGAAAAGGCAGUGUGCUGGGCCCCCUCUGCGGUAACAGGGAGCCGGAGGGCCGCGGCUGCACACAUAGUUAGCGAUAUCCGCUAUCUAUGUGCGCAGAGAGGGAAAGUGGUUGUCACCCCCUGAUGGCGACCCUGUCUAGAUGUACCCCAAAUACAUAGGAUACACCCACUAAAUGUGGUAUCCCAUGAUAGCCCUGAUCUGAGUGAAUAACAUAUUCAAAAAUCACCCAGAUCGGACCAGGGGUUCAGGAGUUAUGGGCAAGUAAAGUUUUGACCGACUGCACAGGCAACAGUAUCCAAAAAUAGUUCCAUAAGGUUUGGCCUUGCGGUCGGUCUCUGUUCGUGGAAUAAAAGUCCCGAAAGGAUUGCCAUCCAUGGCUAUGCUGGCAUUCGUGUGAAUCCCCAUGUUAGUAGGAGUCUUUCUACCGAAUGGCGGCUCGUUCGGUAGUUCCAGCCCAAAGAUAUGGAGGUCUGGAGGUCUCAGUGGUGUUUGCUUAGUCGAGUGUGCAAUUUUAGUUCAAGACACUCAACGGCAAAACACAGCUGUUCGGGAGAUUAAGAUGGCCGCCACCACGUGUUAAACUCACGAAAUGGCGGCCACCUAGGGACUUAACCGGGCGUUUGUGAGUUUCCACUUAAGUAAUAAACCGAAUUGAAGCCACACUUUGUAUCAUGGUGGUCUCGUGUUUGGUAGAUUUAGUUCGUGUGACGAAUGCAAUGGGUCAAUAUAGUUUUAUGUGGACAUUCAAACGAAUGCUUCGUACACUGAAGAUAUAUAUAGCAGCAAAGUACCGAAAGUAUUUUAAACACCCAGUUUUGCAGGCAGCUCAAUGUCCUUUGCUGCAUAAGUUAUAUAGUCCGAAGUCUCUGCAAUAUUAUAUUAUAUGUCCUUGGCUGGUUCUUAAAGGACCAGUAGUGCCAUACAAAAUCCCAUUAAGCCCAGCCAUUAUACUUAAAGGGCUACAUCUUCCUGGGACCAUAAUCACUGGGCAGGAGGCGGGCAAGCAGCCCCCUCCAAGAACUCAGGGCAAACUCCUUUAAAGUGGCGAGUUUGCUACACCCACGAACCGCCGCAGCCUGUUUGGGGUCUCGCCGUCUCCUACCCACCCUGGACCUACGACGAGGCUCCAGGCUCCAGUGGGUGAACCUCUCUUCCUUCAGAGAGUUAAGCAGGAACAGCUCUUAGAAGAGCUAGUGAUUAGAACCCAGGGGAGUAUACAGAGUAUAGCAAUCCCCAGUGUGAUAAAGCAGUACCCUACAACACAAGACAAGGCUGUGAGUUGAGGGUAAGAUUAUCUGACAGUUUAUUGGCACACACUGGUAUUUUAUACAGGUUUUACAGCAAAGGUGACACCCAGGUGGACCUUUUGGGCACCGAAUACUAAACAUACAAGCCAGGGGCGUGGCCUAGCUCUUGAUGUGAGCGGAUGCAUCUGAACGGAGCACACUCACAGCGGAAUUUAACAAGCCGGUAAAACAAACUCUAUUCGAAGCAAAUGGGCAAUAAAAAAAAGCCUAACGUACUCCAAAACACCCUGGAUCCGGGCGCGAUCAAAAAAGCUGGGGACUGGAUAAAUAUUUCAAAGAGAACAUGAAAGUGCAUUGUAGCGGAGCGGCAAUAUUAAAUCCCACGAUCUCUGCUGGUAAAGAAGGUAAUCCACAGUCAAGCGCUGACAAGUAAGGCAAUAUCCCAAAUCCCCCAGUAACCAGACGAAACACAGUUCUGGGAGUCAACUGAGGUUUUUAUUCACAGCAUACAGUAUUUAUGCAUGUCCCCAUGCAAGGGGUUUCCCAUGCAGGGGUCAUACAAUAGGGGGACUACAUGGGGGACUUAACAUUCAGAACAUUUCUCCCAUCAGGCACUGCUGGACGAGAGGGAUACUCCCACUGGAAUAGACCGUUAAGUGGAUUAUCCCUCCGUGCAGCAAAACCGGCAUUUUACAGUAAAAUGUAUAACUUUUAUAACACUCGAGUGAUUUAAACGAAUGAACGUUCAGUGGAUAGCUGUGGUCUGAGCGCCCCGUUUGUGAGAACACCGCUCAGAUCCCAGCUUUUGUCUGAAAGUACCGAACACCAAUGGGGAACUGCAAUAGUGAAACACCGGAGCUCCCGAAUGGCCUGGAAGUUCAGCGGGGUUCGCGCCGUCGAGUAGCCGAUUUCGGCUCCACGCGCUCGACUACCAAACCCCGCUGGUGAGACAAAGGAUCUAAGAUGGCCGACCGCCGCGUGGUCGGUAGCCGAACGACGGCCACCCAGGAAAGCCUCUAAUUACCAAUUGCAACACUGUUGCAAUCAGUUAAUGAGCGCCACACGUCCCUCUAUGUGUGGGCUAUUAGGGGGUAGCUCAUUCGGUUCACGAACAGCCCGUAAGGCUGCUGUUCGUGAAACGAAACACAUGAAUGCUAGCGGCUUUUGGCUGCUAGCAUACGAAUUCUAUGCAAACACACAGUAACACACAGUGUAGAUCUAGGUUAUACAUGAAGUUACAGGGAUUAGUACAGACAACCUUUUUAUGCACAUAGUCCAGAAUAUUACAAGUGGCUAGGUUUGCCACAUGCUUGUAACGGGCCAUUUUGCACAUAAGCGGUUAAAACCCGUUUAGCCGAUAUUCCCCUUUCCCAGCUGCACAGACGGCUACUGCAAGCACCAAUCUCCUGAACUGCAAACCCACGAAUUCACCAACUCCCGAACUGCAACCAAGGGAAUACUCCAAACUCCCGAACUGCAUACCAAGUAGCACUCCAAACUCCCGAACUGGAGACACACGAAUAGCUGUUAGCAGACGAACAGGAAAAGUCCCCAAGCGGCUUACACUCCUGGCAAUCAGUCUCUAACAGCAUACAGUAAUUCCCCCAAAGACGAGACGACACUUCGUUUUGAGGGUCAAGCAGAAUCUGGUUUACUGGGGCUAACUGCCCGGCUUUUAUGCAGGUCUCCCACCUGGUGGACACUCCCCUAGGGGACCAGAUGGGAGACUGGGACACAAAGGGUACAAGAACCAAUCACAGACUUACACAUUUCAACAAUCCCACAAUGUAUCACAAUCCCUCCUCUCUGUCUUGGAGAUAAUUGGGAAGUAAUCCAAUUAUCUCCAAGGACAGAGGCAAAACUCCAUUACACACAUUUUCAGUAAAAGACAUAAAAUUACAUACAGUUACGUUUAUUACAUAAAACAUAGACAUUCUACAUAUCCCCAGAUAGCUUAGAUCUGAGCGCAUAUUACUACCGAAUGGCGAUCAGAUCACAUACAUAUAGUUCAAUCGCCAUGGAGCCAAAGUCUUUCACAUAGUCUUUCGUUACACGAACAGGCUCCAUGGCUUAAUUUGGUUCCGCUACCGAAUGGGAAGGUAAGGAGGCUGGCUGCUCAGUGGUGUUCGCACCAAUAAGUGUCCAUUUUCAGUUCCAUAGUUUGGGCGCUGAACACCGCCGGCCGUUCGGGAGGUAAAAUGGCCGCUGCCAUGUGUUCGGCAACAGGAACAAAGGCCACCCAGCGUUCAUCAAUUAAGCUGCGGUUAACCACAGCUUCUGGGCGGUCAAUUGGCGGCACACUCCAGUUCCCAGGUGGUCCCUCGUUCGGUAGUUUGUUCGGUAAAUGGAAUCUACCGAACACCCUGCAGAAAGGCACGAAUAAACCUUUCAGCAGGGAAAAUAACAGGUCUGAACUGCAGGGCCAUAGUCUAAAGGGAGCAGGCGAGCAACCAGGCUUCUCCAGUGCAUAGUGGCGAGGUUGGUUCCGCCACAGUGCUCAGUGCCGAUACGGACGACAGCCAGGCGACGCCAUCUUUAACACGUGGCUCGCCGUAUAGCAGCCCUGCUCGAUUGGAACACUCCUCAGACCCCAGAAUGGCGGACAUAAAAGAAAUGCUCCUUAAUAUACCUUCAAAGGAUGAUAGCGCAGCGAUGCUGGCAUGGUUGGAAGCAGUGUAGGAGCAGUUCGCAACACUGGCAACAGAAGUUAAACAGGUUAGCAACAAAGUGGGUGACUGAGAGGAGGACAGAGACCAAAUCCUAGACAGAUUACUCACACUAGAACAGAGACAAGAAAUCACCAACACCAAGACCCUCUAUAAUAUGAAAAAUAUAGAGAAUUUAGACAAUAGGGGCCGCAGAAAUAAUAUUAGAAUUCGGGGGCUGCCAGAGACACAAGGCCCGACGGGAGACCUCCAAAAUAUUUUACAAUCUCUCUUUAAUAGAAUCCUGCAUAGGCCGGAGGACACACAUAUCCUAUUGGAUAGAGCACCCAAAGGCUUAGCACAAGAUGCCCCAAGAGACAUUAUAUGUAGAAUACACUACUACUCUGAGAAAGAGGCCAUUGUGAGGAGCGCAAGGGAGGCCGCAGAGAUCGCGUACAACAACGCUAAACUUCAACUUCUUCCAGACUUGUCAUGAGUGACCCCAAAGGGCAGGAGAGCACUGAGACUGGUCACGCAGGCUCUCCAACAAGCAGGAAUAAAAUACAGAUGGGGUUUUCCAUUUUCCUUAAAUGCAUUACAUAAAGGGAUACAAGCAUCGCUAGCUGAAGUAGCGGACUUUACUAAACGACUAAGCAUGCCAAAUGGAAGUAAUGGACUGGUACGACCUAACGGUGCAAGAAACAAGCCAGGCCCUAUCACAACGCACAAAAGGACAGGGACAGGACAGCCAGAGGAAACAGCCAUGGAAGUCUCCCCCGACAUCACCCUUCAUGAAUCCCAGGAGGCGGCCAGUAACACCAAGAAAGACCCAGUGAACACGUGAAAGCACAAAGAGACUGUGGCAAACCUAGCCACUUUAAGACUUACUGUAUAACAUCAGAAGGUUGUCUGCUUUUAUUGUAUAUAAGGAUGUAUUCGUAUGCUAACGGCCGAAAGCCACUAGCAUUCAUAUGGUAGUUUCACGAACAGUGACUUUAGACACUGUUCAUGAAACGAAUAAGGUACCGAACGGGAGCCCACACACAGAGGGUCGUGUGGCUCCGAUUGUUGCAAUCGGUAGUUAAUUGCUUUCCUAGGUGGCCGUCGUUCGGCUACCGACCACGCAGCGGUCGGCCAUCUUGGAUCCUUUGUUAGCCCAGCGGUGUUUGGUCGUCGAGCACCUGGAACUAAAAUCGGCUACACGACGGCGCGAACGCCGCUGGACUUCCAGGCUGUUCGGGAGCACCGGUCCUUCAGUAUUUUGUUCCCUAUUAUGUAUUUGGUACUUUUAAUGAGAAUGUAAAAUAAAGUGUGUUUCGUGCGGCGUUCGGUUAUUUAUGCUGGGAUCUGAGCAGUACUUUCACGAAGUGUGCGCUCAGACCCCAGCUAUCUACCGAACGGUCAUUUAAGGGAAUCACACGAAUAAUAUUAAAGUUAUGGAUUUUUGUGUUAAAACCCGGUGCUGCUGAGGGAUAAUCCACUUAACAGGAUAUUCUAGUGCGAGUAUCCCUCACGUACAGCAGUGCAUGGUGGGAGAAAUGCUCUGUAUUUUCAGUUCCCCAUGUAGUCCUCUACUGUAAUACCCCUGUAAAGUGACUAAGGAAACCCCUUGCAUGGGGAAUCACAUAAAUACUGGAGCUGUGAAUAAAUUUGUCAGUUGACUCCCAGAACUGUGUUUCGUCCGGUUACUGGGGGAUUUGGGAUAUUGCCUUCUUUUCCAGCGCUUUACUUUGGAUUACCUUCUAUACCAGCGGAGAUCUUGAGAUUUAAUAUUGCAGCUCCGCUACAAUUGGUGGCAAGCAGUGGCAUGGCAUCCUAGUGCGAGGUAAAGCAGCUCAGAGACACCGUUCGUUGAGUUACAAAUUGAGGGCAACGCUAGCACUCAUGCAGCGCCCCUGGGAGCAGAGGUAUCCAGUGACUUGGAGGAGACAGGUAUGGAAGGCUCUGAAGAUGAUUGGCUGGCCGUGGUGUGGGCCCUCAAAAAGUUGCAGCCUUAUUUAUAUGGACAACCUUUUUUCUUACUCACAGAUCACAACCCGUUGGUGUGGCUGAACCGUGUGGCUGGGGACAAUGCCAGGCUGCUGCGCUGGAGUUUGGCGCUGCAGCCUUUUGACUUUACUAUUCAUUACCGCCCAGGGAAGCAAAACGGUAAUGCCGACGGGUUAUCUAGACAAACUGACCUUGAGAAGUGAUCUGUGAGUACUCCUCCGGACAUCCCCAAGCCGAUCCGUUUGGAUCAGACUGUUGCAUGCCGGCUUGGUUCUGGGGGAGCGUUGUGGCAAACCUAGCCACUUUAAGACUUACAGCAUAACAUCAGAAGGUUGUCUGCUUUUAUUGUAUAUAAGGAUGUAUUUGUGUGUGUUUGCAAUAGAGAGUAUUCGUAUGCUAACGGCUGAAAGCCGCUAGCAUUCAUAUGGUAGUUUCACGAACAGUGACUUUAGACACUGUUCGUGAAACGAAUAAGGUACCGAACGGGAGCCCACACACAGAGGGUCGUGUGGCUCCCAUUAACCGAUUGCAACAUUGUUGCCAUCGGUAUCCAAAGGUAUACAAAGGAUCCAAGAUGACCGACCGCCGUGUGGUCGGUAGCCGAACGACGGCCACCUAGGAAAGCAAUUAACUACCGAUUGCAUGUUGCAAUCGGUAGUUAAUUGCUUUCCUAGGUGGCCGUCGUUCGGCUACCAACCACGCGGCAGCCGGCCAUCUUGGCUCCUUUGUUAGCCCAGCGGUGUUUGGUCGUCAAGAACCAACUAAAAUCGGCUAUUCGACGGCGCGAACACCACUGGACUUCCAGGCCGUUCGGGAGCAUCGGUCCUUCUGUAUUUUGUUCCCUAAUAUGUAUUCGGUACUUUUAAUGAGAAUGUAAAAUAAAGUGUGUUUCGUGCGGCGUUCGGUUAUUUAUGCAGGGAUCUGUGCGGUACUUUAACGAAGUGUGCGCUCAGACCCCAGCUAUCAACCGAACGGUCAUUUAAGGGAAUCACACGAAUAAUAUUAAAGUUAUGGAUUUUUGUGUUAAAACCCGGUGCUGCUGUAUGGAGGGAUAAUCCAUUUAACAGGAUAUUCUAGUGGGAGUAUCCCUCACGUACAGCAGUGCAUGGUGGGAGAAAUGCUCUGUAUUUUCAGUUCCCCAUGUAGUCCUCUACUGUAAUACCCCUGUAAAGUGACUAUGGAAACCCCUUGCAUGGGGAAUCACAUAAAUACUGGAGCUGUGAAUAAAAUUGUCAGAUGACUCCGGUUACUGGGGGAUUUGGGAUAUUGCCUUCUUUUCCAGCGCUUUACUUUGGAUUACCUUCUAUACCAGCGGAGAUCUUGGGAUUUAAGACUGUCCACUUCACACCCAGAGAUGAACUGAAAUAUCCACAGAUUAACACUACUGAGAGGGCUGUGGUGGUAAAUAUGCGUAGAUCAAUAUUAGGUUGAAUAUACUAGGCUUAACCACAUAAAAACACCUUAGCGCCUAGGCCCUAGUAACGCGUUUUCACGCGUUGCACUUCUAAAAAGCCCAACACACACCAGGCUUCAAUAGUACAUAUAUUUUACUUCUGCUGUGGGGGAGGACCACUUACAAAUCUGACUUAGGAACAUUUACCUACCCCGAUAUGACUCGAGCUAAAGCAUCGCAGAAGCUCAUCACGGAGCAGAGCUCCUACUACUCUAUGCUUUAAUCAGUAGUACACAACCCCACACACAUUGGGACCAAAAAGGCCCAGAGCGGUACAAUAAAGCGAACAUAGAAGCCGAAAGACACGGAAGCCAACACAUAAGAGAGCCUCAACUUUUGUGUCCUCAGCUCCUAUAACACAAGUUACAGUAUUGUUAUCUCACAGUGGAAGAAACCCCAGGAGACCUUAGAAUUAUUGUUUAUUGAAUUUAUUAUUUGAUAAUUACUGUUUAUUUUUGUGCAAUUGAAAUACUAUUAAUAACUGACCACAGGGAAUGCAGUGACCAAACACUUAGUGAACGCACCCGAAAACAGUAACUGUAGCUGUAUUGUUGAUACACCCAAGAAUAAACACCAAAGCCUUGGGAUUCAAGCCCGAAGGGAACUCACACGAGAAGCAGGUAUGGGUACCCUCAGAAUUAGCUUUCAAAAUGUCGGGGGCCUUAACACAGCUGAGAAAAGACGGAUGGUACUUACAGAAUUUGCAAAAAUGAAGGUGGACGUCGUUUUCCUACAGGAAACAUACAGAUGCCCCUCUACUUAAACACCCCCAUCUCCCCCAUAUCUACUAUAACAGAAGUAAGUCAAGGGGAGUAGCGAUUCUGAUAGGAGGCGGGGUCCCCUUUACAUACUCAAAACACCUGACAGACGACUUAGGUCGCUUUAUAAUAUUGCAGGGUCUAGUAGGGAUGUCACCGAUCACCCUCGUGGCAAUAUAUCUCCCGAAUAGGCAUCAAUGUGGAGCUUUUCGGAAAAUAAUGACGAAAGUCAUCCAACACACAAAUGGCACCCUCAUAAUCGGGGGAGACUUUAAUAUCUCUCUGGACGCCACUAAAGAUAGCACAUCAAACAACACCACACACAUGGCCACGGCGAGACAUCAAAUGCAACACAUACUAUACACUAACCAACUAACGGACUGUUGGAGGGUGUACCACCCGUCAACAAAGGAUUACACCCACUACUCUAUUCUGAAUAAAACCUACUCUCGCAUAGACGUCUUCCUAAGCACACACAGGGACCUGGGGCUGGUCACUGACAUGUCUAUAGGUAACAUAACAUGGUCGGACCAUUCUCCAAUUUUUCUUUCAAUAUCCAUCCCCUCACUACCACGUCCCAAAGGACAAUGAAAACUGAAUCCGAACCUACUGAAUUCAGAAAAAAUUAAUCACUCCCUAGCAACCACAAUCAGUCAAUACUUCAGGGAAAACAAGGAAUUAAUAAAAUGGGGCGCACACACCAAAAAAACAAAAAAACAAACGAAUGCUGAAAUUACUAGACGAAAUAAAACAAACAGAAGAAUCGCAUAAAAACAAUCUCUCAGUCCAGACAUACCGCUCCCUCAUUGCUUUAAGAAAAGAGCUACACUCGCUCUUACAAGACAAAACGAAAAAAGCCAUACUAUGGACAAAACAAAUAUAUUAUGCCCAGGAGAACAGCUGUGGGAAACUAUUAGCACAGACUUUGAAACAAAGGCAAUCAUUAACCUACAUCCCUAUAAUCAAACGCACAGAUGACACAAUAGCACUGAUGACUGAAGACAUGGCAGAGACCUUCAGGAAAUAUUACACAUCCCUCUACAAUCUACACGAGAAAACACCAGACACUGACAAAAUACAAAAAUACCUAGAAAACAAAUUUGACGCAAUUCUUCCAAUGGCAGUGACCAGAUCUUAAGCGGAACCGUUCACUUUAGAUGAAAUCCAAACGGCCAUUAAACAGACAUCACAUAAUAAAAGUCCAGGCCCAAAUGGAUUCUCCGCCUCUUACUAUAACAUUUUUCAAAAAGAGCUAACUAAACACUUCUUAUAGGCAAUUAACUCUGUCCCAGAUGGACGACUGAUCCCCACACAAGCACUAGAAGCAAAUAUAACCCUUAUCCCCAAGCCAGGAAAAGACCUGGAAAGAUGCUCGAGCUAUAGACCAAUCUCCCUCAUAAAUGUCAACAUUAAGAUUUUUACUAAAAUGUUGGUGUAACAGCUACCCUGGUAUAGUGAGGGUACCAGCCGUUGGGGACGUCCUUUUUUUUUCCCGGCAGUCGCUGUGUAGUGAUGAAGUCGCCUAUUCCCUUCUGCUGGAUCAGGAGUGGAAGCCAGGUACAGCUCUGAAAAGAGCUAAAUGAUUAAGCUGCAGAGAUUCCCCUUUCAAGAACGAGACGAGGCUACGUUUUGAAGGGUCAAGAAGAACUAAGGAUUAAUUGACAGACACUCUCCUUUAAGCGAUUCUGCCCAUGCAAGGGAGACACCCACAUAAUUAUCAGUACAACCAAGCCAUACAAUAUACAUUCUGUAAAUCCCCUCCCCUCACAUAACUACAUAACAUAAUUAAAAAGGAACAUAUUUUCCUCAAAGUUUGGAUGUACCCCAAAUACUAUCCCCAGAUAGCUUCCAUUUAGGGUACUAACAUAUUUAAAAAUCAGCUCAUUCGGUUCAGCCGUUCAAGAGAUAUGAGACUUAGAAGUUUUGACCGACCGCACAGGCACAGUAGCCGAAAACAGUUCCAUGAAUGCUGGCCCUGCAGUCGGUCUAAGAACGUGGGUAAAAACUCCCGAACGGCCGGCCAUCCGUAUGCCAUCCUGGGUUCGCUGAAAUCCCCAUCUGCUGCUGAUUCUUUCUACCGAACGCCCGGUUGUUCGGUAGUUUUGGCGAGGUUUUCCCAAAGGUAUGGAGGUCUCAGCGGUGUUCGCCUGUUUGAGUGUCCGAUUUUAGUUCCAGACAUUCAACGGCAAACACAGCUGUUCGGGAGUUAAAAUGGCCGCAAACACGUGGAAGUCCCGAAAUUGCGGCUGAGCUUACAGUUCUCAUAGCGUUCGUGCGGUUGUUUCGAAUAAAAGUGCCCAUCAAGCAGGGAGGUAAAUUAGACAUAAUUAACAGUCAGGGUGGCCUGUUAAAGGCAGGUAAGCAUUCGCAUGGAGAAUGCUUUCAAAAUACCGAACGGCUUUAUAAUCCAUAUGUCUUUUACAGUCAGACUGUGCUUUUUGUUACAUGGCUCCCCUUUUGUGGGAUACCCCGGCAGACCAGGAUUGAUCCUUUUCGGAUCACCGUGGGGCUGUCCGGGUUUCGGUUAGGGCAUUUGUUCGGUUUGUCUGGACAGGCCAUCCGCAUUCCCAUUGAGUUUACCUGGCCGAUAUUGUAUGGAGAAAUUAUAAGGUUGUAACGCCAGGCUCCAUCUUAAUAAACGGCCAUUAUCUCCGGCCACGCGGUUCAACCACACGAGAGGGUUAUGGUCAGUGAUGAGGGUGAACUCGUGACCAUACAAAUAUGGAGUCAAUUUCUUUAGGGCCCAGACCAGGGCUAAACAUUCUUUUUCCACUGCCGUGUAGCUCACUUCCCUGGGUAGCAGUUUUCUGCUUAGGUACAUGACAGGGUGUUCUCCUCCAUCUUCUCCGAUCUGGCUUAAAACUUCCCCCAGUCCAUACAUGGAGGCAUCUGUGUGGACGACAAACCUUUUGUUAGGGACUGGGGCAGCUAGCACAGGAGCGUUGAUUAAUGCAUUCUUUAAUGUCUGAAAUGCUGUUUCACAGGCGGGAGACCACAGGACUAUCCUAGGUAGAUUAUUUUUGGUCUGUUAAAGGCUUGGCGAUACUACUAUAGUCUGGGACAAAUUUCCUGUAGUACCCUGCCGUCCCUAGAAAAGCCAGUAACUGGGUCUUGGUGUGGGGUGUGGGCCAAUUAGCCACGGCCUCAACUUUGGCUGGCUCCGGCUGUUGCUUCCCACUGUCAGGUUAUACCUGCCGUUCUUUUGCCGAAAGAACCCACUUCCGGGUUCACGGAGCUUCGCCCCGCCCCUUUUUUCUGACGCGGUCCUUCCACACUACAUAGGAAGACCGUGCCAGAUUCAAAGGGCUGGAUUAUUGCACAGGUGUCUGUAAAACUUACCAGCUGCUCCAUUCUGAACUAACCGUGUACCGAAAAACGCUCUGGAACGACUACCCGCCUUCUCCACUCCUUGACCUCGGCUUGUUAAACGGACUUCUCUUUCUCUCCUCAAUUAUUGGUUUAAAUUAAGCUCUCCAGUUCCAGAACUUCCUCUUAAAGCAAAGUAAAGUUCCUCCAAUCAAAUUACUCUCUUUUAUUAAUAAGAGACUGCUUCCAAUACUCAACAUUGUUUCCUUCAAUCAAGUUACUCUCUGUUAUAAAUAAGGAACUGGUUCUAAGGCUUAAUUCUUCUUCCUUCAAUCAAAUUAUACAUAGUUGCAAUUCUGUCUUGCUGCAUUAAUAAUUUUGCUUGCAGUUAUUCUAUUUCAUUUAAAUUCAACCUAAGUCUGCAUACAUUCUCUGCACUAUUUUUACUUGGGACUGUUUGGCUUUCUGCAAAUCAUCAGUGGCUUAUUUUUUCCUUGCAAUUAACAACCUGCUUGAGGGUUUAAAGCUACAGUAUCUUCUUCUCCACAUCAGUAACAAAAAAUAGGUAAAACUAUCAUUUACUGUAAUUGAAAAUUGCUGCAGUUGAGUUCCUAAAUAAGUUGGUGUUACACCCACAUCCCACCCGGUAUCCCAGGUACUGUACUUCGGCCAUGCCAAAAUGAAAUUUUUCUGGCGUCAGAGUGAGGCCUGCGGCCCUAAUCUGAUCCAGUACGGCCCCCACCUGUCAGAGAUGUUCUCCCCAAAUUUCGCUGUAGAUCGCAAUGUCAUCCAGGUACGCACAUACGAAAUCCUGGAAGCCAUCAAGGAGCCUGUCAACCAAGCGCUGAAAGGUAGCGGGGGCGUUCUUCAUCCCGAAUGGCAUGACCUUGAAUUGAUACAAGCCAAACGGGGUGACGAAGGCCGACUUGGGGACAGCCUCCUUGGCUACCCCUUGCACAGAUCAAUGGUAGUCAGGUAUCUCCCCCUAGCAAUGCGAUCUAGGAGCUAGUCUACUCGGGGCAUGGGAUACGCAUCGGCCACUGUCCUAUCAUUAAGACGUCUAUAGUCGACGCAGAACCUGGUAGUCCCAUCCUUUUUGGGUACCAGUACUACGGGGGAGGCCCACGGGCUGUCUGAGGGUUCUAUGACUCCUAACUUGAGCAUCUCUUGGAUCUCUUUCCUCAUCUCUUCUUUGACUGCCUCCAGGAUCCUGUAAGGAGUCUUUCUAAGUGGCGUCUGCCCUGGGGUUUCUACAUAAUGGGUAGCUAACGUCGUGUAUCCCGGCUCUUGGGAGAAUGUCAGUCUCUUUUCUGUCAACAGCUGUCUGAUCUGUCCCUUUUCUGCCGGGUUCAACCGCUCCCCUAGGUGGAUAGUAUCGAGGAUAUUAUUUGGUUCGGGACCUGCUAACAAGUCGGGGAUAGGCAGCCCGUCUGAGUCAUCUGCACUUGGACUGCAGAUGGCUGCAAAAUCCUCGGCCCUUUCCUGAUAUUCCUUUAGUAGAUUCACGUGGAAGAAUUUCCGAAUCCGGUUAUCCUUGUUACUGGCUAUUACGUAAGUGGUAUCACAUACUUGGGCUACCACCUUGUAAGGGCCCUGCCAUGAGGUCUGGAGCUUGUUCCCUUUUACUGGUCUGAGAACUAGAACUUUCUGUCCCACCUGGAAGGUUCUCUGGCGGGCACCCCUAUCAUACCACCUCUUCUGUCGACUCUGGGCCGCCUGGAGAUGGUCUCUAGCCAUCCGAGCUAACUGCUCCAUGCGCUCCCUCGUCUCCAGAACAUAUGGCACAAUAGGAACACCCUCAUGUUCCAUCUCUCCUUCCCAGUGCUCUCGGAUGAGGUCGAGGGGGCCUCGAACUCGUCUUCCAUAGAGCAGCUCGAAUUGAGAGAACCCAGUGGAUUCCUGCGGCACCUCUCGUAGGCAAACAAGAGGUGCGGCAAGAAUCGCUCCCAGUCUCUGUAUUCCGCUGUAAAGGUCCGCAGUAAUUGUUUCAGGGUACCAUUAAAGCGUUCACAGAGCCCGUUAGUCUGGAGGUGGUAUGGUGAGCUGAAUAGGGUCUUGAUACCACAGACCUUCCAUAACUGUUGGGUCAGAUCUGCGAUAAAUUGCGUCCCUCGAUCAGACAAGAUCUCUUGCGGAAACCCCACCCUAGUGAAUAUCCCGACUAAAGCACUGGCGACAGUGUCGGCCUGGAUAUUCGUCAGAGCGAUGGCUUCCGGGUAGCAGGUAGCGUAGUCCACUACGGUAAGAAUAUAUUUCUUACCGGAGGGACUGGGAUUCGGUAGGGGCCCCACCAGAUCGACUGCCACCCUGCUAAAUGGUUCCUCGAUUACUGGCAUGGGUAACAGUCUUACUUUCAGGUGGUCCCCUCGUUUCCCCACUCGUUGACAUACAUCACAGGUACUACAGUAGCGUCGCACAUCCUUCGAGAUUCCCGGCCAAAAGAAGGUCUGGGUAAUCCUGUAGGUAGUGCGGUUACCUCCUAAAUGUCCUGCCAAGGGAAUAUCAUGUCCAAUUCGCAGAAGUUCCAACCGGUACUUUCUGGGUACCACUAGUUGGCGCUUCUGCGAUGGGAUACCGCCUUUCUUUUUCCCUUCUGUCAAUCUAUACAGUCGGUCAUUAUCCCAUAUAAAGCGUUCCUUCUCAUCCCCCCCACUAUCUGCAAGUUCCCUGUAUUUUUGGAGGGUAGAAUCUGCCCGUGUCUCCCUCCCAAAUGCUUCGGGGGUGUCCCAAGCUAAGGAUCUCUCUAUGGGGUCUGGUCUAGGGGUUGGUUCGUGGCUUACCUGGGUCUCCAGUCCUGGUGCAGGGUCGUCUGUAGCAUAAUCCUGGGAAUGUGUGGUCACUGGGCAAGCGGCAGCAGUUGUAGGUAGAUAGGCUGAUGCAAGAGGGCCAAUGUCAUUGCCCAGUACGACCUCUGCGGGUAAAUUGUCCAUGAUGCCCACAGUGGUCUUCCCAGACCCGACUCCCCAAUCCAGGUGUACCCUUGCAGUGGGUAAACAAAAAACAGCUCCUCCAGCAACUCGUACAGCCACAGUGCGGUUGGACAAAUGUUCAGGUUUUACCAAAUGUCUCUGCAUUAAGGUAAUGGUUGCCCCAGUGUCUCUCAAUCCUUGUGCCACCUGCAAGUUUACCCGCACUUCUUGUCGGUGAUGUUGCCGAUUAUCUGGUGAGGCGGCUUGUAUCGGGUCCGCCUCAUACAAGAUACCCAGGCAUUCCUCUGGGCCCACCUCGGUCUCCAGGCAAUGGGCGGCCGAGGUAAGUGGGGAAGCAAUAGGAGUGCGAGGUGAUGCGGUCUCUGUGGGUGGUGAGGGUCGUCGCCAGUUGUUGGCUGCCGACCCCAGGGGGCAGUGGCAGGCAAUGUGUCCCAGGUUGUUGCAGCAAUGGCACGCCAUCCGGGAUACAUCUCUUGGGUAGCUGGGGGACCCCUGCGGGCGAGGAGGCCCAGGCGGUACGGGAGCACGGAAUCCCGGACUAAAAUUACUGGCUGGGGUACAUGGUUCUGGCCUGCUUGUUGUGCGGGGAGAGCCUCGACUAACCCUCCUUGUUUCGGCAUACUCGUCCGCUAGCCGAGCCGCCUCCUUCAGGUUGCUGGGUCGUCGAUCCCUCACCCAGUCCUGUAGAUCAGCUGCUAAAUCCUGGAAGAAGUGUUCCAUUAGGAACAGUUGUAAGACCUCCUCCCCUGUACUGGCAUUACAUCCUUGGACCCAGUGGGAGGCUACUCGCUGUAGACAGUUGGCCCAUUCCAUGUGAGAGCCCACGGCUUUCUUUUUAGACUCACGGAAUCGUCAGCGGUAUGCCUCCGGCGUCACAGCAUAACGGGCUAACAGUGCCUUUUUGACCUGCUGGUAUUGUAAAAUAUCCUCUGCGGUGAGGGCCCGAAAUGCCUCGUUAGCUUUGCCUGACAGCUUCCCAGCUAAAAUAGUAACCCAUUGUUCAGGGGGUAAGGAGCACUGCCUCUCGAAAUCGGCCAAAUAUCCGAUCUCCUCUUCAUUCUCCACAAACGCCUUGAAUGCAGUAAAUGGCACCUUCCUUGGGGUGGUACUCGGAGGGGGAGCAGGAACUGUAUGUGUAACAGGCUGUUGAGCUCUUACCAGGUCGAUUUCGUUCCCCCUCCUCUCCCGGAUAUCUGCUUUGGCAUCGAGGAACAGGCCUCUUCAAUUUGGCGUAUUGAGACUCCAUCCAGCAUCUGCGCUGUGGAUGAAAGGACCAUCCCACCGCUGCCACCAAUGUAACGGCUACCCCGGUAUAGUGAGGGUACCAGCCAUUGGGGACGUCCUUUUCUUCCCGGCAGUCACUGUGUAGUGAUGGAGUCGCCUAUUCCCUUCUGCUGGAUCUGGAGUGGAAGCCAGGUACAGCUCUGAAAAGAGCUAAGUGAUUAAGCUGCAGAGAUUCCCCUUUCAAGAACGAGACGAGGCUACGUUUUGAAGGGUCAAGAAGAACUAAGGAUUUAUUGACAGACACUCUCCUUUUAUGUGAUUCUGUCUUCCAUUAAGGGUACUAACAUAUUUAAAAAUCAGCUCAUUCGGUUCAGCCAUUCGGGAGAUAUGGGACUUAGAAGAUUUGACCGACCGCACGGGCACAGUAGCCGAAAACAGUUCCAUGAAUGCUGGCCCUGCAGUCGGUCUAAGAACGUGGGUAAAAACUCCCGAACGGCAGGCCAUCCGUAUGCCAUCCUGGGUUCGCUGAAAUCCCCAUCUGCUGCUGAUUCUUUCUACCGAGUUUGGUAGUUUUGGCGAGGUUUUCCCGAAGGUAUUGAGGUCUCAGCGGUGUUCGCCUGUUUGAGUGUCCGAUUUUAGUUCCAGACAUUCAACGGCAAACACCGCUGUUCGGGAGUUAAAAUGGCCGCGAACACGUGGAAGUCCCGAAAUGGCGGCUGAGCUUACAGUUCUCAUAGUGUUCGUGCGGUUGUUUCGAAUAAAAGUGCCCAUCAAGCAGGGAGGUAAAUUAGACAUAAUUAACAGUCAGGGUGGCCAUGCAUUUGCAUGGAGAAUGCUUACAAAAUACCGAACGGCUUUAUAAUCCAUAUGUCUUUUACAGUCAGACUGUGCUUUUUGUUACAGUUGGCAACAAGACUCAAACCCUUCCUACAUGAUCUAAUACUUAAAAAAUCAUCAUCUUGAUCCAUUUGGCAUCUCAAACCCAAAGCCCGACCAUCCUACUAGCAAAAGAUGCUGAAAAAGUGUUUGAUUGGGUGGACUGGUCAUUUCUCAUACACACUUUAGAGGCCCUGGGAUUUGGAGCCAGAUGGCUUCAGUGGAUCAAGGCGAUCUGCUCAACCCCGACUGCUAGGUUAAAAGUUAAUGGACAAACGUCUAUGUCAUUGCAGAUCAGUAAUGGCACCUAUCAGGGUUGCCCCCUAUCACCCCUGCUGUUCAUCUUGACACUGGAACCCCUGAUGCAAGAGGUUCGUAAGAGAUCGGACAUACAGGGCAUAAAAGUACGGAACAGGGAAUACAAGAUCUCAGGUUUCGCUGAUGACCUACUAUUUACCAUCGCACACCCCGCAACCAGCUUACCCAAACCAACGGAGGUCAUGAAAAAAUAUAGCGACCUAACCAAUUUUAAAAUUAACACAGAAAAAUGUGAAAUUUUAAAUAUAAAUGUACCCAAAAACCAAGUUUAAAAACUGCAGAAAAAGUAUCCGUUUCAAUGGGCAAAACACUCCAUUAAAUACCUGGGGGUACAAAUAACGAAUACAACCAAGACACUAUACACAGCCAACUUCCCAGACCUGCUUGCCUCGAUAGGUAAAGACUUAGAAACAUGGAAUAAACCUCACUUUAGAUGGAUGGGUAGGAAUAACAUCAUCACAAUGAAUAUACUACUGCGCUUUCUCUACCUACUAAACACACUCUCUAUCCAUAUCCCAGCGAUCUUUUUCCAAAAAGUACAGUCCAUGCUCACAUCCUUCAUCUGGGCCAAGAAAAGACCCUGAAUAGCGUACCACAUAAUGACAAGAACCAAGGAGAGGGGAGAUCUAGGAUGCCCAAACAUACUACAUUAUCAUAGGGUGACACACCUGGGGAGAAUCAUGGAAUGGUCUAGGACUGAGAACAAAAAGGUUUGGGUAGAAUUGGAACAAGCACAACAUGAUAUCCCCCUGACAGCCAUACCUUGGACGAUACCCACACCUUGAGGUAGGAUCCCUUCUGACCUACCCACCAUAACGGCGACACUCAAGGUCUGGAAAUCCAUAAACCACGGAUCAGAGUUCACACCACCUCACCGAAAUAUCCAAUCUCCCACAAUCCGACAUGUCCGAUAGACAAAAGUAGCAUAUUACAAUAUACCAAAACCACCCUGACAAGAGACGCAUACAUAUCAUUAGGAGACAUAAUAACAACUAGGGGACUGAAAACUCUUGAGGAACUAACAGACACCAAACAUCAAACGAUAACACAAACUUUCCAAUACCACCAACUUAAACACUUCCUGAGAGCUGGACACCUACAGAAGAAACACAAUUCAAAAAACUAUGUACAAAACCCCUGACAAACAAAACGAUAUCCAAAUGCUACCAAUUGUUACAAUCAUCGACAGAUAAACACUUACCCUGGUAUACCAAAGCUAGUCAGACUUGGCUUACACCACAGUUAGACGACAAGGGCUGGACCGAGAUAUUCAUGAAAAUGAUGAAAACUCACCCCAGUAUUCCAUUGCAGGAAAUGAAUUACAAAUUCAUAACACAAUGGUACAUCACCCCAGUGGACACAUACAAAUUCUCUCUCUCUGAUAUGUUGGAGAUGUGGGAGGGAUCAGGGGGGUAGAGCGGUACUGGAGGGAAGUGGCACGUAUCACAGACCAGCUCAGCACGUAUCACAGACCAGCCCUGACCCUCACGCCAGAGACUCUCCUAUUUUUCCACAUCCAGAUUUCACAGAAAAAAGUCAAAUACUCACUACUCUAUUACCUAUUGACAGCUGCUAAGGCAGUAAUUGCAGGGAACUGGAACUCCCAAACCAGACCCUCUAGAAGAGAAUGGUAUCAAAAAAUAGAUAACAUCCACAAGAUGGAAGAAUUACAAAUGUCAGCUCUGGGUAAAUUCAGUUCCAAACCAUUUGGCAACCAUGGGACAAAUUCACCCAGGGGACUAAAACAUGAGCCAUAAUGGGAUUAACAAAAUGAGGUAUAGGAAAAGAAUAGGAAAAGACAGAAUAUAAAAUUCCCAUUACACCACAUUAAAAAGAGCCAUAAAAUGCUAAGGAAAUACACACGGUUUAUGCAGUAUUCAGUAAUCAAUAAUCACCAUCAUAAACGCUAAAAAUAAACACUCCUUACCAGAUACUCACGAAGGUACUCAGAGAUGAAACUUGAAGUGUAUCGGACAUACUACUGAGACACUAAGAUUGUAUAGAGUCGACAACAUUAUGCGAUUUCCUUGUAACCCAAAUGCUCUUAAUUGCACAUGUUAGUUAUGUUAAUAUUAUAUACAUGUAUUUUUUUCUUUACGUUAAAUGGUUUUACUCUGUCUUAAGCUAUUAUAUCCUAUAUUAACCUGAUGAAGACAUUACUUGAAAAAAGCGGAAAAAAAAACCCAAAAACAUCCAAGCCAAUAAAAACAGAGGUUUACAUUCAGACACUCCCAUACAGUGUACACAAUCCCUCCCCUCUGCCUGUCAUACAAUUAACAAUGGGCUAACUCAAUUAACUCUAAGCAGAAAAAAUAUACAUUUUUACAAAGUCAAGAAAACACCCCAAAACACCACAUAUCCAUAAAUCACCCAGAUCAGAUCAGGGGUUCAGAAAUUUUAUGGAACUCAUAUUUUUGCCCAGGCGAACACAGGAUUUCAUGCCCAAAACAGUUCCAUAGAAUCGCAGCUAAGUGCAGCUGGAGGACUGACCAGGAACCACAAGGUUUUCAUGCCAAAAAUAGUUCCAGGCAUUCGUGGCUAAGUCCCCCUGAAGUUUAUUCGCAGUUUUAGCCCAUGCAAACAAGAUGGCCGCCACCACAUGUUCGAAUGUCGAAUGGCGGCAACUUCGACUGUUCAGGAGUUCGAAGAAACAAUGUUUAAAGUCCAAAUAGCCACAAAUAGGGUCUCUCAGCUAAAAUAAAUCAAAGGGGCCAUAGUCACAGGGCAAGAGACUGGCCAUUAGUUCUCCCAAAAAACCAGUGGCGAAGUUGCUUUCGUCACAGUUUUCACCUCCAUGUUUGGGGAUGGUGUUCUUGGGAUCAUAGGCAGCAUUCCUCCUUCUCUAAACACGGCGAGUUGAGUUGAUGCCAAAGAGCUAAAUUUUGGUCUCAUCUGACCACAACAUUUUCAUCCAGUUCUCCUCUGAAUCAUUCAGAUGUUCAUUGGCAAACUUCAGACGGGCCUGUACGUGUGCUUUCUUGAGCAAGGGGACCUUGGGGGCACUGCAGGAUUUCAGUCCUUCACGGCGUAGUGCGUUACCAAUUGUUUUCUUGGUGCCUAUGGUCCCAGCUGCCUUGAGAUAAUCAACAAGAUCCUCCUGUGUAGUUCUGGGCUGAUUCCUCACCGUUCUCAUGAUCACUUAAACUCCACGAGGUGAGAUCUUGCAUGGAGCUCCAAACCAAGGGAGACUGCAAGUUAUUUUGUGUUUCUUCCAUUUGCAAAUAAUCACACCAACUGUUGUCACCUUCUCACCAAGCUGCUUGGUGAUGGUCUUUUAUCCCAUUCCAGCCUUGUGUAGGUCUACAAUCGUGUCCCUGACAUCCAUGGACAGCUUUUUUGGUCUUGGCCAUGGUGGAGAGUUUGGAAUCUGAUUGAUUGAUUGCUUCUGUGGACAGAUGUCUUAUAUAUAGAUAACAAGCUAAGAUUAGGAGCACUCCCUUUAAGAGAGUGCUCCUAAUCCCAGCUUGUUACCUGUAUAAAAGACACCUGGGAGCCAGAAAUCUUGCUGAUUCAUAGGGGAUCAAAUACAUAUUUCAAUCAUGACAUGCAAAUCAAUUUAUAUGUUUUUUGACAUACGUUUUUCUGGAUUAUUAUUUUUUUUGUUAUUCUGUCUCUCUGUUAAAAUAUACCUACCAUUAAAAUUAUAGACUGAUCAUUUCUUUGUCAGUGGGCAAACGUUCAAAAUCAGCAGGGGAUCAAAUACUUUUUUCCCUCACUGUAACUAGGUGUAGCGGAGCUCCCUGUACCCCGGUUGGGUACCUCUGCCCAGGAUCGCUUCCCAGCUGGAACUGGGGAAAACUGCAGAUCAUCUCCCCCAGUCACCAUGGCUUGACUGGGGUCCUUCUAGAGCUUUUCCACCCAACCAGGCUUCAGCUCUCCUUCUAGGCAGGUAUCGUCCCCUCUGCCUAUUCUGCUGCAGCCCUUCUUCCAGGCAGGUAUCCACCUCCUGAAAUGUGAUUUAUAUUACCUUUACAAAGGCACUUGCAGCUCUGAGGCCUAGCUCUCUUGAUUUAUCCCAGGGCUAGAGGGAUAAUGCAACAAGCCAACAGGUAUGUGGCUGGGAUCCCUAAAACUCCACAAACUCCAAAUGGAACAAACAUACAAAAUGUAACUUGUUCUUGGGACUGGCCCAAAUGCUCCACGGGCCGUAUGUUAAUCGGUAGAUAGCCCCACCGGUUGCUUGAACUGCCACAGACUUUCCAGUUUGUUCGGUGUCCUGAACCAAGUGUCUCUGUACUAAUGUUAAAGUAGCUCCAGUGUUCUGUAAUCCACAAGCAGUCUGUCCGUUUACAAGGAUCAGUUGGCGACGCUGCUAAAACUCCCCAAGAUUCUUAAUGUAUGCUCUUUUGGUUUCUAUACAGUAAGCUGCGGUCCUGGUAGCUGGGGGGCCAGAUUGGUUCCAGGUGGGUUGUGGUAGCUUCAGAGGACAGUUGCUCCUAACGUGUCCUACUUGCUUGCACCGGAAACACCGUAGGCAAGUUUUAAUUAGUGGAGCAUGGUGUUCUGGAGGCCCCCGAUAAGUAUUCCGUGGCUGUGAAGCUGUUAAGGAUAAACCAGGUUGGCGAUCAGUCUUUCAGGCGUCAGCAUACUUAUCAACCAGCCGAGCGGCUUCAGGUAAAAUAAGAGGUCUUCAGUCCCGUAUCCAUUCUCUGAGUUCGGGGUUGAUCGUCUUAAAGAAUUGCUCUAGCAGGAUCAGUUGUAAUAUAACUUCUAAUUAAACAGCUUGACAUCUGGAUACCCAGUGGGAGGCAGCUCGGUGGAGUCCGCUGACCUGGCCAAGAUAUUUGCCCGUGAAGUAUUCUGGUUGAAUGGCAUUCCUCAGGUUAUAGUAUCAGACAGGGGUUCACAUUAUCCUUUUUUAUCAGCCUAUCACCCAUAAACUAAUGUAGCUGAGCAGGCCAAUCAAUCUCUGGAGCAAUAUGUGUGCUGUUUUGUUUCUACUCUGCAAGACAACACAGCAGACCUGCUUCCCUUGGCUGAGUUUGCUCACAAUAACUCGGAUCAUGAAGCUUCUGUGCACAGUCCUUUCUUUGCAAAUUAUGCAUUUCAUCCUGCAGUUGUCCCUUCCUCCUUUGUGGAUAAAGGGAUGCCGGAUUGGAUUCGCAUUUGGCCUCUUUGCAAAAGGUUUGGGGGCAGGUUUGGGGGCAGGUUCAGGCCACAGGAAUCUCCUCUGCCCAUCCAGACCCACAUGUGAAGAUGGAGACUCCACAACACAACAAGACCCUAGGCAUGCGCGUGUCCGAAAGAUGGCCUCUUAAAGCGGCAGAACACCUGUUUUCUCUUAAAGGAACUAAUCACUUCAGUCAAUACUAUGUGAGAGGUGGAUACCUCUCCCCUUUAUAAUCACAGCCAACCCUUAUCACAGUGGUCAGUUAUACUGUGCUCCUCGGUGUGUACUCUUCUGUGAAUCUGUACCUGUUAUACUUUUUCUGAACCUGCACUGCCUGCCCCAGACUAUGAGAUUGUCUCAUCCCUAUUUCGUACCUCGCAUUUGGAUUACUGCUGCCUCCUGGGCACCACCACCAAAACCACAACAGGUUGUAUUUUUGACACAUUCGUUUUAGUAGUAUUCACUAUAUAAUUAUAUAAUGGAGUUUUGGAGUUUGGAUUCCUUCUCACGUUUUUUGUUCACUUUUUAUUUUGUGUACAAUCUGUUGUAAUCUGUAUUUUGUCUACAUUUUUGUUUGUAAGGCAGUACCACUGCUGAGAAAUGCAUAAUCCGGCUGGGCUCCCAAUUCCCCUGUUUUUGCUUUGAGUGAUCUGUGUGUCCAUGUUUCCUUUCCAUUAUUUUCCUUUUUGUGUAUUAUAUUCUCUUUUCUUUCCAGGUACCUUCACAGCACCGGUGGAAGGCCGGUAUUUUUUCAGUGCUAUACUGACUGGGUACAAAGAUGAGAAGAUUGAAGCAGUGCUCUCCAAGUCGAACUAUGGCAUUGCCCGCAUUGAUUCUGCAGGUUACCAGCCCGAGGGCCUGGAGAAGAAGCCAUUGGUUGAAAAUAAGCCCACAGCAGGGUCUCUUGGGGUUUUUAACAUCAUUUUGCAGCUUGAGGCGGGAGAUACUGUGUGCGUUGACUUGGUGAUGGGUCGAUUGGCACAUUCAGACGAACCUCUAACGAUAUUCAGCGGGUUUUUACUCUAUGAAGAACAAAUGGAAACUUAAGAGAGACGCCAUGUUUAGACUUUCUAUUUAAUGAAGCCAAGGUGUGAACAAGUCCAGUGUUCACCUAUUAUAACCAGAGAUCCAAGAGGGAAAUUUGGUUCUUGUUUUAUAUUGUGUUUCUAAAGCUGGUAAAUAUCUUAGACCACAAAAAAAAUGUUUUUAUUUUCUUGCAUGAUUAUUGAUGAAUUGAGUGAUGGAAUGGCUGAUUUGCUUCAAAAUAUGAGGAAUUAUAAUUGUUUUUUCUUAUUAUUUGUAAUAUUUAAAACAUAACAUUUAUACAAAGUUCACUAAUGUAUGCCACAUAAUUUAGAUGUAAGUCUGGUCUACGGGUUAAUUCUCACCGUGUUGUAGGCAUUAAAAAAGAGUUGUGCUUAAGGGAGAUUUAUUGCUCCAUGACUCUUGUUUCAGAUAAAAUAAAAAUAUUUUCCCAAUAAAUAUAAAUUAACAUGGUAGCAGAUAAUUGUCCAAUUCAGAGAGUGAAGACUUGGUUAAAAGUUUGGUGUGGAGUACAUGUAAAAGAACAAAAACAAAGGGUACAAAAUAGUGCAGAUGGUACUUAAAAGUGUAAUCCUGUAUGUAAUAUAACAGACAGAACACUCACAUUUAAAGGAGCCUGUGUAUAGGUACUGGCUCCGUAAUCAGGCUGAUGUGCCUAUAUGUUAGCGCCACUCUUCCUCUUCAUUUUGGAGUGAUAAGAAAAAAACAAACCAAUGUGCAGCCUGUAACACUGGAGGGCGAAAGUGUGAAAUAAUAAAUGGGGUGCUCACCUAGGUCUGAGACUAUUGGUCCCGGCUCUGAGGUGUGCAGGUAUUGUGCCAAAUUAGGUGGGGAUGGCACUACCCCUGUGAAGAUUCAUGAAGGCUCCAAAAAGGACUUGAAUAGGAUGUCUUGGAUAAAAUAACAAAAUGUAUUGGUGUACAAUAACAAAUAAAAAAUUAUGUAGAUAGUACUUAAAAAGUCCUUUUAAAAAUUGGCCAAUACGUGUUUCACUCUCAAAAGAGCUUCCUCAGUCAGCUGGGUAUAAGAAUUAGGAUACAGUGUGUGGUAAGGUAUAAGGUUUAGGAUACAGUGUGCG